AUGGAGAGCGAGGAAGGAGAAUGGCUGCGAGGCAUGAAAGCUAAUUUCAUACGCUUAGUAAGUUUCUCUUUCCUUACUGACCUUGCUGGAAGAGCCAGCUGUUUGUACAUGUGAGAGAGUAAUGGGGUUGGAGUGGACUGGAGUCAAGUAUCAGGAGAGUGGGAAAACAUCUGAAGUGUGUCUCUAUUUUGGAAAAAAAAAAUGCUGUAUUUUUAAUAACUAAAGCCAAAACAACAACCCUUUUGCCAACUUCCUCCAGGUUUAGGGUCUGAGUUACCUCUCCUCACAGAGAAGCACCUACAAUUUUCAUUUAUUUAUUUUUUAAAUAUAUUUGUAUUUGCCAAGUCCUUCAGUUGUAAUUCUUCUCCUGCGGUGAUUUUAUUUUAUUUUCUAAAAGAAAAGGCUUCGUUUCUCAAGGCUUUCAGUUCUGUCCAUGUUUAUUUGGGAGUCAUGGGUGCCAGGAGGGGGGAGUUGUCUUUCUGUUUCCCCUGAAUGAAUUAUAAUCUCCAGAGUCCCAGCUUUCUGGGGUUUUUUUAAAAAAAACCCAAACAAACAAGUUUCUAGCAUUUGUAGGAUCUGACACAAAAUGUAGAAAAAGUGCAAAUUUCCACACUUUUUUGUGACGCACGCACAAUACAGCUAAAGCUCAUCCUAACCCCCCUCCCAAAUGAAAAUAAUCCUGGGAAUUGUCAUUUGUUAAGGGUGUUGGGAAUUGUAGGUCUGUGAAGGUGGAGUGCAGUUCCCAGGAUUUUGGGGCGGAAGCUUGUGAGCUUUAAAUGUAUGAAACUAGCCUCUCAUCUUUCAGUGUUUUAGCCAAAGAAUGAAGUCGUAGGAGCGACUGAUGUUCAGGGGAGCCAAUCUAGCUAAUCAGAGAAAGAGAAGACUGGUUUGAAACACCUGUUACCUAUUCUAGACUUCAGAUUGGUUUUUAAGCCUUUUGUGCUGGUCUCAUCUGGUGGAGAAAGGAUUCGCUGUUGUUUGGUUGAAGACCAAAGUGUUUGGGUGCGCGUGUGUGUGAUAUUUCAUUCAGCUUGGAACAAGAAUUCAUGUAACUGAUAGGGUGGACUGUACAUAAAAACUUCUGCCAUAAUACAUUUUUUUGUCUACAAUCUGAGUGUGUCAGUGACAUUUUGGGAUCUUGACUUUGAUGGUGUUUACCAAAACAAGUCCAUAUGUUCUUUGGAGACAGAGAGGGAAAAUAUUAAUUUUUUUCCUCCAUAGCACAGUCUCUCAAGGUCUCACCUCUCAUUCUCCUUUCACCUUUUGUUAUCCCUCCUGCAACACAGAGAUUAAUUUACCGUGCACGCCUUUGCAUACCUACUCAGAAGUAAUCCCACCGAGUUCAAUUAGGCCUAUUACUCCAAGCUCAGUGGGGAGAGGAUUGCCAUAUUAGCUUAUUUUAAUAAGAGUUAUAUGUGUGAAAUUGUGCAAACGAUUGCUGCAUAGUUCUAAAGAAAGAUAUUGCCAUCUGUUGUAGGGUAAAAUCCUCACACGCUCAGAGUUUGCCGCAAUUGGAAUUGUGGAAUUUGGCCCCCUGUAUUAAUUUAAUUUUAUCAAAUUAAUGAAACCUGGUGAGCAUAAUAUAACAAGCAUCCAGCCUGCAAAUACUAAAAUCCACAGCAAAAAUAACUGCGAAUGCCAUCUACAAUCUAAUAACAAGUAUGAAACCAUCCCGGGAAGAGUAAUUUUGUGCCUUUCACCACUAGAUGGCACUGCUGUCUAUGUUUUGGUUUGAUGGCAGCUUGUUUCAGGGAUCACCAACCUGGUGGGCACCUGGGCACCCGUGAAGGCUUCCAGUGGUGCCCUGGGCAGGUGCCCCAGACUGUGAGCUUUCAUUUAACAAUAAAAAGUAAGUCCCUAACCCUCCUAGAAAUAAUAUUAUGGGGCAAAAUGUACAGAUACCUUCUAAGCAAUUUCUGUGAAAUGAGAGUGGAGUCACCACCUUGUAUAUUUUUUCCUGGUACUUAGGAAAGCUUCCUGUUAUUAUUAGACAGCAACUGUGUGUUUUUGUGAGAGAGAAAGUGAUCUCCAUAAUCAGGACCAUCACGACAUAGCGUGACUUCCCAUGAUAAGCAUAAUUUUUGGGAGGAUGGUUGUCUCUUAAUUUUGUGUUAUUCCAUGCUCCCCGUGGCAGCCAUUUUGUGGUUGUGCGUUUUCAACCCUACCUUGAGAUGCUGGGAAUUGAACCCAUUGCCCUCUGCAAGCAAGGCAUAUGUCCUACAACUGAGCUACACCCCUUCUCUUAAGAGUUAGGAACAUGGGAAAAAUGCCUUGUGUCAAGUCUGACCAGUGGUCUGUCCAGCUCAGCAUUGUGUCUGCACUGACUGGCAGUGGCUCUCCAGGGUUUCAGGCUGGUGGGGGUGGGCAUUCCCAGCCCCACCUAAAGAUGCCAGGGAUUGAACCUGGGAUCUUCUGCAUAACAAAACAAAUUACUCAAAGGAAGCUGGCAGUAUGCUGAGCUACAAGACAUCCUAGUUUCCCUUCAGACAUAUCUUGAGCAUUUUCACUACAUGGUUUUACUGGUGCCUUCUGUUGCUGUGAUACAGAAUGAGAAAUAAACUGGGCUGACACCCACUUUAAUUAAUCUCAACUGAUUUGGUUAAUCUCAACUGAUUAACCAAUCAAUGAAUAACUCUUUUAAAAAUUGCACAUGAAGAAAUCCAGUCAUUCAAAAGGGGUGCAGAGAAACAAACCGCGUGAACUCAGACGUGUUGCAGUAACAGUUCUCUUGGAACAGAGAAGGGGAACUGGAUCUGGUUGGUGGUCCAGAACAUGAUUUGUCCCAUGGACUACAUUUGUCUUGCCAGGGUCACCUGACUUCACAGUGAUGUCAGGUGACCUAUUUUUUUGCAUAGUGCUAAGCAUGAUCAGCUGAUCAGUUGGCACUUGUAAAGUGAUGUCUAUGGGGCUGUGUGCAGAUGCUGCUGAUCUGCAGUGUCUGCAACCUCCCCUUUCAGUUAAGCCAUGUCUUUAUUUGCCCUACAACUGCCACCAUAUAUGUCAUCUGGUGUAGGGCAGUUGGGCAUGCCUUUGCCAAAGUGGCCUUACAGGCCAAAUAGGGAGGCUGGGUGGGCCCAAUUAGGCCCCACUUUGGUCUUUCCCUGCUCAAUCCACAUUCUGUGUGGUGUGUGUGUGUGUGUGAGAGAGAGAGAGAGAGAGAGAGAGAGAACACGGAAGGAAUGUGUCUUUUAAUAUGGUGCUUGCCAUCUGUACUUUUUGCAAGAACUUUUAUUAAAAACGUAAUUAAGAAUCUGCCGCCUGGUUUAAUGGGGGGGCACUGUUUCAUUCUAUCAAAAAUGUUUUUAUCGACUUAAUUUAACUAUUUGACUGAACGUGACAGCCCUUAAAAAAUGAACUGAUUGGGAACACAGGAAGCUGCCUUAUACUGAGUCAUACCACUGGCUCAUCUAAAUUAGUACAGUGGUACCUCGGGUUAAGUACUUAAUUCGUUCCGGAGGUCUGUUCUUAACCUGAAACUGUUCUUAACCUGAAGCACCACUUUAGCUAAUGGGUCCUCCUACUGCUGCCAUGCCGCCGGAGCACGAUUUCUGUUCCCAUCCUGAAGCAAAGUUCUUAACCUGAAGCACUAUUUCUGGGUUAGCGGAGUCUGUAACCUGAAGCGUAUGUAACCUGAAGCGUAUGUAACCCGAGGUACCACUGUAUUGUUUAAACUGGCUGGCAGCAGCUUUCCAGGGCUUCAGACAAGGUCCCAGGUUCAAUCCCUGGCAUCUCCAGGUAGAGCUGAGAGACUCCUUUCUGAAACCUUGAGAGCCACUGCCAGUCAGUGUAUACAUAACAACCUAGAUGGACGAAUGAUCUGACUGAAUAAGGGAGCUUCUUAUGUCCUGAAAAUAAUAAUAAUUUCCCUUCCUCCCAGAUGUAAUUUCCACUUAUCCUGCAUUAACAUCCUCUUUGGUUGUUCCACCCUGGUUCUCUCACUCUCCCUGCUGGAAACUUUUGCAGCUAUUAAAGGGAAUUGUUCCCAUGCAGCCCAGUCUCUCCAAAUACCACCCAUCAAAUUGAUGGGCCCUUAGCUAGUUUGUAGUAGUGCAUUAAAUAAAGCUCAGUUCUUUCAUAUAGACACUAGGGGGCACUCAAGGUACACCACAGGUCUCAAAGGGCCUAAGCAAGAAACAAACUGAACUUUUAUAAGGCUGCAGCUUGAAAACCAAAAGCCACCAGAAGAUGAAACAUUGGAGCUCCUCUUAAUGCCUUGCCUGUUGUGGAGCUUCCUUUUCUUCCUUUCUAAAAUAUGGUUUUCUGGGGGGUGGGAGUGAUGCUGCUGCUUUAUACUGAAUCAGACUGCAACUCACACCCUGGUCAGUCCCCUUAUGCUGUUUCUGCCCCAAGCAGCCAGUAUUUAGAGGUGCACUGCCUCUGGAAAUUGAGGGUCUCUUCAGCGAUCAUAACUAAUAGCUAUUGGUAGACCUGUCCUCAUUCAUGGAUUUGUCUAAUCCCACUUUCUAAAGCAAUCUAAGCCUGCCUUUAUUGUCACAUCUGGUAGCAGUGAAUUCUAUAAGCUAACUAUGCAUUGUGUGAAAAUGCCCUUUCUUCUGUCCCAAAUUGUAUUCCCAUUACCAAAAUAAUUGGGGGAUAAUGAGCUUUCAUAAUACGGGAAUGGAGAAAGAUAAUUCUGAGCGGCGUUUCAAUAAUGUUGUAUUUUAUUUUUGUAUAAAAUAUAAAAGUUGCUUGCCAACUACUAGGAAUUAUUGACCUCCUUCCUAUGUUAGGAACAUGGGAAGCUGCCCUGUACUGAGCAAGACCACUGGUCCUUGUAUCUCAGUAUUGUCUACACUGACUGGCAGCAUCUCCCUUAGGAUUUCAAGCAGUGAGUCUUUCUGAGCCCUCCCUGCAUAUGCCACUGGGGACUGAACCCAGGGCUUUAUCUGCCACAGGUAAAGGUAAAGGGACCCCUGACCGUUAGGUCCAGUCGCGGACGACUCUGGGGUUGCAGCGCUCAUCUCGCUUUACUGGCUGAGGGAACCAGCGUACAGCUUCCGGGUCGUGUGGCCAGCAUGACUAAGCCGCUUCUGGUGAACCAGAGCAGUGCACAGAAACGCUGUUUACCUUCCCGCCGGAGCAGAACCUGUUUAUCUACUUGCACUUUAAUGUGCUUUCGAAUUGCUAGGUUGGCAGCUGCCACAAAGAAGCACUUAAUCAGCAACCUUUCUGGCUUAGUUCUGAGAUUCCACCAGACACUAUUUCUGGCAUCCAUGAGGACUAGAAACUUUCUGCACCCAGUACCACAUCCUGAGGUCUUUCCCCCUCUUCUGCAGAACAGCAUUACGGCCUUGCUUUGCCGCUGCAACUGCAUACGAUCAAUCACCUUGUAACCUCUGCGUUGUUCCUUAUACUGUAAUGAUCCUGUUCUUCAGAAAUACUUUUACCUCACCAUGAACUCAUCAGUGCCUUGCCCUCUGCUAAAGGCACCCUGCUGGCAGCUGGAGCUGUCUAGCCAAUCCGCCCCCCUGCCCCCUGCCAUCACCUUUAGUUUCUUCUAUUUGUAAAGUAGCUGAAAAACCAAAAGCUGUGUUUUGUUUGGUUCUGACAUUGGCUUGCAAGAGUCUAGGAGAUGGGAGUUCAAGGCCAGCUGUGUUUGCUUCACAGUUUCCAGGCACGGCUGGGGAACGGCAGCCAAGGAAAGAGCCAAGUCACAGGAGAUGGGGAAAUUCCAAGCUGGGUGUUGAUCAGAACAGGAUUCUCGCUCGCCUGCAAUGUGCGUUCUUCUCCCCUGCCCCCCGUAGCAAUGAGCUAAAGUUGUCCAAUCCGUUCUGGCUGUCAGCAGCGGGGGAGCUGGAUUUCACGCUUCCAAGUGUGUCUGCGUGCGGCUCUGUCUCUGACGUCUGCGCGCUGCCUCCCUUGCCCCCCUGCCAAGGAGGUUGGUGCCAACAGGCGGACAGACCGAUGAUCCAUUUGUGACGCCAAGACCGUGGAAGCAACGCGUCUCCCGUUGGCAAAGCCUCACUUUCCCUACUACCACCUGUAGGGGAUGCAGCAGCCUCUGUGCUCCCAUCGAAACCCAGUACCAACAGUUCCAGAUUCUGCACCCAAAAAAAUGGGAAUUCCGCGACUGGGAAUCUGUUACACACAGCUACGUUUUUGCAAAGAACAACAGUAAAUGCUGAGGAACGUACUGUGCAAACUAAGACUGUUUUCCUUUCAUAGCUGUCAACUUACAGAUUUGGAAAUAAGGGACCAGCAGCCUUGAAAAUAAGGGAUCAGCAGCCAAAAUAAGGGAUCAACAAUUACUUUGAUAAAAUACAUAUUUUUUUGCGUGCAAAUGGUUUUAGAUACCUAUUAGGUUCAUAAAUUACCACAUAGCAUAUAUUCAACACAAAAAGCAACAAUUUGUUGUUUAUUUUUAUGUUGUUUAUUAUUAUGUAGCUUAUUUAAGGGACAUCAUCAAUAAGGGACAGCAGCGGGACAUGGCACUGGGAUAAGGGACUGUCCCGCCAAAUAAGGGACACUUGACAGCUAUGCUUCUUUUACACAACUGUAUUUUGCUUAAUUUAUCCUGGUUUUGGGGAGUUGCGAGGAAGGUUAAGAAGCUAUAUGUGAGGUACCAGCAAUCCGUAUGCGGAACAGUUGCCCAAAUGAUACGUUCUUGACACAUUUUGAGAGUCACCUCUUUAUCAAGGGGAUCUAAAGGGGGGACGGGACCCUUCAACACUGUAAAAACAAAACAAAAACAAAAACCCCAUAAACACAGAAUUACAAGCUGUAAAGACACACAGAGCUGAGCGAUACCUUUAUUUGGGAAGCAACCUUUUUGACUGGGCUGGGGAAUCAUUUUCAGCCCAAGGGCCACAUAAGCAACUUUCUAGGGGCCACGUGGCUGGUUGUGGGUGUGGCCAGUGGCAAAUGUGGGUGGAGCAACGGAUGUGACUUACUUUUAUACCUCUUACCUUUGGCCCUCCAGGUGCUGCUGAACUACAACCGCGGUCAGCCCUAGCAAGCAUGGGCAAGGACUAGGGAUAAUAGGACUUGUUCAGCAACAUCUGGAAAAACCAAAAGUUCCCCACAACUGCUUUAAAUAUCAGGCCAAGUUCCUGCUGUGCAAUAAUCAGAUAGCUCUCAACACGCAGGCUAACACACGCAGCCCGCCUCGUCAUCUAGGUUUAGCAAGAGUCAGCUCAAGGGCACAUCCCAGUCAGGUGAAAGUGAAUAGGGGUCAUGGCUUGUGGUGACCUGGGAAGAACCUUGAGGGCCAAAGAGAGAGGCCUGGGGAGCUGUAUUUAGCCCUUGGUCCCUAGGUUCCUCCUGCUUUCCUGGGAUGAGCUGUGGUUGAUGGGAGUUAUAGUCCAAAAAUGUCUGGAAGGCAGCAGGUUGUGGGGGAAGGCUGCCAGGUGUGCUCUGAAGCACAUCAUUGCAACCCCAAGGAAGACUGUGGUUUUCACCCCUAACAAUUUAUAGGAACAAAGAAAGCUGCCUUAUACCAACUUCUGCCUUGUACCACUUGGAGCAAAGAUGCUCGCAGGAGUCCCCCCUCCUAGCUGCCUCCUAACAUGCAAGCUUCAGAGGCCUUUUCCUACCUUGGUUGUGAAAGCCUCUCAGCGGUCAGCAGGGCCUUCUCUGUGGUGGCGCCUCUUUUAUGGCAUCACCACCCAUCCGAGCCCUGGCAAGCAAUGCCACUGGUGGUAUUUUAGGAUUUGUUAAAAACAAAACUGUGUGCUCAGACAAUGCUUGUUGGAUUAUCAGCUGCAUCUUAUUCACUGUGUAGUAGCAGUAGUUUAUUUAUUUAUACUGUACAUACAUAUAUACAUAUGCUGCUCAUUUGGCCUAUUUUGUGGUUUUAAUGAGUUUUUAUAUUUAUAGACUCAGCCGUGAGAUGGAGUAUAAUAGGUGGGAGUCUUCUUGUUUCUUGGUCACCACCUUCAAAUACAAAUAUUUGUUUUAUAUAAAUAAAUAAAUAAAUAAAUAAAUAGAUAGGUGAAGUCAGAUCCUCGGUCCUUUUAGCUCAGCAUCACCUAUACCAGCUAGCAGUGGCUUACCGGGGGUUGAGGUGCCCCCCCCCCAUACCUGGAGAUCCCAGGGAUCAAACCUGGGACUUUUGCCGUACAAAGCAUGCGCUCUGCCUCUGAAUCACAGCCCAUUCCCCUAUAGAAACAUAGGUAGCUGCCUUCCAUUGAGUCAGACCCUUAGUCUUUUGGGUUGUAGGAGCAGAGUUCUUUGUUGUUGUAUUCUCCAGCAGCUUAAAGAGCUUCUGGAAAUUCAUUUUUUUAGUCCGGCAGGUCAGUGUUCCCUUUUGGCCUCUCAAUUUGAUGUUUUUGGUCUUCUUCAUUUUUUCUUGUAUUUUAUUCGGAUGUUUUAUGCCUGUUUCCUUGUCCUCAUUUGCCCUAACAAUUAUCGCUCAAAAAUCCCAACUGCUAUUUUAUCUAUAUGCUUUUCUUAAUCCUGGUCUGUGACCGUAAUAAAGUUCAUUCAUUCAGACCCUUAGUCUAUACAGUGGUACCUUGGGUUAAAUACUUAAUUCGUUCCGGAGGUCGGUUCUGAACCUGAAACUGUUCUUAACCUGAAGCACCACUUUAGCUAAUGGGGCCUCCUGCUGCUGCCACACCGCCGGAGCACAAUUUCUGUUCUCAUCCUGAAGCAAAGUUCUUAACCCGAGGUACUAUUUCUGGGUUAGCGGAGUCUGUAACCUGAAGCGUAUGUAACCUGAGGUACCACUGUAUAGGUCAGUAUUGUCUACACUGACUGGCAGCAGCUCUCCAGGGCUUCAGGCAGGGGUGUUCCCAGCCCUAUCUGGAGAUGCUGGGGACUGAACCUGAGGCCUUCCGCAUACAAAGCAGAUGUUCUGCAGCUAACCUGCCUCCCCUCCUUCCUUUCCACAGGGUGCUAUUACACAGAUUAGCCAUCUUGUGUGCCCUGCUGGGGCAGAAGCAGGGAGCUAUAAAUAAAACAAGUACAAAAAUAAAAUUUCAUAGAUGCAAACCCCGCUGUGCCACAGAAUGUAACUAGCAGAAAGCUGCAGCUAAUUUUGACUUCUCUUCAAGUAGAAUCAGCUAAAGCAAUGCUCCUAUUAAGAGGGAGAAGGUUUUAAAUUAUUAUUAGCAUUACUUUAUAAUUUCAUAAUACAGGUAUUCGGGAAGCAGGGCAGGGACGACUGCUCACUGAAAAAGCAUUUCCUCUGCACUCAGACGGUUGCAGGUUCAAUCCCCAGGGUCUCCAGUUUGUGUGGUCAAAUACAGUCAAACCUUGGUUCCCAAACGCCUCUGUUUUGGAACAUUUCGGCUGCUGAACACUGAAAACCUGGAAGUAAGUGUUCUGGUUUUUGGUCGUUUUUUGGAAGCCGGACAUCUGACACCACUUCUGCUUGAAUGCAGGAAGUUCUUGGUUGUCAAAUGGCUUCAGGAAUGGAUUACGUUUGACAACCGAGCUUUGACUGUAGGUCCAAGAGACCUUUGAAGAGCCCCUCCUGCUGGUCAAGAUAGGUAAAACUGGACUUGUAUGGAACAAUGGUUUCAGUGUCCACAUUCCUAGAAGCUAGGCACCUUGGAUUAAUAAAUGUAUUCCAACACCUUCAGAGGGAGGCAUUCUGGGUGUGGUGGCCCAGGAGAGUGACUUGCGCUGCUGUGGCUUCAUCAGGUGGAACAGACAGAACAGUAACUUUAAGCUGAUUUUUUAAAAAGGAUUUUCUAGCUGCAUUGGCAAAUCGGCAGUGGUACAGGCACUCUUCGUGGACCACCUUGCUCUGAGGGACGACCCCUUUUCUCUGAGCAAGGCCACAGAACAGACCCUCUAAAGGGCCCCACAGUGAGCAGGCAUUUUGCACAGUGGGCAGAAGGAGCAGCAUUGACUGGUCUGGCAGCCAGACAAACAACCACAGGCCAGAGGGGGCACCAAUUUUCUGCUUCUCAGCCCUGGCUGCUUGAGGGAAAUUGCCUUGCUUGACCUCAUGGAACGGCCAGCCCUGCUUCACCCCAAAGUUUGUUCUUGAAUCCUGGCUUGUUAGGGAAAAGCAAACAACAGUUUUGGAAGUAACUCUGAGCUGUGCCCUUUCUCCUUGGUUCAACCUGCUUGUGUGAAAGGGGGAGCCAAGUGAGAAUUUUGGGGCUGCAUGCACAGUGGGUUCUUCCAGACAACCUGUUGACUGAACAUUUGUCCUGAUUUGCUUGCACAAAGGUGGUCAUGCUAUGUUCAGUUUUCGUGGAAUAUUCAUUCUGAUUUGCUUGCAGGGUGGCAGGGCUAUCAGAAGGCAGUGAUGUCCAUUCUGACCUGUCUUUGUCACAGUCAGCUCUGUUUCUGUUCUGCAGUUCAGUUUUCACUAAAUAUGACACUGUACAUCUCUCUGCUGUAUAAGAUAGUGACAUAAUUACAGUGGUACCUCGGGUUAAGUACUCAAUUCGUUCCGGAGGUCCGUUCUUAACCUGAAACUGUUCUUAACCUGAAGCACCACUUUAGCUAAUGGGGCCUCCUGCUGCUGCUGUGCCGCCGGAGCAUGAUUUCUGUUCUCAUUCUGAAGCAAAGUUCUUAACCCGAGGUACUAUUUCUGGGUUAGCGGAGUCUAUAACCUGAAGCUUAUGUAACGCGAGAUACCACUGUAUUUCCACACAAGUCAUUUCAAUGCAAACACAAUUUAAAUGGGCAGGGGGGAGGAGACACGCUAUUGAUUUUCAUUCCGACGCGGGAUGAAUCAGCGAGCAUCAACCGUUUCUGCUUCUGUCACCCAUUCCAGCCAGAAUUCUCUGACUUCCCUACACAGCAGUUAUGUGACAAUGAGCGUUCGUCCUCAUUUGCUUGCAAUGUGUUUAUACAUCUUCCCAUUCAUUCCUCACUCAUCUUGCAAUUUUCAAGGCAUUUCCCCCCAACUCUUUCCUAACUGCAAAAAGUUUGUUUCUUUUUCUAAAGUGGGUUUGUGGCACUAGGGUAACAGUGCAUUUUAAUCCACUUUAAUUGCGGAAACCUGGAUUUCCCAGUAUGCACUUGCAAAAUGCUGAUCUUCUCGAAAGAGCCAUUAUUCGCCAGAGUUCUUGGCUUAUUAUUACAUGUAAAUGCAGCCAGAGUAAGGCUGCCAGACGCCCUCCUUUUCUCAAACACACCCAAGAGGACAGAAUGCCCCUCCCAAGGUGAUUCUUGCUCUAAAUCAUGAAUGCACCACCUUUUCUGUUGUGGCAUACUCUCCCUGUUGAGCUCAAACAAGCACCAACUGUGGCGUAUUCUCGCUGCUAGUGGACCACAUACCUGUGGCUUCUCACAGCUUUUUCUUUUAUCAACAAGAGUUCCUGAUGCUCUUGGACACUGUGAUUGGUUUUGCUGAUUUUUAUUGAUGAGUAUUGAUUUUUCUAAUACAGCGUUUUAUUACAGCAUGAUUUCUUUUGUAACAGAAAUAUUUCAAUAAAUACAUUUUCUGUAUUCACAGGGUUGCUUUCUUAAUAAAGCACUCAAAAAUUGUAAGCAAGCAUAGGAAGAUGGGUAGCUGCCUUCCUUGCACAGAGUCAGGCCAUUGGCCUAUCAGGGCAGUAUUGUCUACACUGACUGGCAGCACCUCUCCAGUUUUUCAGGCGGGGCAUCUUCCCCAACCAACUUGGAGAUGCCAGGGAAUGAGCCCAGGGCAUUCUGCGUGUAGAACAGAUGUUCUACUGCUGAGCUAUGGCCUCCUCCGCAUAGAGUGCUGCCUUAAAAUGAGACUGACAGUGGCUUUUAGAUGAGGUGUUCUUGGACAUAACUGGGGGGCCAAGCAGCUGCUCUACAACUAAGCUACAGCCCUUCCCUGAAAGUUCACAAAGUUGCCAUGUUUCACUGUCCACUGCCUCCAAUAAUUUAUCUUUGUCACAUUUAAUAAUAAUAAUAUUUAUUAAAUUUAUAUCCCGCCCAUCUUGCUGGGUUUCCCUAGCCACUCUGGGCGGCUUACAAGAUAUAUAAAAACACAACAAAGCAUUAAACAUUAUAAAACAAAAUAUCCUAUAUGAGCAACAAACAAACCAAUAAAUCAAUAGAAACCAAUAACAACAGCAACAAUAAUAAAUAGUUUACAGUUAUACCCAAAUUAAAAUAACCGCCAACCCCAACUAAACAUUUCUAAGAAUCAUUUCCAGUUUUCUCCCUUAAAACGUGUUGAUCACAGCUCUUGGGAUUUAUUUGAUUUAUCUUUUUGUAUAGUCCAGUUUUCCAAAAAUUGAAGCAGCGUAGAAUGGAAAUCAUUUAAGAGAACACAGGAUAUAGAAACAGAAUAUUAAUGCGCAUUCUCUCACUUAAAACAACAACAUUAGAAAUCUCUGUAGCGAUUAUUAUUUUUUAUUAAAAAACAAGCAUGAUCUUAAAAAAGAAUUAAGAAGUAAGUCUUCACUUAGAUGCCAUUGGAAACAUAGCGUUAGUUACAGCUGUCUGAAGGACUUCUCCCAGAAGCCAAAGGGGGCGAAAAGUGCAUCCAAUCCCAGGUGGUUUUGGCACUCUGGCGUGAUGGUUGUCCACUUGCCCCCACGGCCUAGGAGCCCGCGAUGCUCUGAGUCUCCCAAGUUGGCUUACACAGGUGCAAAUCUGCACAUGUCAGCAAAGGCUCCCUGCCUGACGGGCCUUGGGUGGUGCCCUUAUCACAUUCUGGGCUUGAAAAGGAGCCAGGACUGCAAAGCACGUUUCCGCUAACCCAGCUCAGCAGUAUCUGAGACGCUCUGGGAGAGUCGGCGCUGCCACUUCCCCGCCAGUCGUGACUGUGUUGGUAAGAUGAGAAGGGAUGGGGUCGCUGGUCCCAGUCCCAGAAUGUGUGCCUCUCCUGGCCGACGAUUCCCGGUCGUCUAUUUAUAAUUGCAUCCCGUGUGGGGAUUAGGAGUAGGAAAGUACCUCUCAGCGAGGGGGUGGGUGCGGGGAGCAGCAGGCAGAGAGCCUCCCACUUGCAAAGUUGAAGAGGCAUGAGGACGCUGAGGCAACCUCCAUCUGCAACAGGGAAGUGGGAGGGCCUGUGGCUUCCCAGAGAACUCCUCAUCAGCCUCCAGCUAGCAUAGUCCAUGGUCAGUGGACUAUGAUUAUGGGAGCUGAAGCAUCAUGUGGGCAGCCACCAGCUUCCUCAUCUCUGAUCUGUAAGGAGGAGGAGGAGCAACAGCACCCCCUGCUGGCUCAAACCAGCGAGCAGCAGUGACCUGGAAGCCUUUAAAGGGCAAGUCAAGCAGGAAUGGUCAGAUCUGCCCGUUUUGGUUGGCUUCAUUUCUCAUUUUUCUAAUCAGAAUUCAGUUCUCCACAUUUCUGCAGCAAUUUGGGUUUUUUUUUAUCUUCAUUAAAAUUUGUCAGCAUUUUAGCGCAAAAUUCUCCAGAUAAGCAAAUUUUUGUAUGCAGUUUUGGCAACAAUGUUCACACUUUUGCAGUGAAAAUUUCCAUAAUAUAAUGCAUUUUUGUAUGUUAAUUUCACUAAUUUUGUGCACGCUCUCUCUGAAAAUAUGCAUUUUUGUAAGCCUUGUUUGAUUGGAGACCUGCAUUGUAAAAUUGGGAGAAGCCUGAAUAUCAAAAGAUGGCUUUGCUUUCGAUCUCCUAUUGUUUUGGAAAGUGCAAAUUAGAUAGGUUCACUUUUAAAUGUGAAGUGAAUUGAAUUAGUUCCCCAGUCUCUAGUAUCACGUGACCUGUUCUGCCUUAAUAUUAAGAAGCUUCCUUGAGUCUCUCCCUGCAGUUCCCUCAUUUAGCCAGAGCUAAUUGGGGGCACCAUGGGCUCAGAAUCCAUGAUGGUUGCAUCAAAUUUUGAUACUACCCCACACCCUGCAAAUUUGGCUAUCUACACUUUCCCCCCCUCAAUAAAAAGCUCUCUUCCGUUCUCUGCAGCAGCUUCUAUUGGCCUGUUCCAGCAAAUGAGAGCUGUUUUGCAGGAAAGUCCCGCAGAGCCAUUAACACAGCUUGACCCAUCCAGUGCUGGCAUGGUAGAAGUGACCCUGAGGGUGCCCUCUCAGAGUGCAAGUGGUUUAAUUUUGAUUUAGGGGUUCUGUCUCUUGCAGGGAUGCAAGGUCACAAGUUUAACUCCCGCUCUCUACAAGUUCUCGGAGCCUUGCAGAAGAAGCCUGUGCUGAUCUCAUUUCAUUUGCAAGUGGGGGCAUUAUUCCAGAACCUCUGGUGGCCUUGCCUUGGCUCUCUCAGCUAAGUGUCACCCAGCAGUUCUCUUCAUUUGACAGACAAAGCGAUGCAUCUUACAACAAAACCGAAUGCAACUGGUGAACUUAUUUAAUGCACUUGGAACAGUCUCUAUCAUGGUUAGUCAGCUGAACAGCCCCUGACUCAAAUUUGCCCAUUUCAGUUGUAUCAUAUUCUGGUUUGUGGUGAAGCUGCCUUAUAUCAAGUCGAACCAUUGGUCAAUCUCUGUUCUCUGGGCAUUUGGGCAAGGGACAUUCCCAGCCCUAUCUGGAGAUGUCCGGGAUUGAACCUGGGACCUUCUGCAUGCCAGACAAUUGCUCUAACUGCUGAGUUCUAACCACUGAGAUUUCCUUUAUAUAUAGGAAGCUGUUUUAUAGUGAGAAUGAGACCAUUGAUCUGUCAAAUUCAAUGUUGUGGGGAACCUUUUUGGCUCCAUGGGCCAGUUUCUCAUAUCAGGAUCAGCCUCACAGGUUAAAUUCGGCAUCACAUGAUUGACAGGUGGGUGUUAUUGCUGCAUGUUACCUGCUAAUUUUAUUUGCUUCUUUCUGCUUUUAUAAAGAACCACAACAUAAUACAUGCCAGGUCCAGUCUGUUAAACUGCUCUCUGAAAAGCUGGCGCCUGAGUCCUCUUUAUGACAUCUUAAUGGACUUUAGCCACCCCAGUCAAGAAGCAUUAUAGAAAACCCAACAAACCUUCGGGCAUCUCUUUGCAGCCCAUAAGAACCAGAAACUUUUUCUUUUUUAAAUAAAUAUGAAUUCAAAAUACUUAAGAAGUUGGAUUCUGCACUUGACCCCUAAUUUUAUUGGCUUAUUUCUGUUUUCUUGAAGAGCAACAACAUCUUACAAGCCAAGUCUGAUGUGUUAUGCUCCUCUCUGAAAAGAUGGCACCUGGGUAAGGGAAAGCUUAGCAGGAUUUCCCUGAAAGCUGCCGUUUUUCCUCCCAAAGUGAUUUUAAUCAGAAUUUCACGGAAAAAACCAACAAACCACAAGCACACAAGAGAGACAGAGAAUGUACUCCCAUUUAUUUCCAUGGAAACAGCCACGAGGCCAAGGAGGGUAACACAGCAAAAGCCACUUUGCAGUUAAAUUCUCCCAUAAAAUCAUUUGUAACAUACGGUCAGCAAUUAGGCUAUUUUCCCUUGCCCUACGCAGACAUUGCCUGUCUUCUCUUGAUAUAUUUAUUUAAUGCCACAAAGUUUUUCUGGUGCCCUCCCCCGCCUCCCCAGCUACAGCCACAGUUGCAGCAACGUAGGUUUCCAAACCUGGAAGGCGCCUUUUCUAACAACCCAGUCUGACCUGUGCAAUAACAGGCCACAGAGAUUGUCCCAGCCUGCCUUUCCUUCCAUGGAGUGUGACUGUUGAACAAGAGUUCAGUGCCUAUCUCUUAGGAACAUGCUCUGGUUCUGUUUGGAAAAGGAAGUUUAUUGAGGAGGUUGGCUCAGGGGAGUUAGGAGGAGGAGGAUGCCUUCAGGCCAACACGGCCAGACGGCCAAGGCAGGGAUCUCUCCUGUCUUCUCUCUGAUUUGUUUUGUUUUUUAAUUAACAUAAAAUCAAGUAUACAAACAAACAAAAAACACAAUCAAGGUUACAAAACAUUCAUGCGGUACAGAGGUUGUGUUUUCCAAAUCAAGAGCAGAUAAUGUAGAAAAACAAAAGCAGCAAAACACAUAUUGAAAGCCAAAUUUCGUGAUUUGAUGGGAGAAGAGAGUUUUAUAUGAGAAUACUAGAGAACUGCAUUUCAAAAAUUGGAAAAAAAGUGUGGGUUUUGAUGGAUGGCUGUGCUUAGGUCCUCGUGUUGUUUCAAACUAGGUAGACUCACUUUUAAGUGCAGUUUGAAUUUUAUUUCUCCCCAUCCCUAGCUCAGAGAAACUACCAUUAGUACUAUUAUUAAUUAAUUAUUAUAUCACUUAAUGCCCAGGUGGCAUUUAAACAGUUUACAAAGCAUAAAACCCAGCAUUGCACCACAUUGUUAAAAUACAGAAUAAUUAAAAAAAUAUGGCAUAAUGGGGAAAAAACACAAUAAAACAAUCCCUUUAAAACAACACAACAGUGUAAAACAGGAGAUUUGAGUCAAGAUAUCAAGGGGAUGUCCAUGUAAAUGGUUGUAUUUUUAAAAGCCAGCAGAAUGCCAAUACAGAUGGAACCUCUCGUUUUUUCGUAAGGACUGUAUUCCACAACACCAGUGCCAACAGUGCAAAUGUCCAUGUUGAAAUGAAUGAGUUGCAUGCAUAAAAUUCUUGUGAGCCCAAACCAUGUGUCUCUGUGUGAGUCACCGAUUUGGUCUCUCCAACAAGCCUCCACUGGGGGAGAUGGGCAGCAAGUAAUUUCAUCAGUUCCGUGUAUCAGGUGUUCUUGGAUCAGACAGACUCUCCAGGCAUUGUGUACCUGCCGCAUUUUUGCAUAACUUGUUGCUCUAAGCUUGGCUUCCUCUAACCCAAGAGGCACAUGCGGACCAGUGACUCAUUCACCAGGACAGUACAAAAGUGCACCUCUGAUUUUAAUUGGGAGCUGGGGAGGUGAGCCCAGCUGUCAGGAGUUUGUGUGAGACUGUUUUAAAGGUUUGUCACAUUUUUUCAUUUUCUAAACAUUUUCAUUUACUGUUGGAUCAGACUUGCCUGUUCAUAAGUUUAAGGGAAAGUGCCAUAGAUCAAUGGGCAGGGCAUUUGUUCUGCCUGAGGAAGGUCCCAUCUUCAGUCCCCAGCAUUUCCUGGCAGGGCUGGAGAUGGCCUAUGCCUGGAACUUUGGAGAGCUGGUCUGACUUGAUAUAUAAGACAGCUUCCUAUAUUCCAAUGUCUUAAGGGAAAGGGCAUAGCUAAGUGACAGAGCAGUAGGUUUGCAUGCAGAAGGCUCCUGGUUCCACCCCCCCAGCAUGUCCAGGUAAGGCUAGGAGAGACCUGUGUCUGAAAUCCCAGAGAGUUGCUGCCGUUCAGUGUAGACAACACUGAGCAAGAUGGGAUAAAAGUCUGACUCUGUAUAAGGCAACUUUCCAUGUUUCUAACUUUGCUGUGUAGAUGUUACUUUUCCAGAACAAAAACUGCCUUGCUGUCCAUGCCAGGUUUGUUCUGUUGGAUUCUGAUACUGACUGUAAGCUUGAGUGUUCUGCAAAAAAGUCGACACAUGCCAGGCAAAAUAAACAUCGUUGUGACUGGGGGAUGGGAAGAGUGGAAAGACUAAGGACCCUCCUUACUGCAGUAACCCCCAACAACAGCAGUCAUAGAGAGAGGGGGAAGGUUUUGCCCCCCUCCACUUCACAGCUGUGCCCCACCCCCUACAGUUAAAUGGGAGCCAUCAAGGACCAAAAAAAUGCAACCUGGUAACUUUAAUCCUUGCUGGUUUACAAAAUUGCUGUUGUCACAAUGGGAGGCAGCCCAUGCUUCUGCAUCCCUUCUGUCCUGGUACCCAGUCUGUAGAACUCCUUGUCACUGCCUCCUGAAAGUGGUUUCUUUCCAGCAGGACUUUAAUUUAGCUAUUUAGCAGCAUCUGGCAAUCUGUUGUCCUCCAGAUGUUUUGCACUACAACUCCCAUCAUCCCUGGCCAUUGGUUUUGCUGGCUGGGACUGAUGGGAGGUGUAGCCUAAAACAUCUAUGAGGCACCAGGUUAGCAAAGAUUGAGUUACUACAUAAAUCUGUUUUAGUUUUUAUAGUGCUGCUCUUGUAGGUCACUGGAUUUUUCUCUCUCUAUUACUCUGUUUUCUUGAUUGUGCACAUUUGUUUUUAUUGUAAGUUGCUUCGGGGUCUCUUCAGGUUGGAGUGGGAUGCAAAUUUCCAUAUAAACAAACAAAGAUGUUACCUUACUCUCUCUCAGCAGACUCAGUAGAAACCAUUUAGAAUGGAGUCUGUGUGAAUCUGCAUGGUUCAAUAGGUUCCUUUUCACGCUCAGGAAAGAGUGUGAAUGAAUUCUGUAAUGUGUGUGCAUGUGCGUAUUCUAUAAAUGUUGUAUGGCGCAUUAUGCAAGUUGAUUGGUGGAAGCUAAAUAGUUCUGCCUCACACAGGGCCACAACAGGCAGCCUCUUCUGGAAAAGCCUAUAAAGUCUGGUAGCAUUUCUGCAUUGAGUGUGGGGUGCAAUUAGGUCAUCAUUCACAUCACACCCAAUGUAGUACCAGUGUGGGCAGCCUUGUCGGAAAGAGGCAAAGCCAAACCAGUAUAUAAUGCAGAGAGAGAGCGGGCAGCCUCCUCUGUGUGUUGUUAGUGGGCACACAACAGAAAUGGCCUUACUGGUAUAUGCUUCUGUCAUACUAGGCAAGGAACCAGGUUUACAGCAGGUACCUUCGUACAAUGCUCACUUGCCUUUUGGGAUAUUUCAUGCUCUUGCAUCCCAUUGCUCCUUGAUGUAUCCCUUCAAAGCACCUGCCUCUCCAUCCUCUCCCAGUUCUCAGUUCUCCCCCACUCCAUUAUGAUGCGCACGCCUUCGGCGCUUCUUCUCUGUGUUGGAGGCCGUUGGUGGAUUCACCCUGGGGGGGGGAGAGGGGGGAAAUUCAAAGGCCAUCUUUCUGGCUUGGAAAACAUCUUGACAAUAUCAAAGGCUGAGACGUGACUUUGAAAUCAACAAGGUGCAACCUGAAGCCCGUAGCCGGCGCUUUGAGCCUGUCAAGGAGGUGGGGAAAGAGAGGGAUAUCUAUAAAACCAAGGAGAGCUGCUAUCUUUAAGGUGCUUCUGUAAUAUCAACGCAGCAUUGAGGCCACAGUGACGUUGUCUGCCGCCUCUGCGGAAUGCAAUAUUAAUCCCACUUGGCGAUGGUUUGGGCUUACGAGCUUAAACCAUGUCUGCAUGAGCGACGUGACCUUUGGGCGACGCAGCCAUCGAUUUCCUGAAGGGCCUUGGUGGAAGUGUGUGCUGCCGCGUUUGCAUGUCUCUGCUCAUGAAGGGACACGCGAUCUAAUUAGCGAUGAUUGGGGAAGGAGCUGGCUCGUUAAGAAUCAGGAAGUAAUAAAUAAAAUAUGACUGAGAGGAGGCGGGGGGGGCAAGGGGAAAAGGCAGGAGCAGGGCUCUCUGAAAGCAUCCAAAAAAAGGAGAGAGAAAUAAAUGGAAAAGGAGCACUAGGAGAAGACACAACUGAACGGAAGAGACUUGCAAAGAGAAACAGCUUUUCUCAACUCUUGUCAGCUCCAUAGAAAUCCAGGAGUAGCGAGACUUUGGCUUGUAAGGCAAGCCAGGCUGAAUUUGAUCAUGGAGAAAUCUUACUAUUUGUUUCUCUCAUUUUCCCACUAUUCAUUUAUCCACAGCUCCACAUCUGUCCAUCAAUAUAGUGUUGUUAUUAUUAUUAUUUUAAAAAGAGCUCUCAUGAAAAUCCUUCAGUAUUUUAACAUACAUUUCUCCAAAACACGCUUUUUUGCAAGCAAUUUCCCUUAAUCUAUAAUGCACCACCAUACGUUACUUUAGCUAAUGUAAGCAUUUCUUUGCAUACUUUCUCCCAAUGUGCGCUUUUUGUAGUGGUUCUGAAAGGAUGGUUGUGUUUCACAACUGGUUGUGUUUCAGUUGUUUUGGAAAGUGCAAAUCUGGUAGGCUUUAAUUGCGAACAGAAUUUAAUUUUUCUCCUAUCUCUUGAAUUGCUUGACCAGCUGGCCUAUUGUUAAGAGGCUUCCUUGAUGCUCUCCGUGCAGUGAAAAUUUUGAAGGGUAGCUGCAUUUCACGUUGCAUGUUGUUUCAUGGAUUUGCAAAUCAAAAUGUCAAUUGAACCAAAUUCCCCCCCUUUCCCUACCUCAGCUAAAGCUUAUGGCUCGGUAGCACCUGAAAGGGUACGUUUUAAGUCCUACCCAACUGAGGUGGCAGUAGCCAUUGGAGCAGAGGGAAUCUCUCUGCUCUGGGUGGGGCAGGACAAGAGGUUAGCACAGGGGUCAUAUAGUCCCCUGCUGAAAACGUUUGUUGACCCCUGUGCUAACCUCUUGUCCUGCCCCACCCAGAGCAGAGAGAUUCCCUAGCUAUGGGGGGGGCAUUGACUAAUCAGGAGGCUGGACAACUGGAGGAGAAAGCAGGGGGACUAACCACCCCAUCACCAAGAGCUUUGCACCACCUCCGCCACUGGUAACAGACCCACACCCUCAUUUGGGGGGGCAUGUGGGAGAAAGAGUCUUGUGAAUGCGUGCACCACAUCUCACCUUUAAAAGCUCACAGGAGGGGAUUAGUAAUUUGUGGAGACAUGUUUGCAUCUUUAAUCUGGUCUCAGAUCCCUGGUGUUGUUCCCGAACUCACUAGCCGUGCCUAUAGCAAUCUGAGCCCAUAGCUUGACCUGUAGUGUUGGAAACCUUGAAUAAAGCUUCCAUUCUUAUUUACACAGAAGUUCCUUGGUUGUACCAUUUGGGAAGGGAGCCUUGACAGGGUUACAGUGAUACCUCGGGUUACAUAAGCUUCAGGUUACAGACGCUUCAGGUUACAGACUCUGCUAACACAGAAAUAGUACCUUGGGUUAAGAACUUUGCUUCAGGAUGAGAACAGAAAUCGUGCGGCGGCGGCGCGGCAGCAGCGGGAGGCCCCAUUAGCUAAAGUGGUGCUUCAGGUUAAGAACAGUUUCAGGUUAAGAACGAACCUCUGGAUCGAAUUAAGUAUGUAACCAGAGGUACCACUGUACUGAGAGAAAGGGUGAAUGGUGGUGUUCUCACUUAUGAAUGUAGGAAGGUACAGUCCUUGCUUGCUGGGACCAAAAAGCCAUGUACAGUCAUACCUCGGGUUGAAUGUGCUUCAGGUUGAGUGUUUUCGGGUUGUGCUCAGCGGCAACCCAGAAGUAACGGAGCGUGUUACUUCCGGGUUUCGUCACAUGCGCAGACGCUCAAAAUGAGGUCAUGUGCAUGCGCGGAAGCGGCAAAACGCGACCCUCGCACGCGCAGACGCACCAUCGCGUCUUACGUUCUAUUCAGGAUGCGAACGGGGCUCCAGAACGGAUCCUGUUCGCAUCCCGAGGUACCACUGUAACUGCAUCCAAAGGAAGGAUGUGAACAGAUACUUUUAUAAUUGUAACAGUGUAAGGAGAGGCCUACUGAAUGAGGCCAGUGGCCCACCUAAGCGCAGCAUUCUGUUCUUACAGUAGCCAGCCAGAUGCCUGCAGGCAUCUUCACCAUCACCAUCACUGCCAAUUUAUUUGUAUGCCUUCUGCUCCCCGCACCCCUCUCCCCCGUGAUGGAUUGUCCACAAAUCAGUUUUUGCCUGUCUUGGUUAUAAUUGCCUCGCUCUGAACCCAAGUGGCAAUGUUAUGACUUUAGGAACAUAGGAAGCUGUUCUAUAUUGAGUCAGACCAUUGGUCCAUCUGCCUGCACCCAUUUCUCCAUCCCAUCUGAGUUCCUUCCUUCUGUUAGUUUUCUCUCUCUCUCCAGGCCCUCUACACUUGUUAAGUACCCUCCCCUUCUUUUUAUAUAGCUCAGGGGUAGUCAACCUCUUUAUACCUACCGCCCACUAAUGCAUCUUUCUUGAAGGCAACAUUUCCUUACCGCCCACCCGUUCUUGAUGGAAGGAGGACUCAGCUUGUGCCGUAGAACCGCCUAGUGCCCACCCAGAAUCCUGAAUCGCCCGGUAGUGGGCGGUAGGGACCAGGUUGACAACCCUGAUAUAGCUUCAUAUACAUAUGGCUGGACAGCAUCUUAAAAAGUAGAGACAUCACCUUGCCAACAAAGGUCCAUAUAGUAAAAGCUAUGGUUUUCCCAGUAGUGAUAUAUGGAAGUGAGAGCUGGACUAUAAAGAAGGCUGAUCACCGAAGAAUUGAUGCUUUUGAAUUAUGGUGCUGGAGGAGACUCUUGAGAGUCCCAUGGACUGCAAGAAGAUCAAAACUCUCCAUUCUGAAGGAAAUCAGCCCUGAGUGCUCACUGGAAGGACAGAUCAUGAAGCUGAGGCUCCAAUACUUUGGCCACCUCAUGAGAAGAGAAGACUCCCUGGAAAAGACCCUGAUGUUGGGAAAGAUGGAGGGCACAAGGAGAAGGGGACGACAGAGGACGAGAUGGUUGGAUAGUGUCUUCGAAGCUACCAGCAUGAGUUUGACCAAACUGUGGGAGGCAGUGGAAGACAGAAGUGCCUGGCGUGCUCUGGUCCAUGGGGUCACGAAGAGUCGGACACGACUAAGCGACUAAACAACAACAACAACAUAUGGCUGGAAGUGGAAGACGACAGUAUUUUAUGUGAUUCAUAUUGAUAAGUUAUUUUAUUUAAUUUUAUUACUCUGUUCUACUUGUAUGGCGUGAGGGGAUUGCUUUCUUUUAACCUUCCUUUGUGUUAAAAGGAAGGGGGGGCAGAGGGAUACACUAAAGUCAGAAAGGAACUACUUUCAGUAUCUAUGUUGCUGUCUUCUACUAAAAUUAAAAAUGCUGUGCAUACUUCACUUCAAACCCAAUGAGUUAUAGUUCCAAGUAGACCUGUACUGGAUUGGGAACUUGUAUUGUGUGAGGCAGCCAUGGUUAUCUAGAACAUUUUUGGUUCUGGCUUGAACCAUCAGGAACUCUGGCCCAGUCUGCCCACCCAUCUCUGCUAUCAUCAUUGGCUCUAACUCUACCCAUCACUGCCAUGACACACCUGACAAAUUAUCUCCCCCAGAGUUGCCCAGUUCUGCCCUAGAAGCAGACUUUCCCCCAUGUCAGAGUGAAUGUAUCUUCCUGUUUUAUUUUGUUUUGUUUAGUUUUCAAGGAGGGAUGCCAGAAGAUUUUUAGGCAAGGAAGGAAGAGAAAAAGAACCUAUUAUUAUUAUUAUUAUUUAUUAUUAUUAAUUUUGGGAGCAGGAGGGUGGUGGAAACAGCAUCCCUGCAGUCAGCGGCUCUGGUUAUUCUUCCAGAGCUGUGCUCCCUCCAGUCUUUGCCCUUACGGAAGCGGGACAGAAGUUCAAUAUUCCCGCCGACUGAGCCUCUGGAUAAUGAGGGCACAGACAGCAGAGGUUGGGCUCAUUAGCCAUUCUGCUGCCCAAUUAGGCUGGGAGCUAAUUGCUCAUUAACGAGGCCAUACCUGCUGAGGCAGCUGGGCUUCUGCACAAUCUUGCACUCAGAGAUGUACGUGUGUGUGUGUGUGUGUGUGUGUGUGUGUGUAGGUGAAGAAUCUAAAAUGUAAGCCUCAACUCUUCUGCUUCUGCUAAGAGCCAUUUGUUUCUGUUGCUGCUGCCGCCGCCACCGCAACUCCCCAGGGACGGCAGUUCGAUUCCUGGCUCCAACCACGCCUGAGCGGCGCACAUCCAUUAGCCCAGGGCUGCCGUGACUCUGCUGGAGGUUUCCUCCACGGCGGCGGCUGGCAUCCUGACCCGCUCCCCUCCCUCCUCCUCCCCUCCCUCCCGCAGGCAAUUUGAACAGGGAAAGGCGAAGCAGUGAAGCAAGAGGCAGAAAGAGCGUCAGGGGCGGCGGAGAUGAGCGAGGCCCGCAGGCACUGCCUCAUCGUGCAUCCCUGUGGCGUCUGGAUGCUGCACAAGCCUAGGUUUUUUUUUGGGGGGUGCAGUCUAGAGGAGGGGGUUAGGGAACUCUGAAAGGAAGGAUAAAAUCCUGUAGUGCAAGAGAGAUGAAAGUGGGGCGUGUUCCUCCCACCUUAUUUUGCAUCUCCCAUAUCCUGUUUUUCAACAUUUUGGAGCCACCCAAGGAUGCUGAGACUUCGUUGGGUUAUUGUUCUUUACCCCACUUAUCUUUCAUGGGGGGGGGUGUCUAAAUUUAUUGCAAAGGAAUCUAGGAAGACACAGUACACUGAGCCAGACCACUAGUCCAUGUAGCUCAGUACUGUACACUGACUGGCAGCAGCUCUCCAGGGUUUCAGACAGAGACUCUCCCUGAGCCCUACCUGAAGGAGCUGGGGCUUGAACCUUUUGCAUUCAAAAGUGAUGCUCUGCUACUGAUCCAUGAUCCUUCUCUAAUGACAGAACAUAGGAAGCAGUAUUAGGAACUCAGAUAUGUCAGCUAUUCACCAUAUGGCACCUUUUUAUUUUAUAUUCUUCAUUGUAAGAUAAAAAGUACAUAAUUACAAGUGCACAGAGUAAUAUAAGAUGCAGAAAAAGAAAUAGCAUCCAUGUAGAAAACAAAACAGAACAACAAAAACUAAUAUACAGUAUACAGUGGUACCUCAGGUUACAGACGCUUCAGGUUACAGACUCCGCUAACCCAGAAAUAGUACUUCGGGUUAAGAACUUUGCUUCAGGAUGAGAACAGAAAUCAUGCAGCGGCAGCAGGAGGCCCCAUUAGCUAAAGUGGUACCUCAGGUUAAGAACAGUUUCAGGUUAAGAACGGACCUCCAGAAUGAAUUAAGUUCUUAACCCGAGGUACCACUGUACAAGUUACCACAAUGGAAUGUCUAGCCGCCUUUUUUGGUUUUUUGCAAUAUUACAAAGCAAAAAAUGAAUUGUGUAUAUCAUCAAUGUUAAAAUAUUUCACAUUUAACAUACAUUUAACAUUUUGCCUAUUACAGCAGUGUCCCUCCUCCCAAGUGUGAACUAAUACUGCCAUGGGAGGGGGGGGCAGGGAGGAAGCAUCAGAGGCAACUCUUAGGGCAGCCUGGCCAGUCCAGCAUGGCUGCUCCGAAGCACCGAGCAACUGCCUCACAAGAGACAGGUGUGUGGGUCUGGGCGAGCUUGGGGGUGUGGGUACGAGGGCUCUUCCCCCUCUUCCUCCCUUGGCAUGUUUUCUUGGAAGUAAGCCCUGCCACACCCGGAGGGGCUUUCUUACCCUCAAGAAAGUGUGCUUAGUAUUGCAGUGGAAGUGCAGAAGCAAAGUUUCUGCCCUGCGAGCCAGCUGACUCACAGGGCAGCGCAGAAGCAGAAGAUGUGCGUCUUUUGUUGCAUGUGAGUCACCUGGCUCAGGCAGCAGUGCCACUCAACCAGAUGGAGAUGUCAGUCGCCAAAUGCACCUGGUGCCUGGGGAAUUUCAAAUACUGAUAAGGAGUGGCCUUAAACCAAGUCAGACCAAUUGGUCCAUCUAUCUGUCCCUCCCUGGAGAUGCUGAGGACUGAACCUAGGAGCUUCUUCGUGCAAAGCAGUUGCUCUCCUACUGAGCCACAGCCCUUCUGGUGAAGAGCUUGUUUCCAGAUUUUAGGUGUCACUGAAACAAAUGUAAAAGCAAGGAACAGGACAAAAGAGGAGACAGAUUUGCAUCACAUUUGCAUGUGGUUAUUUAUAUGCAUAGAUGCAAAUGUAGAAAUAAUUGCUGUGAUUUAAAUAGAAAUCCCAUACAACAGACUGUGCCCAAGUGACCUGUGUGCCUGCUCAGUCUGCUACUCAGAUCCCAACUGUAUAUGGGCAAUGUCAAUAGAGUGUCUGUGUGUCCUACUUUAUGGAAGGCAAUCCUCUCUCGGAAGGCCAGUCUGUUUUAAAGAUAAAGUACCUAAAUAAGUACUCCCUAAAGAAGGGAGAAGAGGGAUGCGGGUAGCGCUGUGGGUUAAAACACUGAGCGUAGGACUUGCCAAUCAGAAGGUCGGCAGUUCGAAUCUCUGCGACGGGGUGAGCUCCCAUUGCUCAGUCCCUGCUCCUGCCAACCUAGCAGUUCGAAAGCAUGUCAAAGUGCAACUAGAUAAAUAGGUACAGCUCCGGCGGGAAGGUAAAUAGCAUUUCCGUGUGCUGUUCUGGUUCGCCAGAAGCGGCUUAGUCAUGCUGGCUACAUGACCUGGAAGCUGUACACCGGUUCCUUCGGCCAAUAAAGUGAGAUGAGCGCUGCAACCCCAGAGUCGUCUGCGACUGGACCUAAUGGUCAGGGGUCCCUUUACCUUUAAAGAAGGGAGAACAGAGUAACCUUGAAGUUUACCCAUCAACAACUUGCAAGCAUAGCAGACUGAGCUGCCCUACGGGCUUCCACAUUAUGGCUGGUGGGUUGGUUCCUCUGAGUAGGACUAGCACUGGAUGCAACCUAUUAUUUCUGCAUUUGUAUCUAGGCAUCUAAAUCAGCUUAUUUGAAUUUUAUGCAGAUCUGUGCUGUGUUCUCACCCUCUCCUUUUUGUGUGAUGCAACUCAUCUUUUUAAAAGAUUCGUAAGUGGUAACUCUUAAACACCAGGCCCCCUCCUUUGCCCCCUUUUUACAGUUCUCCCAUUUGAACCAGACAUCCCUUCCAAUGGAGAACUGUCCUCUGUAAAGAGGGAUUCUUGGCUACCCUGCUUUCGUUGGUCUGUCGUAACUGGAAAUUACUUGAAAAUAAAUAUAUUGCCAUAAUAACAAUAUGGGGGAAGUGCAUUUAGCAAAUAGAUAAAAUGAAUGAAUGAAAGGCAUAUACCUAACAGUGGUUUUACGUUUUCUUGCCCUUCCUUUGCAUCAGUGGCGAAGCUGCAUGCUCCGCUACCGGGGGCAGAGAACAGGCGGGGGCGGGGCUGGUGCCCCCCUGGGUCUGUGGUGCGCAUCCUGGGGGUGUGGCACGCAUCCCAGGGGUAUGGCACGCUGCCCGCAGAGGUGUGGCACACACUCUGGGGGCGUGGUACACCGCCUGCGAGGGCAUGGUGCAAUGCCUGCAGGGGCAUGGCAUGCAUUCUGGGGGUGUGACGUGCCGUCUGUGGGGGUGUGGCACCCGGCACGGGGGGGUGCGCGGCUUGUGUCGGGGGAGCUGCCGCGAUGGCACCCUACAGGAAUAGUGGUGCCGGGGGCGGUCCGCUCCCUCCACACUCCCGUUCCUCCGCCAGAGAUCAUGCCAUGUGCAACUUAAGGGUUAAUACUGCAAGUGUUAAUGUCAGCCAAGAGGGGGACAGGUGCAGAUGUUGUUUAGCAACCAGGCAGUGUGGCACAACAUUUGCUGAUAAAGCAGACAACAUGCCCUGACUGGCUGUGUAGUUGUGAUGGAGGUUUCUUCUAUGUUUGGUGUUUUUAAAAAAUAAUUAUUAUUUGUUAAAAUUACAUCCCACCCAUCAUCAAAAUAUCUCAGGGCGAUUCACAAGAUAAAACAUCUCCCAGUUAUGUACAAGACCUGAGUUGUGUGAACCACUCUGUUCCUUCUUCCUAAAAUUGUACUCUAUUUUUGUUCAGUUUCCUCAGGGAAGUGUUAUCAGGAUUUCUUUUCUCUCUGGACUCCAUCUGCCUUUUUUAAGAGAUUUUGCUGACAAAAAUAAUCCAGUUUUUCAACCCCGAGAUUCAAGGGCUCUGUUUUCUCCCUGUCUCUAUCCAUAUUAGUUAGUUUCACUACAUAUUUGCUUAUAAUCCCAUAAUUUUGAUAUCCAAUCUUCUAACAUUGAGUGGCUUCAUUUAUUUCCAGUUAUUACAAAUAAUUAUUCAAGCAAUGGUCAAUAAGAUUUCUGCUCAUUUUCUCUAUCACCUGUUAAGACCUGGGGGUAUCUGUUGAACUAAGUCCUAUUUAGAGCAAACCCAUUGAAAUUAACGGACAUGAGUUAAUCAUACACAUUCAUUUCAGUGGGUCUGCUCUAAGUAGGUCUAGCAUCGAAUGCAACCCCGAAUCUAACCCAACUAAAAUAACUAAGGGAUGUUCAUUUCAUUCAAAGAACAUUCAUUCUUUGAAAAUCAGAAAAAAGUCAUUCUUCUUCCAUAAUUAUUUUACUUUCCUUGCUCUGCUUUCUUCCCCUGCCAUCCCACCCCCCACUGCUACCGGGCAGCCAAUUUUCCACAGCUGUCUUGUUUCAUGGGGGUGGGGCGGGGGGUGAACAAAGUCCUGUUGUGAUGCAUCUCACCCCGGUGAGCAUUAUUUUUCUUAUGUGAACUGCAGGCUACGCUUUCCUGCAGGCAAGGCUAAGCCUGCGAAAAGGCCAAGAGGUGCCCCAGGGUCUCUCCUUCCCCCCUGCUGGAUUGCUGCUUUUCUUCCCCCUCCAGGAGAAGAAGAGGAGAAAGCACCCCCUCCUUUUUCCCCUCCCCCCCCAAAACCCCCCUAUUGAUUGUCAGCCUGGCCCAGAGCGAAAUCCUUGCAGCCUGCCCAGUCCUUGGCCGCCAGCCAAGGCCUGUCCCCAGAGGUGGAGAGAGCAGCGAGGGGUGGCAGUGGUGGUCAGGCAGGGGAUGUCGGGAGCGCUUUGAAAAUUAAAUCUCUCAAGAGCUCACGAGGCUGUUACUUGACCUUGGGUUAAACUCAGCGGAAGAGAAGCUGGGAGAGUAGCGGUGGGGGGGCAGCCGCAUUACCCCCCCCCCGCCGCCGCCCCAGCCUCAGCCUCAAAUAACUGCCGGACGCAAAAAGCUUUGGGGAAAGGAGAGGGGGAGCUGACAGCUAGAACAGGUUAGCAUCAGGGAUAAGCCAAGGAAUUACUGGUUCCCGUUCAGCCUCUGCAUUCGCGGCAAUUGUGCGCAUUUGUUUUACGUGGAUCAGACCUUUCCAGGUUUUAAGCAUGUUCAGAUGUUCAUGUUUUCUAACCCAUGGAGAUGCCCCACCUCUGCUUUCCUAAGGCGAAGGACCAUAACUCAGUGGCAGAGAGCCUCUACUUUGCAUGCAGAAGGUCCCAGGUUCAGUCCCAAAUGGCAGAUCCAGGAAGGAUUGGGAAAGAUUCCUCAUCUGAAACGCUGGAGAGCCACUGCCAGUCAGUUUGGACAGUAAUGAGCUAGAUGGAUCAAUGAUCCAGCUCCCUGUGUUUUAUGAUCUUUAUUCCAAAAGAACCAAAAAAAGAGAUGACUUUGCAUCUGGUUGGCCACUAUGAGAACAGGAUGUUAGGCUGGAGAGCCAGUGUGACAUAGGGGGUUAGAUUGUCAGACUAGGACCUGGGAGACCCAGGUUCAGGUCCUCACUCAGCCAUGAAGCUCACUGUGUGACCUUGGGCCAGUCACCAUCUCUCAGCCUAACCUACCUCACAGGGUUGUUGUGGGGAAUAAAGGAGGGGGAGGACCAUGUACGUACACCACGUUGAGCUCCUUGAAGAAAAAGGUGCGAUAGAAAUGAAAUAAAUAAAAUGGGCUUUUGACACUUCUUAUGUUCUUACAAUGGGAUGUGGGUGGUGCUGUGGGUUAAACCACAGAGCCUAGGACUUGCCGAUCAGAAGGUCGGUGGUUCGAAUCCCCACGACGGGGUGAGCUCCCGUUGCUGGGUCCCAGCUCCUGCCAACCUAGCAGUUCAAAAGCAUGUCAAAGUACAAGUAGAUAAAUAGGUACUGCUCCGGUGGGAAUGUAAACGGCGUUUCCGUGCGUUGCUCUGGUUUGCCAGAAGCGGCUUAGUCAUGCUGGCCACAUGACCCGGAAGCUGUACGCCGGCUGCCUCGGCCAGUAAAGCGAGAUGAGCGCCGCAACCCCAGAGUCGCUCACGACUGGACCUAAUGGUCAGGGGUCCCUUUACCUUUACAUUUACCUUUACUAUGUUCUUACACUGCUCACCCCACACCCCUGCAACCCAUCACAGUUGCCCUUCCUUUCUUUUCUUUUUGCUUCCACCUUGCAUCUUUUCUGAAGUGCACAGAGAGAGAGAGAGAGAGAGAGAGAGAGAGAGAGAGAGAGAGAGAGAUGAGCCUCACUGUUCAGCAUUGCAGAGCAGGCGGGCUCCUCCAUCCUCUCCUCUCCUCACCCACCCUCCACCCCCUAGUCUUUUGCCUCCUGGUGCUGGCUGGUUAUUUUUGUCUCCGUCUCCCAGCCAGAGUGCCUUGGAGCGCCACUGAGCUUCCCCGUCUCUUCUUCUCUUUACUCUCCCUGCCUUUCCCUGCUGCAGAAAGAAAAGCCAUCGAGCCAGAUGGAGCCACCGUGCCCACCCUCCCAGAUCGAGCUGGGGUGGUUUCUAAUUAGGACUCGUCGCCUAUUAUCCCCUGACAGCUGACUUGAGGUAUCCAGGCAGCCCCAGAGGCAGAGACAGGAAUGCAGACCCUCUGCUCCCUCCGUUGCCUGCUCCCUCCGUUUCCCUCCCCAGCUCCUUUCUAAAAAAAAACCUGAAAUGGUGCCAUGUUGCGCAAACUCCAGCCACAAAGCCCCACCUGCCAAGUGUGCCUCCUAGGGCAGUGUGGGUGCAGAGUGCGGCAGAUUGUUUUGAACAAGAUGGGAAAGAACUUGAGGGACUCCUCGUUUUUUUUGGGGGGGGAGCAUUAUUGAAGGCUCAGCCAAAUGCUGCUCCGGAAUAGAUCUCUGAUUUCAAACUCCUCUUCAGAGAUUGGUGAGGAUACCUUUUGUGCGGUACAGCUUCCUCCAACCUGGUGCCCUUCUGAUUUUGGGGGCUGCAGCUCCCUACCAGGCCCAGCCACCACAGCACAGCCAUGGAUGGGAGGUGUAAUCCAAAACAUCGGGUGGAAAGUUGACUCAGACCAUAGCGGCCAGUCCAUUCUGGACCCAAUUCAAAGUGCUGGUGUAAACGUUUUAAGGCAGGGAUGCAGAACCUGUGGACAUUCAGGCAUUGCUGGACUUCCUAUCCUCUUAGCUCCAGCCGGCAUGGUCAAUGGUCAGAGAUUAUGGGAGUUGUAUUCCAACAACACCCAGAGGGCCCCAGGUUCCACAUUUGUGCAUUAAAGCCCUAACCAGGCUCCCUGAAGCAGCAUCUUCUCUCAUAUGUAUACCUACCAUGAACUCAUGGCUGUUUUCUAAAGCUCUCCUCCAAGUGCUCCCACCAUAAGGGGAGGCAGGCAAAAGGUCUUUCCAGGGGUGGCAACCUGGUGGUGCAGUGUUGUCUGUGGAAAGACCAGACUGAUGUCCGAGUUGUGAACUUUUUGGUCCCAGCGGAAGACCUUUAAAAACAUACAUUUCUUUCAGGCUUCUUCCGGAUGAUCUGUCUACUGAGCAUCCAUUCUGAUUUGUUGGUCGGUAGGGAAGGAGGAAUAGUUCAAGUUAGUUAAUGUUAAAAUCAACAGUGGAGGUAGCUCUCACUGCAGUGAGCCAAAUCCUCCUUCAGGUUUUAUAUCUCAUGCCCUGGGAAGCAUGAACUAUUGCUAUGGGACACUGCCAUGCAAUGCAACUGGACUAGUUGAUCUUGAAGUUCCUCCUGGGCCUGUGACCUGGUAUCAAGAUUUGGGAUGGGUCAGGAAUUCAAUUCAGUUUGCAUUUAAAGGCAAAACCCUAUGUCAUUUGCACUUUCUGAAACAAUAUGAGAACACAAUCAUCCUUUGAAGUUUGCACCUCUGAAUUUUGCAGUGCAUAUACUAGAGUAAAGGAUUCACAAAACUGCAUAUGUUAGUAACAACAUACAAAAUGCAUUGUAUGAGGGGGAAAUAGAAAUAUGAGGGUAUAUAUGCUUUGCAAAAAUGUGUACAUAGCAUUCUAAAGUGUGUGUGUGUGUUGUUUUAGGCAAAAAAAGGCACAAAAAUGCUAAUGGGUUUUCAUGAGGGCUUUUAAAAAAAAAGAAACGUGGAAAUGUGGAGAACUGAAAUUAAGACUGGAAAAAUGAGAAACUGAAAUCAACAGAUUUCCCAGUCCCUAAAAUUGAUGGUUGUGGGUGCCAUCUCUCCUUGUUAUUGAGCACUUGCAAGCACGGAUCCAGCUCAGUUCUCUCCCUCUGUUUUUCAGUCGUGCUCCUCUUCCAGGAGGGGAACAAUUUUGAUUUGUCACUUGCUGAAUGCUUUACAAUGUGAUCCUUUAUUUACCUCCCUCCGAAGUUCUCCCACACCCACCCUGUAGACCUUUCUGUGAGGCCCUCUCCUCUCCUGGACUCUUCCCACCUCCCCCACCCACAAGUCAUCUAUGAAUAGGCUGCCGCCUCAGGGGUCAGAGUGGAGAGAGCGUGGCGGAUGCCUCUGAGGCUCUUGUAGCCCCCACGGAAGCUGACCUCUGUCUUCCCUCCUGUACAGAUCUCCUGCCAAGCCCUGGGGAAAUGAGUCAGGCCUGAGAAAGAUGGGGAUGGUUGCUUCAGCAUUAUUCAGCCACCCCCUGCUCCGGACCCGUGAGGAGCACUGGACACACAGGGCUGCUUUCUCAGGAAGUAGCUGGCUCUCCCCGCUUUCUGUUUCGAUCCCAAACAAGUAAUUCCUUGCAGCUGUCACCAUGCCCGGCUCCACCACCGCGGUUCAUGUGCUUCUGGUUAGCUUGGGAAAACAGCCGCGCCACUCCUGAGUGAAAAGCAGGAUGACAGAGAGGCUGCGGGAGGAAUUUUUCGGCUCAGCAAAGGGAAACCGGGGUAGAGAAAAGAAACAAAACAAAACAGGAAGGAGGAAAGGACGGGUGUAAUUCUGAUUGGGGGGUUAAGCCCCGGCAGCAGAGGGAAGCGGCAAUAAAUAAGAGUGCCCCAUAAUAGCACGCAGGUGGGAACUUUUUCCAGCACAGGGGCUGCAUUACCUUUGAGGCUAUCUUCUGGAGGGCCCAAGCCAGGGGUGGGUGGAGCCAGAGUCAACAGUGGGUGGAGCAAUUGAUGCAAAUUUCUACCAUAGUACCGUACAGUAGGCUAGUUUCUACACUCACAAACCCAUUCAGGCUGUCAAGAGGCAUUAUCAGAAUUCAAUGACACAUUCCAGAGAGUCUGGGAUUUGGCACACACAAAAGAACCAAGGGAAGGGGGGUAAGGAAUGUAAAUGUUUCUUGCCUACAAAAGCAUGUCCUAGAAUCCUUUGCAAUGCAUGGAGAAACCACAGCUGAUUCAUUACAAGGGUUCCCUUGUAAAAAACAAAACAAAACCCCAUAAAGGUAAAGGACCCCUGGACAGUUUAGUCCAGUCAAACUUGACUCUGGGGUGCGGUGUUCAUCUCGCUUCAGGCCGAGGGAGCUGGUGUUUGUCCGCAGACAGCUUUCCGGGUCAUGUGGCCAGCAGGACUGAACUGCUUCUGGCGCAGCAGGACACUGCGACAAGUGCUAGAGCACACGGAAACGCCGUUUACCUUCCUGACACAGUGUUGGUAUGCUUUUGAACUGCUAGGUUGGCAGGAGCUGGGACAGAGCAAUGGGAGCUUACCGUGUUGUGCGGAUUCCAACCAUUAAUGUUCUGAUUGGCAAGCCCAAGGGGCUCAGUGUUUAGACCACAGCCCCACCUGCUCCCGUUUCCUUGUAGGAUAAGUUGAUGUGGAAAGUAUUCUCUGAAGGUAGAAUGUUCUGAAAACACUCUAUGGUAGUGUUCAGUACAGUGGUACCUCGGGUUACAUACGCUUCGGGUUACAUACGCUUCAGGUUACACACUCCGCUAACCCAGAAAUAGUGCUUCAGGUUAAGAACUUUGCUUCAGGAUGCCUACCCGAGAAGAAUGGCAGAGAAAAGUGAUAGACUAUAUGGAACUGGCAGAGAUGACUGGAAGAAUUCGAGAUCAAGAAGAAGGGUUGAUGGAACAAGAUUGGAAAAAGUUUAAAAUAUAUUUACAGAAUCACUGUAACAUAAAAGAAUGUUAGGAAAGGUUGGAGAAGAAAUAUUAGACCGUAUUGGCAGACAGAGUAUAAUGGAAUUAAGUAAAUAUAAAGUGUAAACUAAAGGAUAGAGGAGAAUUAAAUAUUUUUGAAUGUUAAAAUGUUAAAAUAAGUGAAUGAAAAGAAGGUUAGAAGGAUUUGCUGGAGACACAAUUUGAAUUAGAAUACAAAGCAGAGAAGUGAGAGGAAGUCACGGAAAUAAGUAAAUGGGAAAACGGUUCGUUAAAUUUGAAUUCUUUUUUUUUUCUUGUUAUUUUUUAUUGUGAUUUUUGAUUUUGUGUAUUUUUUCCUUUUUCCUUUUUUUCCCCUUGUAUGGUGUGUAUCUUUUGUAAGAUGUAUGUGACUGAUUUUCUUGUUUUGUUUGUUCUUUCUUUUUUGUAAUUUUAAAACUUGAAUAAAUAUUCUUAAAAAAAAAAAAAAAAAGAACUUUGCUUCAGGAUGAGAACAGAAAUUGUGCUCCAGCGGUGCAGUGGCAGCAGGAGACCCCAUUAGCUAAAGUGGUGCUUCAGGUUAAGAACAGUUUCAGGUUAAGUACAGACCUCCGGAACGAAUUAAGUAUUUAACCCGAGGUACCACUGUAAAUGGAUAUUGUAAGGGCCAUUAGUCCUGUGUGCAUGGCUUCAGUUCUUCAUUUGUAAAAUGGGUGCAACACUCAAGACUCCAAACCAAUGUGAGUACAAGUUUUAGGGCCGAGAAUUGGAUUGCUGGUGGUGGCGGCGGCGGCAGCAGCAGGAAGUUCAAGACCGAAAUAUAAAUGCAAAUGUGUCCUAUUAAUAUGUUUUUGAAGCAUGAUGCUCACUCUGUGCUCCCCACACAGUCUGUCAGCCUGCUGGGUUUAUUCCCUUUCUAGGUUGGGUGGGGAGAAUAACGCUUGGGCUUUUGUGUUCUGCUUGAGCCAAAAAUAGGCAUCCCCAGAGAGGGAGAAGGUUUGGGGACUGGGCAGUGGUCUGGCUAUGUGGGCGGGCAAGCAGUUGGUUUUCCAUUUCUAGAGCAGAGAUGUUGCAAAGAUGAAGCGUUUAUUAUUCUCCCAAUGCUUUCUCUCAGCACUCCCCUGCCUUUCCCACUGCUGUGGGAUUGGGUUUUUUUCGGGGGAGACGGGACUUGCAAACAUUUCCAGUGGUAGAUAGGUCCAGCUUCCAGCCUCACCACAAGACUCUGGAGAUUGCGUUGCCCUCUGGCUAGCAAGAAGGACCACUUCAAAUGCUCACUUGCUGGGUUUAUAUUUAAUUUUCCUUUCUAUACAGGCUCUUCCAACGUCCUUCCCACCCGAAACUGUGCACACACAAUGUAGGAAGAUUAGACUAUUAGUGGCUACAGGUAAUCGUGGCUAUAUUUUACCCCCAAGAUCAGGAACAGCAUGCCUCUGAUUGGCAAUCACUAUAGCUGGGGUAAAAAUCUGAUUCCGUUCACAUGUAAAGGUGAUUUUACCAAAUUAGCAGUUGCUGAAACAAUACGCAAAUCAAAACACAGCCUUUGUUCAAUAUUUUAUACAUCUCAGUGACUUUUGCAAUGCCAGUCUUCAGCCGUGUAAUGUGUACAAAAAUGCACAUGCUAGCGUAAUGUGUACAUAUAUGCAAAUGAAAAUAACAGGAAUUUUUUUAAUUAAAAAAAUGUAAAUAGUUGUUUUAAAUGCUUUGUACUGGUGAUUUUAUGGUUUUAUUCUGUUUGUAAACCGCUUUGAGUGUCUCCCCCCUUACAAUCAAGCAGAGUAUAAAUUUUAUGAAAUAAAUAAACAAAUAAAAUUAUAUUAGAGGAAAUUCAUUUGAAUCUUUUAGACUUGUGUAGGCAAUAGGAUACCGGGAGAGAUGGACUUCUGUCCUGAUCCAGGAGGGCUAUUGCGUUGUGAGUGCUAUAGGUUGUCCCCUUAGUACAGAGAUAGGAAACAUGUGGCACUCUCGAUGUUGUUGGACUCCACUUCCCAUCAGUCCCUUGCCAGUGCUCUGGUUGAUGGGAAUUGGAGCCCAGCGCUGCAUCUGGAGGGAUGCAGGUUCCCUCCUCCCCCUUCCCUAAUAUGUGCCAAUCAGAAUUCUUCCAUGGCUGAGAAGCAAGAGGGAUAUUAUGAGCUUCUCCAGAUGACCUAUUUACUGAGCAUUCAUCCUGAUUUGCUUGCAAGAGUUUAUAUGUCUUCCUCCUAGUUAAAUGUGCAUCUCACACUUUUUAGUGCAUUUCCCCAUCAUUUCCCACCACCACCACCUCUGCAAAAAACCCGACCAGAUUAUUUAUUAAGGUGGGUUGUUUGGGCUAGGGCAACAUAGCCCUUGUUGAGAUGCAGAGACUCAGAGCUCUGGGCUGGGCUUGAAUCCUUCCUGAGAAACACUAGUAGUCUGGAGGCACUUUAUAUCUGCAGGAGCCAAGAUGAAGUUCGUGAUUUUAUUUUAUUUAUUAAGUCCUCCUGAAGAUUCAUCUCCAGUUUAGCUCCUGAAGAUUCAUCUCCAGUUUAGUUCCAGCUUCUAAAACACACGUUUUUGUAUGCAGCAUUGCCUAGUAAGUUCACAUUUUUUGCAAAGGAGCUUCCCCUAAUAUAAUGCAUGUUUGUAUGUCGUUUACAUAAAUACAUGCACUUAACCCCACUAUAUGCAUUAUUUUUGUACACAUGGAGAAUGUUGCUACAAAAAAAAAUUUAAAGAAACCAGAUAAAUGUGCAUUUUGAAGGAUGGCUGUGUUUUGGUUCACAAAUUGCUCUGGGAAGAGCAAAUGAGGGAGGUUCACCUUUAAAUGUAAACUGCAUCAAAUUUCUCCCCGUCACCACCGUCCCUGGCUCCCGCUUAGCUCUGGUUUGGCCUUCCUGCUAUGUCUGCCGGCCAAAGGCGAAGGCAGGAGGAAGUGGGUCGGCGGCCUGGCUUUCUUUCCCCAGAUGGGCUUCCAUUCUUGCUUGCGGUCGCCAACUGGUUGUAGGGAGGGGGGUGGAUGUGCAUGCAAACAACCUCAGACACACUUGAGAGCUGCUGCUCUGUAAUCGUGGCUCCCCUUUUAACUUUAUGGUGUAGCAGAGCAAUGUACCGAUUGCGGCAUCUCUGGACCCGCAUCUUGAGCUAAAAACAGGAGGCUUCCCAGGCAGGGACAGAGCCACAGGGUUUGUUGGAAGGCGAAGCGGAGGCCAGAUGGCUGCAGAGGAAGGAGGGGAGAGGAGGCGCUGGAGGGGCUGCCGCACACUCCGCUUUCCACGUGGGCUUCUCUGCUGAUGCUGUGUCUCUGCACGCCUUCUGUGCUAGCAGGCAACGGGAGGGUCCUGCUGGCAGUGAGAGCAGCGGCGGCUGCUUUUAUGUUGUUAUUUUAAACAUACGGAGAGGGUCCCUUGGGAACCCAUAUGGAAUUUCAAAGAUGUGGUUUGAUCUGCUGUGAAAUAAGCCCAGCGCUGAUAGCCGAACUGAAGUGUGUAUGUGUAUGUGUACAGCAUUUGAUGUUGCAGUGAAUGGGGCAAGGUGGCACUCAGAGUCUCUUGACCCCCUCCAAGACCAUGACUGGAUGCUGCAAGUGUUGGAGUAGGGUGGGAGGAACACAUCAGGGAAAACAGCAUGGUGGCACCCCAGGUAAUGGUCUGUGAAACUUAGGAAGCUGCCUUGUACCAGAUAGGACCAUUGGUCCAUCUACUUCAAUAUUGUCUACACUGACUGGCAGCGGCUCUCCAGGCUUUUCCUUUGGGGGAUAUUCCCACUCCUAUCUGGGUAUGCUGAGGAUUGAACCUGGAACCUUUUGCAUAUAGAACAAAUGCUCUUAUCACUGAGCUAUGACCCUCCUCUUUAUAAUAGGAACAUAGGAAACUCCUUUAUACCAGCUUAAACUAUUGCUGCACCUACAGUAUUAUUUACACCGGCAGUGAUUUUUCAGGGUUUUUAGAAAGGGGAUUCCUCCAAUUGUACCUGAUGAUGCUGGGGAUUGAACCUGUGACUUUCUGAGUGUAAGGCAAGUGUCCUUUCUCUGCGGUAUCUUAGGUCUGGGGAAGGACAAGGAUAGAAUAUAAAUUUCUAUGGUGGUGCCCUUCAUUGGCCCAGUGGCAGAUCCCAUCUUUUGCAUGCAGAAGGUCCCAGAUUUUCAACUCUUGGCAUCUCCAGGUAAAAGGUAGGAAAGAUCUUCAAAAUAUGGUGGGGUGUGGUGAUGAUGAUGAUAAUAAUGAUCAUGAUGCUGGGGCCCCAUGGGGAGUGGAGUCCAGCAAGAUCUGGAGGGCCACAGGUUCCCCUCCCUAAUUGAAAUAUAUGUGGACUAUUAUUUAUUUAUUUGUCUACUUAUUUUUUGUUUUUAUAUCCCACAUACGUGGACCUCUCUCUCCAUUUUAUCCUCACAGCAGUCCUAUGAGGUAAGUUAGGCUGAGAUAUAGCAACUGGCCCAAGAUCACACAGUGAGCCUCCAUGUUGAAGGGUGAUAGCCAUGUUCUAAAAAACAUGGAGCUCCUGACCAUGCCAGAGUGAUAAGGUUGGGUGCUGCCAACCAUAGCUCAGAAGCCAAAACCAGCAUCCGAUGGUGCAUAAGGCCUAGAGAAGCAUCUCAGGAAGCUUGCUAAUGAGCUUUUUAAUGAGCUGUAGUUUCAGGCGAGUUAAGCCCAAAUAAAUAUAUGAAUUAAAAGAUUUGAAAAGCUGAAUGCAAUCAAUAGAAAUGUUGAAAUGCCAAACCAGUUAGCAGGAACGAGUGUACUGCUGUGUAAAUUGGCGCUAGCCCUUUAAGACAGCACUAGCCAGAUCCGCCCCCCGCCCCCUUUUCCUGGUCUGGAUCCCUCUCUGCCUGGAACAUGCCAUCUGCAGGAAGCCCCAUAAAUCAUCUUGCGCUUGGCUGUCUGCAGUCCAGCGAGGUCUCUCUCCUCCUGGCCCCCUUUCCCCUGGAACCUGCGGGGCAUUUCUCCAUAAAUGAGGCAAGGGCUGGCCAAGCAGCACUCCCCUGGGCCGCUCUCCAGAUGUAGUCCCCAGCUGAACCAGCAGCAUCGCAGGAGAGGAGGUGGAGGCGACGGGAACUGCGGCCAGGAAACUCCCCGUCAGCUUGAAAGGCUGAGCCACGCUCACGUUGCUGUGCUCUGCUGCCAGUUCAAGGAACAAUUUCCCAGAGCCUCCCUGACUUUCUGCCACUGGCAUAAAACCUUGUUCCAGAAUACCUUUAUAUAUAUUUGCAAAUACAACAGACCAGAGUGCGGGGAAUACUUGAGUUGUAUGCAGUGCUGGUCCUACUCAGAAUAGACCCAUUGAGGCUAAUAGACAUGAGGCUGCAUCAACUAUAUCCUAAGUGAGAACAGAAGUGGAUUUAGGGCAGCGUAACUGGUUCUUCUGCACUGGGCGCUGCGCCAAGGCAAGCGCCACAGGGCAUUACAACUAUGACAUAGUGCACAGACAGAGGUGAGAGGCAGGAGGUGCCAGAUUUUGGUCGUUCACAGGGUGCCAAAGUCCACCCCUAGUUAAAACCUGAGAGAUCCAGUUUUAAAUCCCCACUCAGUCCUAAAGCCCACUUUGACCAUUCACUGUCUCUCAGCCUAACCUACCUCACUGGGUUGUUGUGAGGAUUAAAUGAGGAGGAAGGGGACCAUGUACGCCACCUUGAGCUCCUUGGAGAAAAUGUGGGAUAUAAAUGUAAUGAUAAAUAAAUAAGGACACCUAAGUUAUGUCCAUUAACUUCAAUGGGCCCACCAACUUCAUGACUGGUGCUGAAUACCACCUAUGACUGGCUAAAGUUCAUUCAUUUCAGUGAGUCUCUGAUUAUGCCAAGCAUUGAAUACACCCCACCAUCAUCUGCUGCCAUUAGCAAUAAAAGCAUUCCAUGAAGCCUGAUUUGAAUGUACAUUGUGAUAUAGUCUGUCCAUAUGUCCAAAUAGGUAAAUAGGUGCCAAAUUGGGAUUGACCUUUAUAAACUGUACUUCCAAUAAAUGAGGAACAACAGUUACCAGAGUCACUUCAAAAAUGCAGACGGAGUCCAGAGAGAAAAGAAAAUGAUUGCACUUUACUGGGCAAACUAAACAAAAACAGUAUAUGAAAUGUGGGGGGAAAUAGAUAAGUUUUGUCUUAGUUACAGGCCUAGAUAAGAACAAGGAGACUUACUCAACCACACAUACUGGGGGAAAGUCUCUCAGAACUACACAGCCAUUCGGAGCACCUCAGCUAGGAUCAUGCCAUUCUAGGCAGCACCUCCACCAUCACCCCCUCUUGGUUGACUGUCAACAGAAUUAACCUUUAGAUUACUAACUGAAUGAUACCUGUUGUUGUGCUUCCAAGAAAAACACUAUGCAGUACUUGUUCUAUUUUAUUAUUAUACUUCUUUCCUGCCCUUUACCGUAAGGUCCCAGCUGCAUCACCUCAAUUAAAUAUACACAUAAUAUGUAAGGCACUAAUGGGAUGUUUACUAGUAGUAGCUAGAACCCCUAUAGUCAGAUUAUGGGAAGGUCUGUAAGGAAUCUCUCUCCCAAGAUAGUACAGCAAAGUUUGGGAAGUUAUACUCCCAGAAAAAACUUACUCAAAAUCUGUGUAUAGCCAAAAGUCAGAGAGGGUGUGAGACAGUGAGAUUCAUGGAGGACAGGUGGUAUUUGGUUGCACUUACAAACAAAACUGAUACUCAGAGACUUAUGGCAAAAGCAUUCAGUGAAUUGUAUGUAAAUAUAUUGCCUGUCUGAGAUCAGUGGUAGAGCAUCUGCUUUGCAGGCAGAAAGUCCCCUGUUCCGUCCUCAGUAGCAUCUCCAGGCUGGGCUGGGGGAAAUUCUCUGCCUUAAACCCCACAGAGCUGCUCCUUGUCAAAGUGGACAAUACUGCUCCAGAUAGACCCAAUUGUCUGAAUCAGUAUUAGGCAGCUUCCUAGGUUCCUUUUUCUUUCUGCUUUUCAUUUCGUUUUGUUUUGUUUAUAAUGUUCUGCACUGGUUUUUGAAAAUAAAGAAAGAAUCAUUCAGGAGGGAGCCACAAAACAGAAUAUACAAUUGUAAAACAAGUAAAACAGUUACAACCAUAAAAUGAGAAAAGUAUAUAAAAACAGUUGCACGGACUAAACAAUUAUGUAUGUUAAAACCAACACAUUCGUGUGUGUGUGUGUGUGAGAGAGAGAGAGAGAGAGAGAGAAAUGUAGUUUGAAUACAGAUGCAGUAUCCAUUCUGAUACAGAUGCAGACUCUUCAUGUUUUGGACCCUGCAUUUUGCUGUUUGGUUUGCCAGGGAGUCUGGAUAUGUGCAAUGCAGGGCCAAUUGGGUGUAUUCGAACUGUGAUUUACUGUGCCUUGCUUGCAUGGAAGGCGGGGGUGGGGGUGGGAGCUAGUAUUGGGUGGGAGAGGAGAGAGGAAAUCAAAGGACCUCAGCCCUCAGCGGCCUUGAAAGUGAUCCGCAAGCGACGGCUGUCUCCACUCUGAUGUAUUUGCUGUCACCUCUCCCUGGCACGAAGUGACAGAUUUCUGCGUCGCAUGAAGCCAAAACCAAUAGCCAUCCAUCAGCCCUGGAUGGACAGGAGUGGGAGGGGAAGGCGGAAGGGACGGAGGGGUGGGCGGUUGAGAGAGGGAACCGCUGGCAAAAUACUUCCCAGGUGGUCUUCUCUCCCAGUGCUCAGCAUGACAGAGAAAUCAGUCCCGCAUGUGUUUCGUUGGGGAUACAAACAAUCUGAGUAAUGGUGAGCAGGCAGUUGAAGGCAUGAGUAUAUGCUACAGCUUCCUGUGCUUCUGACAUGGGCCAUUGGCUGUGUGUCCCAUAAUUUCUGUAGGUCACAGAAUUCGUAUUUUCUCAGUGCAGAAUCCUCAGGCCCCAGGGACCAAAUGUGGCCCUCCAGGUCACUCUGUCCGGCCCUUGGAAAUCUACAUGGGCCACACACCCUGCCAACCCUUUCCCUGGGCCACUCCCCUUGCUGGCCUUGCUUCACACCCUCCUUGGGGCUCUUAUUAUUAUUAUUUUUAAAAAAAGUUUUCAAAAGCCUUUCUAGUGACACUGGCAAACCAUCAUGGCAGCACAUGUGUUCUCCUGCCUCCCCCUUCAUUUGCUGCUAAAACCAGGGAUUGAGAAUCUCUGUAACCCUCCAGAAGUUGUUGGACUCCAAUUGGGGUCUGAACUGGUGAUGUCUGACCAGUAAAGAGAUACUGGGAUCAAAAUGGAUGGCUGGGGAAGGGGAAGAAAUUUGAUUCAAUUUGGGUUUAAAUGGGAACCUUCCGAAAACAAUACACAAACUGAAACACAGCCUCCCCUUUGAAAUUUGCACUUCUCUGAAUUUUGCAGAGCCAUUCUCCAGCCAAAUAAUGUAUGCAAAGUUACAUAUUUUAGGAUGAAGUGUACAAAAAAAGUAUACUGGUGAAAUUUCACAACUAACUGAAAAUAACUUACAAAAAUGCAUUGUGCUAGUGAAAAUUGCUUUGCAGAAAUGUGUGUUUCAAACAAAAUUGCAUACCAAAACAUGUGCAUUAGAAAAAAAUUUACACUAAAAUCCUUGUGAAUUUUCAUGAGGACUUUAAAACAUACACAAAUGGGGUGGGGGAUGUGGAGAAUUGAAUUUUAAGAUUGGAGAAAUGAGAAACUUCAAGAAUUCAGAGCUCACAGAUUCACUCAUCCCUAUGAACAUCUCAAGGAAAAUGCCAACCCGCUCUGUGGCAGCUGUGAAAAAGGUGAAUUCCAUGCUAGGGAUCAUUAGGAAACGAAUAGAAAAUAAAACAGCCAAUAUAAUGAUGUUAUACAAAUCUAUAGUGCAAUAGCACUCUGAAUACUCUGCUCAGUUCUGGUCGCAGCGCCUCAAAAAGGAUAUUGUAGAGCUGGAAAAUGGCAACUAAAAUGAUAAAGAGGUUGAAGCAACUUUCCUAUGAAGACAGGUUACAACAUUUGGGGCUUUUUAGUUUAGAGAAAUGUUGAUGGGAGGGGAUGGUUGAGGUGUAUAAAAUUAUGCAUGGUGUAGAGAAAGUGGAUACAGAGAAUUUUUUAUCCCUCAUAAUAUUAGAGUUAUCAUGUGAAGCUAUAUAUUUUUUUACCUAUCUAAAUACUUUAUUGAAACACUUAUCAAUUACAAAAACAAUAUGGUACAGAUUGGAUGUUCAACACAUUAACACCUUGACUUCAUAAGACGGUGUCCUUUUUGUAACACCCAUUAAUCUGUGAUCCUAACUUGUGAUCUUACUUCCUAACUAACAUCACACCGAACGUUUAAAGUAGUCAUGUACCACUUUGACAGCCAUGACUUUCCCCAAAGAAUCCUGUGAACUGUAGUCUGUACAAUUCCCAGAAUCCUGAGAUCAGGAUGAAGAACAUAGCAACCAAACUGGGCGUCUUAAAAAGGAGUCUAGGGUCUUGGCACAUUAAUCAUCAUCUUCAUCAUCAUCAUAAUUAAUUUGUAUUCCGCCCUAUACCUGAUCUUAGGGUGGUUCACAACAUCAGGAGGACAUCUGGUUGUGGAAAGCUGUGGAUCUGCUUACCUCUGUAAUGGACUGGAUGACAGCCAACAAACUGAAGCUCAAUCCAGACAAGACCGAGGCACUGUUAGUGGGUGGUUCCCUAGAUCACUUGGAUGGGAGGUUGCAUGCUCUUGAUGGGGUUACUUUCCAUCUGAAGGAGCAGGUAUGUAGUUUGAGGGCACUGUUGGGAUCCCUUGUUGUUGCUUGAGGCUCAGGUGGCCUCAGUGGCGCAGAGUGCCUUCCAUCAGCUUCUGCUGUGCCCCUAUCUAGACAAGGAUAGGCUAACUUCUGUUGCCUAUGCUCUGGUAACUUCUAGGUUAGAUUACUGCAACACAUGGGUCUGCCUCUGAAGAUGGUUCAGAAAUUUCAGCUAGUGCAGAAUUUGGCAGCCAGGUUGCUCACCAGUGCAAGAUGGUUUGAACAUAUAAAACCAAUCCUGGCCUGACUGCACUGGCUACCAGUCGGCUUCCAGGCCCUAUUCAAGGUGCCAGUUUUGACCUACAAAACCUUAAGCAGCUAAGGACUGCAGUACCUGAAGGACUGCCUUUCCCCAUAUGAAGCAAACCUGACCCUGCAAUCAUAAUCUGAAGCCUUUCUUUAUGUGCCCCCUCCACAAGAGGUCUGGAGGGUGGCAACCUGAGAAUGGGCCUUUUUCUGUAGUGGCUCCCCGUUUGUGGAAUGUUUCCCCCAGGGAGGCUCACCUGGCACCUUCACUACAUACCUUUAAGUGCCAGGCAAAAACAUGCCUCUUCACCCAGGGAUUUGGCUGAUGAAACCAUCUUUGGCCUCUUAAAUUGUGGGGGGGGGGGGUAUUGUUUUGUUUGUUGUUAUGUUAAUGAGCCUUGGGCUGAUUAAACCAUCUAUGGACUUUUAAUUGUGUUUGUUGGAAGGGGCUCAUGGGGGUGUUGUUAUAUAUUUUGUGUUCUCAUUUUAUAUGUUUUUGUAUGUGAACUACCUUAUGAUGUUCAGUUUACAGGCCGUAUGCAAAUUUAAAUAAUAAUAAUAAUGGAUAUAAGGGAGUUGCAGCACAGCCACAAUAAAUUUCUGGGCAGGCUCCUCCCAGAUUUGCUUAAUGCCUUGAUGCUCAGCCCUGAAUGUGCCAACACCUUUCCAGGUUUCACGUUCCCUGGUUUGACCAGGGGAAUGAGUAUUACUGAAAUCAAAAGUCCUACCCAUGGAAGGAUCCUUUCAAAGUCUUCCACAUUGGACAGCAGUCAGUAGCAGAAGAAAUUGUGCUGACCAUUCUGUUCUUUACCAGAAAUUUAUGUCUGUUUCCUUGGAAUCAAAGUCAGCCUCUCUCCUGCCAGAGCACUCCUCGCAGCUCAACUCCCCACUCAUUUUUCCCUCAUAUUAUAUCGCAGAAACUGGGGUGCUGGUCAUGUAAUUGACAAUCCACUUCUCAAGAAAUAGUUGCUGUGCCGGUCUGUCAUCUUGGCUGAACUUCCAUGCCUGGGAGGUUUUUAUUUUACUCUGCAACCUGCAGAUGAAUCUCAUUUUGCCCCAAUGAUUUAUGGAGGCUGAGUUCUCCCCGAGUUGGUCUUUCAUAACAACCUCCCUUUAAGAUUUCAGUGUCUCUAAAGGCUCCACUAUGCCUCCCUACCCCAGAAAGUCCUUCAAAAUAACAGUCUCCCUAGAGAAGGGGACAAAUUGAAUAAACUCUCUCCACUUCACCCCUCAGUGUAUAAUUGUGCAGGCUUCCUUCAAAUACAUUGAAAUCUUUUCAUUCCUUUACCCUUCCUUUACCAAAACCCCAAGGUUCAGCAGCGCUUCUAGAUUUCCAAGUCUGGAAUUGUACCUUUUUCUUCCCAGAUGCUGGGUGUUGGAAGUGUGGGAUAGUUAGUCACAUAUAACCAACAUGCUUAAGUCUAAUUAAUGCAUGAAGGGGUUAAGACCAUAAGUAAGCUGUCCUGCCAGUCUUAGCUCACCUUGGGAGGGACUAGGUAAUCAAGACUUGUUCUGCUUAGUCUACCUGAGAAGCUCAAUGUGUGAGGAGUCCUGAGCUGGUUGCUCCAAGCUCAGACUCCAUAGCUCUUACAAGCCACUCUUGAGUUCCUAUGUCAAUAAUUUAGGAACUAAGACAAGUUUUAAUGCCUAUGCAACUUUUUCUGAACACUGUACGGAAAAGCACAUGAAUUUGACUUUUGGAGAGUUUGUAUGUAAACCAUUUUUAACUUUGCAAAUGUGUGUUCGUUUUCUUUACUAAGGAAACUUUGGAACUCACUCUAAAGGGCACAUUUUAUGGUUUUACAACCUAUAUUUCCAAGUUUUACUUGUUAGUCACACGCCAACAAGUAAAAACUAUGUGUGGAAGUCUCUGACUGGCUGUGCAGUACUGCAGGAGUUUUCCUCUGUAUGUUUGGUUGAAUGUUUUUCCUGCUAUGUACAAGGCCUGUCAAAACACCUCUGUUUCUUUCUCCUCAAGUUAUACAUUGCUUUUUUUCCCUUGGUGUUUGUUCAGUACAGUGUUGUCAUGAUUUAUUGUUUCUCUGGAAUCUGAUCUGAAUUAUUUGAGUGACUUAGCUAACAUUGGGUUUCUUUGCCUUGAGCUAGCCUAGGAGUUAGCGAAGAAAGUACCGUAAAAUAAAGCAUUGGUGAUGUUAAGUUGUGGGUUGACAUAGCAGACGACACAGCGAUUUCUCCAAAGCAGCUCUUUAUUUUGUAAGCUGGAACAGAACUAAGCUGAGGAGCGCAGUCAGCCUGCUUAUAUAGAGCUCCAGAACAAUGUAACUGUUGCCAUUUUCUAAAACUAUCCAAUCACUGAAUGUCGCUUUUCGAUCCUUCAUUUGCAUACAAAACUAUCCAAUCACUGAACGUCACUUUUCGAUCCUUCAUUUGCAUAACUAUCUACAGUAUCCCCCUGCUGGCCCAGGGUGAGAACUUCAGUACAUAACAGGUGACACUGGCUCUCCAGGGGUUAAGACAGGGAGUCACUCCCAGCCCUACCCGGAGAUACUGGGGGUUGAACCUGGAAUAUUAUGUGUACAAAGCACACAACACUUUUCUUAAUACAUAGGAACACAGGAAGCUGCUUUAUACCAAUUCAACCAUUGGUCCAUCUAGCCCAGUAUUGCCCAGACUGACUGGCAGCAACUCUCCAGGGUUGCAGAUAAAGGUUUCUCCUAGUCCUAGCUAGAGAUGCUGGGGAUUGAAUCUGGGACCUUCUGCAUGCAAACCACUGAGCUUGGGUUCCCCAAGAAAGCUGCUUUAAAAAAAAAUCAGCCUCUUUGCUCAUGUUGACCAGCAUUAUCAACUCUGACUGACAGUCACUUUCCAGGGUCUCAAGCAGAGAAGGUUAUCCCCAUCUCCUUCCUGUGCAGAAGGCAAUUAAUAAAAUCAUAAUAAUAUAUCAAGCGCCAUUUGGAACUGUGGUUUUAGUUCUGCUGCCAGCUGACUGAACAGAAAGCGUUGUCCCUGAAGUGCUAAAAGGGGGCUAAUUUGGAAGCAACCUUGAAUCUCCAGUGUGUUCAAAGCCCGUAAAAGUUGUGCCCAGCAUCGCACACAGAGCCUAUGGGAUUGAUGACUGAAGAGAAAAAGGCUAUGGAUUGUAUCCAAUGCUAGUUGUAUGGUGGUUGUGAUGAUUUACACGCCCUUCAUCCUAAGCUCCCAGGGCAGGUUACAGCAAUUCAAGCACAAUAUGGAAAACGGUUUAAAACAUCUUACAAUCACAGAAAUAAGGUGGGUCCUAAGAAUAUACAUCUCUGGUGUCAAAAGUCAGGGUGAAGAGGUACCUCUUAAUUCUCCACUGGAAACUGUAUAAUGAGGUGCCAGGCGCAACUCUUUGGGGAGAGAGUUUCACAACUUAGGGGCUGCCACAGAGAAGCGCUCUCCCAGGUUGCCACCCCCGUCAGCUUUUUAGGGUGGUGGAAAAGUCAAGAGGAUCCCCUUUGCUGACCUUAGCAUCCAGGGGAGUCUGUAGGGAAGGAGGUGGUUUUUCAAAUAUUUGGGGCUGAGUUGUUUAGGGCUUUAAACACCAACAUUAGCUUCUUUGAUUGGGCCUGGAAACGAACUGGCAACCAGUGCAGCUGUUUUAAAACAAGGGUUAUGCGAGAUCUAAAUGGAACCCCAGCUAGUAAUCUGGCUGCUGCAUUUUGGACCAAUUGAAGUUUCCGAGUCAGUUUAAAGUAAUGAAGAUGACUUAGAUCCAUUAAGUUCACUGGGUUUGCUCUGCAUACGAUUUCAUUCAAUACAACCGUAUAAAAAUGUAGAUUUUCGGGGGGGGGGGAUUUCCAUCCUUUCUCUCCAUCCUUACAUCUUUGACUACUAAAGAAAUAUGCAUAAACCACAUUGAGUAGGGAUGCUGUCUCUGCCAAUUUCAAAAUUAUUCUCAUUUUUAUUUGCUGUCUGAACCAUCUGUGCUUCUAAUAUGGUGUUGUGGAGCACUCAGGCCAAAUCUAGUUGUUUUAUCUGAUUCUCACAGCACCACCUCCUUGUUUAAUAGGGCAUGUAGGAUUAGUGUUAUGUUAUGGGCAAAAAAACCAAAAGAACCACCUUCUUGGAUCGCACAGGUUCCCCGCCCCAUCCCUUGCCUUUACUGACCCCAGCUACCUCCAUCACAACUCUGCCUCCUUUUAUUGCAGGAAUAAGAAAUCUGUAGUCCUCUAGCUGUUGCUGGAUUCCAGUUCCCAUCACUCCCAACCAGCAUGACCAGUCGUCAAGGAUGAUGGGAAUUGGAAUAGCAACAGUAUCUGGAAGAAUUCCAGUGGAAAUGGGAGCAGAAAUUGUGUUCUUGAAUUCAUCCUAUGUUAAAACAAAGCAAUCUAGCAAAUCAGUAUUCCCUGUUGUUGCUUUCAAUCUGCAAAUGAUAUGUAAUUGAUUAUAUUUCUCGCUUGCACACAUUUGCACUGUGUUUCCUUUGCACUGAAAUUAUGGAAUAGCAGUGUUAUUUGCAUGAAUAAUUAUGUAAAUUGCAUAAGGGACAUAAUUUUGUGACAACAAGAGAAAGAGCAUAGGUUUUGGCAGAAGAUGAACUGCAGCUGAAUGGAAACAGUGCUGCAUGUGACGAAUACAGAGCAGAACAGAAAACGAUGCAUCCUUAGGUAGUUGCUUGCUGUCCUUGCAUGAUGUUCCUUGAAAGUCUCAUAGCACCCUGCAGCUAACAACAGAGUUAGCCUUUAUUUCAAAAGAUGCUUAGUUAUAAAGAUCCUGGAUAUGUCCUUCCCCUCUAUGUGUGUUGUGCUAAUAGACUGUGAGACUAUUUGACUUGUGUCAUAGCCUGGAAGUAUUGAUUUAUUAGCCUCUGCCCAAGGUACAAUGUUUUGUUUUCUGCUGCAGUGGAAAAGCAGGUGGAAAGAGGAUACUUUCGCAGUGGAAAGCUCUUUGGGUAACUUUGAGCUAGUAACUGUUUCACAGGUUAGCCUACCUCACAGGGUUGUUGCAAGCAUGAACUAAGGAGAGGAAUAGGGAACCAUAUAAGCCACAUAAAACUCUUUGAAGGAAAGGUAAGAUAGAAAUGUAAGAAUGAAUCAAAAAAUCAAAAAAGUGCUUCUGGGUUGGUUCAUAUGGGCAGAGGCGGUCCUUGAGGUCCUGAACUGAAUAAGGAUGAAUAGGUGAAUACAGGCAUUGUUGUUUAGUCAUUUAGUCGUGUCCAACUCUUCAUGACCCCAUGGACCAGAGCACACCAGGCACUCCUGUCUUCCACUGCCUCUCGCAGUUUGGUCAAACUCAUGUUCAUAGCUUCGAGAACCCUGUCCAGCCAUCUCGUCCUCUGUCGUCCCCUUCUCCUUGUGCCCUCAAUCUUUCCCAACAUGAGGGUCUUUUCCAGGGAGUCUUCUCUUCUCAUGAGGUGACCAAAGUAUUGGAGCCUCAGCUUCACGAUCUGUCCUUCCAGUGAGCACUCAGGGCUGAUUUCCUUCAGAAUGGAUAGGUUUGAUCUUCUUGCAGUCCAUGGGACUCUCAAGAGUCUCCUCCAGCACCAUAAUUCAAAAGCAUCAAUUCUUUGGCGAUCAGCCUUCUUUAUGGUCCAGCUCUCACUUCCAUACAUCACUACUGGGAAAACCAUAGCUUUAACUUUACGGACCUUUGUCAGCAAGGUGAUGUCUCUGCUUUUUAAGAUACUGUCAUACAGCAAUACAGGCAUACCUGAGUUUAUUGAACUUUGCUUUAUUGCACUUUGCAGAUAUUGCCCCUUAUGACGAGUCAGCUGCAGCUGCAGCAGCCCACCUGCUUCCAAGGGAAGGAAGCCCGAUGUUGCCACUGCCCCUCAUCUGGCCAUGGGUGUGGAACAGGCUAGGUCUAGAGCUGGUGAUUUUUCACCUCCUGCCCCUGCAGCCAGGGGGUCUUGGCUUAAUAGACUACAGUAUAGUGUAAACAUAACUUUUAUAUGCACUGGGAAACAAAGACAAAAAAAAUUUGACCCACUUUAUUGUGAUAUUUGCUGUAUUGCAGAGGUCUGGAACCAAACCCACAAUAUCUCUGAGGUAUGCCUGUACCACCACUGUGAAUUGAGCCUGGGAACUUUGUUGUUAGCCGCCCUGAGCCUGGCUUUGGCUGGGGAGGGCGGGAUAUAAAUAAAAUUUAUUAUUAUUAUUAUUAUUAUUAUCUGGUAGCCAUUGCCGUUGUGGGCAGUUGGGGCAGGAUUGGUGUUGUGUUAUCAGACUGUCUUGUCCCAGUAAGCAACUGGGCUCCCAAAUUCUGCACCUGCUGCAGUUUCCAAAACCAUCUUCAAAGCCAGCCCUUUGCCACCAAGGCCACUUCGCCUAAAGCAACAGUGAGUGAUUCAGAAUUACCCCUAAGCUACCUGCCUACUCCUUCAGAGGGACUGUAACCCCAUAAAGAGAAGGCAACAUGAUGAGAUGUUCCUCUGCACAAAAUAAAUUAUCUAUGCUUUGGAAACACUGAGGACCUCUGAGGGGAAGCAGAGGCGGACUUUGCUAAUAUGGUGCCCUGACCGAGGAUGAAAUUUUUUGCCUGUCUGCCCCCUGUCCCUCCAAAAAUCUUAUUUUCAUACUAAUUCCCUUGGGUAUGGUUGCUUUUUUAUUGAUCUUCUCAAUAUUAUUAUUCUUAUUAUGCGCCACCUUGGCUCAGUGCCGGGGGGGGGGGGACAGCCCACACCACCCUAAAUCUGGUGAUGGGGAAAGUGUGGAAGAAUAAAUGAAUGAAAGAGUGAAUGAAUGAAUGAAUGAAUGAAUGAAUGGCUCUCCCCUAGCCUUCUCUCUGACACACAAGUUUUUUGGUACUGAGAAACGUUCUACCAUGUGACCACCCCUACCUGGUGCUGUAUGGACAUAACUAGACUUGCCACAUAUGGGAGAACUAGGCCUAGGUUUCUCUUGUUUCUAAGGAUUCACUAGUCCAUGCUCUCUGCCUGCCUUCCUGUUUGACCUUGGGAAGAAAAGCAAAUGGGCCUCCCUUGAGACACUUACACAGGGCACGUGGGUUGCUAAACAAGGCUUUAAGCGUCCCUAUCUGUAAUGAAUUGUUAAAAGCAAUCAGAUUAGGAGUGUGAAUAAAGAACCAGCCUGCUUAAUCCAUGCUUAGUUUACAAACUUCUGGGUAUUUUGGCAGCACUUGAAAUGCAAUGAAUGUGAAGGCUUCUUUAAAAAGGUUGUCUGGGAAAGUGUUCUUGGCUGGAACCCUAAAACUAUGCAACCCCAGUUUACCUGGAUUUUGUAGCUGGAAUAAAUAUGGGCCUGUUCCAGAAGGCUUUUCUUAUGUUUUUAAUGUAAGAUGCUGUUGAAUUUUCACAAGAAAACAAAAUUUGAAUUGUAAGCUGAAAUAGAAAUGUGGAUAAUUGAACUUAAGGUUGGUAAAAUGAGAAAUUGAAAUUGGUGGAUCCCUCCAUAUUUCCCCCUCCUUGCUGGCUUUUGUGCUUUGCCAAAAUAUCUUCUCCACCACCAUUCCCCUCCCUCAAAAAAAAUUUGGAAGGAAGGCUGGAGGUUUUUAAUCGCUACCUCCCAAGUGUGAUGAGAGAUCAAUGCUGGGUUAAUGGAGCAACUGCUCCAAUCUGCGCUUGCAAUGCACAUGGGGGAAGGGGGCGUGUAGGUGCGGGAGACAGAAAGAGCCACUUGCUAUGUGGCACUUUCUCCCAGCCCCCUGCCCUGCUUUUCACUUUUCAAAUGCUUUGGAUUGCUUUCGGGUCAAAGUUUGGGGCCAAGGGAAGAAGGGAAGUAAAUUAGAUCAAACAUAAGGUUGGGCCAGGGCUUGUGCAACCAGCUCCGGUGGAGGUUUCCUUUUCCCUGUGUUGCAGAUCUAAUAUUAAAAGCUACUGGUGAUGAAACUGACUUGUGCAUUAGGAACACGGGAAGCUGCUUUGCCCUCUAUCUCUGAAUGGCAGCAGCGCUCUCAGGUUUCAGGCAGGGGACAUUCCCAGCCCUAUCUGGAGAUUUGACCCCAGCACCUUCUGAACUUUAAGGCCUUCCUUUGCAAGGUCAGUGCUUUUUUCCAUCCAGCUCAACAACAGCCAGUGCUACCCGCUCCCUCCCUCAUACAUUCCACUUACUCAGCCACUUCCCAGCCUGGGGCAUGAAGAAAAGUGGGAGGGUUGCCAAGGCCGGGAGAUCCCCUGCUUCCACACUCUCAUCUAUCACCUUGAAUUGUGUUGCAGGAUAAAAUUUCUCAUCCGAACCUAAUGAUAAAUUAAAUCAAGGCUGGAGUAAAGAGGAUUAAUGGCCGUGCCUGCGUGUACCCAGCGAGGCGACCACAGCCGCCCAGCCCUACGAGCAAGUUUUAAAAUGCUCAUUAAAAACAAUAAAGCCAAUUGCCAGGUGAAGAUUCUCCCCAUUUCCCAAAGCAGGCAGGCAGAGCCUCCCUUGAGGGGUGGAGAAGGGGGGGGGUUGGUGGCGGCGUCUUGUUUCUUCCAUGAAAGAGUGGGGCUUACUAUUUAUCCUGCACUUUUUGCAAAGGGUGCAAAGGAAGCCUUAACAAUGUCCAGGAAUGGAAGUGCACUGUGAGAAAUAAAUAAUAUGACAUGCUUAAGAGUUUCCUCUGAGCUCAGUGUAACCUCCUGCAAAGGAGGCUGCCUGCUGCCUCUGCAGGAAUCACUACAAAAUCACCUGCUGCCUGUUGUGUCUCUGUAUGAUCUACUUCUCUGGGCUUGUCUCCUUCCAGUCUUCCAUCAUGCUGAUGUCUGAUUCUGCCAUGGCUCUGCUUUCUAAUGUUUGUAGAUCUGUCUUUCCCAAGCUGGUGCCUUCCAGAUGUUUUCGACUAUAACACAUCAUCCCCAGCCGGCAGCAUCCUCUUUUUUUGACAUGGUUUGAUAUGUGUGUGUAGUAGAGUUGCCUGCUAUUUUUUGCCUGUUUUAGUUUAUUGGGGGAGGGUAGGUAUUUCCCCUGCUUUUUGGUGGUGGCAUUUGUAAGCAUGAGCGGUUUUCUGAAGAAACGAUGUUUUGAGGUGCCCACAACUUUUAUUUGGGUGCCUCCAAAUUGCAGGAGGGAUUCAAGGACAUCCUUGUGCUUUAGAUUUGCGGAGUUAAAGCAGAUUAAAAGGCUCUGUACAAUUCACUUUUUAAAAGAAUAAGGACUUGGUGCAGUUAAAAAAGUGCAGGGAAACAUUUGGAAUGAAUAAAUGACUAACACAGGUGUGGAGAAUAUUUGGCCCUCCAGAUGUUGCUGAACUACAAAUCCCAUCAUCCCUGGCCACUAGCCAUGCCUGCUGGGGCUGAUGAAAGUUAUAACUCAGCAACAUCUGGAGGGCCAAAGGUUCCCCCACAUGUGUCCUAAUGGGAAGAUGUGGAAACACAUGGUAAGCAAAUGCAGAAUGGAUGCUAAUUGUUGUAUAACUACCCCAGAAACAAAUGCUCAAUAAAGUCUGGCCAUUGUCUAAUCCAGAGCUUUCCAAACUGUGUGUCACGACACAUUAGUGUGUCGGCUGCAGUGUGUAGGUGUGUCACACGAAUGCACCCCGCUCUUCUCCCGGGGCUAGAAAGGGGUUCGUUUAACCUCCAGUUUGCUAGUAAAACUGAAUUACUAUGUCAUGAAAUGAUACAUGUCUAAAAAGUGUGUCGCCAACAUGAAAAGUUUGGAAAGCUCUGGUCUAACCUCUGCUUAAGCUUUGUACAAGCAAAUCAGUAUGAAUGCUUAACAAACAGGUUGUUUGGAGGAGUCCUUGUAUUUACAAAUGUGCUCCUGGGCCCAAAAUUGCUGGGGACAUCUGCAUGACAAGCAGGUGCUCUGUCAUUGAGCUAUGGCCCUUCCCCAAGAUUGUAGGAUAGGAAACGAGGUUUCACAUAUCUGAGCAUUUUUGCAGGAAUUUGGCAUCCCAUAACCCACAUGCUCAGGGGCAGGAAUCCCCUUUCUUGCUGCUAAACUUGAUGACCCCCCCCCCCGCUCCAACAGCUCUCCUAAAUUGGAACAGAUGCCGAGAAAAUCUGAUAAUUAACCCCCCAGCGUCUCUAGGGGGGCAGAAAAGUAAAACCCAAACUUCUCCUUCUCACCCAUCCACCUCUAAGCCAGCCUGAUAAAUAAAUUUGAUGUCUGAGGGUAGAGAAAGGAAAUAUAUAAAUGAAUUUAUGCAAACAUACUGUUGCAGCCAGAGGGGAUUACUCUCCUUGCUUCUGGGGUUUGCACUUUCUUUCUUUCUUUCUUUCUUUCUUUCUUUCUUUCUUUCUUUCUUUCUGAAAGAAAAGCAAAUGGACCACAAGAGGAAACAUGUCAUGGUGCAAACUACAACCAGAUGGUACGGGUGUGGGAGGAAAAGGGUGGAGAAGGGGGAAUUCUCCGAACGGAACAUGUUUGUCAAAAAGCAGAGGUGGCAGUCAAAGAAACCUCUUGUUUGGCUUAGUGGGUUCCCCAGGACUCCUGCGGAGGAGGUUGAACUCAGAGCAGCUGGCUGGAAACUGGUGUUGGCAGCGGAACAAAACUGAAGGGUGGUUCUUUAUGAGCUUAUAGAAGCCACAGCUUCUGAUUUGGAAAUUACCCCCACUCCAUAAUCCUAGUUUUGUAGGAUUGUGAGUUGUAAUUAGGAACAUAGAAAGCUGUUUUAUAUGGAGUCAGAUUAUUGGUCCAUUUAGCUCAGAAUUGUUUACACAGACUGGGGUUGAAUUUUGAAUGAGCGUGCACACAGUUGUGCCAUAAAUCUGGUGCCAGAAGACCAGGGCCAACCCUACCACAAGGCAGAGUGAGGCAGCUGCCUCAGGCAGCAAAUUCUGAAGGGUGGAAAAGAGGCUAGAAUGGUGUGCCAUGUGGUCUGCCCUGCAGCCCCUAAGCUAGCUUCCUGCUCUAGCAUGGACAGCACACCAAUGAGGAGACCUGAAGCAACAUGCCUCAGGCCUCCCACCACACUGGGGCCUGGAUCUGUGGCAGGGGAGCAUUGGUAGCCCAUCUUGCUUCAGGUGCCAAAAGGUCUCUGGCAGGCCCUGCACAAGACUCUUCCUUCUUUUUGCUGCAGAAGAUUGAACACAACUACGCCUCUUGCAGUUGAGUUAGAGAUUACAUGGUAGAUGAGAGUGUAGGAACAUAGGAAGCUGACUUACACAGUCAGGCCAUUGGUCCAUCUAGCUCAAUAUUGUCUACACUGACUGGCAGUGGCUCUCAGACAGGGAACUCUCCAAGCCUUAAGUAGCAAUGCCCAAGAUAGAAUGUGGGACCUUUUGAAUGCAAGGCAGAUGCUGUACCACUGAGCUAUGGCCCUUCCCAACUUAAAGAAAGUAGUCUUAGAAGUGGACUCUGCCCAUGGUGAGAGGCACUCUUGUCUAGGGAAUUGACAGCUCUGUCAACGUUGAUUUCUCUCAACUUCUCAUGUUUUCAUCAGCCUUAAGGCCAUUCUCUACAUUUCUGCAUCAAUUUGCAGGUGGAAAAAGUUUUCUUGAAAACGUAUCAGUACAUUUCUCCCAAUAUAGAGGUUUGUGCAAAGUAAUUUCCUCAAAUAUAAUGCGAAUAAAUCAAAUUUCACUUUAGUUCACAUACUGGAUCAGGAGGUGUGAAUUAGGUAGGUUCCUGUUAAAAUACAAACUGCACCAAAUUUCUUCCCAUCCCUAAUGCACAGGAAUAGUGGCUAGGCAGCAGUUGAUUUGCUUGUGGACGACCACGCAAGGGGGAAUGUGCUUUAAAAAGUAUAUAACUGCUACUAUACACAUUAUUGUGCACACUUUCCCCUGACGUACACAUUUGCAGAAGUGCACAUUUUGAAGGUUAGCUGUGUUUCAAUUCAUGUAUUGUUUUGGAAAAUGCAUUUUUAAACCUUGCUUUUCAGACAAAUCAUUGUCUCUCAUGGUGGCUCAUAUGAAUUUAACGGGGGUGGGGUGGGGGACACAGAGAGAGAAGUUUUGCCGUCAGUCAGGCUUACAAUGGGCUCUUCCAGCCCAUCUGUUUAUUGAGCAUCCAUGCUGAUUCAUUUCCUCAAGAUUUGCAUAGACGUUGUUUGCUUAGACAAUUAUUAUACAGUGGUACCUCGGGUUAAGAACUUAAUUCGUUCCGGAGGUGCGUUCUUAACCUGAAACUGUUCUUAACCUGAAGCACCACUUUAGCUAAUGGGGCCCCCUCCUGCUGCUGCUGCACUGCCGGAGCACGAUUUCUGUUCUCAUCCUGAAGCAAAGUUCUUAACCCGAGGUACUAUUUCUGGGUUAGCGGAGUCUGUAACCUGAAGCGUAUGUAACUUGAAGCGUAUGUAACCCGAGGUACCACUGUAUUUAUUUAAUUAAACAAUUUAUAUACUGCUUUAUUACAGCCACCUCUAAACCAUAGCUGUCAAGUGUCCCUUAUUUGAAGGGACAGUCCCUUAUUCCAGCGCCAUGUCCCACUGCUAUCCCUUAUUGAUGGAUGUCCCUUAAAUGUCCCUUAAAUGAUGUCCCUUAAAUUUCAAAGGAAGCAGCUCCUCUCCCUCCCUCCCUGCCAGCCAGGGAGGAGGGAGGCUCCAACUGUGUUGCUUGGCUGUGUUGCUCACCCAAUAAGGAGUCUAAGAACGACUGGGGGGUGGAGCUUGCAUGCCUUGUGUGUGGCUAGUUAAUGCAAGCUGAGGAGGUUUUUGAAUGCUGGACGCCAUUUUGUUGCAUGUGCUGCUGCAAACUUUGCAGUGCAAAGCCAGGCCGGGGAGCCAUCUUAAGUUGAGGCUGCAUAGGCCUUGUGGUGCAUGUGAUUCAGAUUCUAUUCAGUUGAACCUCUGGUUACAAAGUUGGUUGGACAGUGUUCUCGAAGCUACCAGCAUGAGUUUGACCAGACUGCAGGAGGACAGGAAGACUGGAGUGCCUGGAACAGGUGAGGCUGCAGGUCCCUUAUUUUGGCUGCUGGUCCCUUAUUUUCAAGGCUGCUGGUCCCUUAUUUUCAAAUCUGUAAGUUGACAGCUAUGCUCUAAACAGUGAACAAGGAACUGAGUGUAAUGUGAAAAAAUAAAAAACAUUUUAAGCUGCAAAAUCAGAAUUCAGUUAAAAUGCCUGCUGGAACAAAAUAGUAUUCAGUAAGCACCAGAAGUUCAGCAGGGAGAGGGCCUGUCUGACCUCAACUGGAAAGGAGUUCACAAUGCUGAACGUAAGGUUGCUGAUGGAUGUGAGCUGUGCAUCUGAGCCAUAGAGGACCACUAACGGUGACUUCCCCGAAGACCUCAGUGGUUGAUCAGGGAUAAUAGGAACACUGCUGUUUAUUAAACGGUAAUUCUUAUUGGUUUCCAUACAGAUUUAUAUGGCGUUGCUGAAAACCACCAGCAUCCUGUUCUCACAGUGGCCAGUCAGAUUCCUCUGGAAAGCCCACAGACAGGGCCUAAAGGUAAGGGGGCAUGGUUUCUCCCAGCAUCCCCAAGCCACACUGGUUCUGGCGAAUGGCCCAUCUAGCCAGGUCCCAAAGUGGCCAACCAGAUGGGAAGCCCACAAGCAACUUGUACAUUCUGCCUCCAACAGUGGCCUCAGGUAACAAAAUACUUUGGAUUGCCCCUGUGAGGCAUGUACCAAACGCAUGUAAUAAUAAUAAUAAUAAUAAUAAUAAUAAUAAUAAUUUUUUAUUUAUACCCCGCCCUUCCCGGUUCAAAAACCGGGCUCAGGGAGGCUAACAACAUAUUUAAAACACUUAAUUAUAAAAGCAGCAUAAAAUACAGUAUAAAAACAUGAAUAACAAUAAAAUUCAAAAAUCAAUUUAGGGGAAAUAAGCAUUAGAUAAUCCCCAGGGCUAGCUGGCUGAAUUGGUCCUACUUGGGCCAGCGAGGAGGCCAGGGGAGAAUUAGCUGUGGGGUCUCAGAACAGGUGAUCUUCAUAAAAGGGAAGGGGGAGGGAAGGGAAGGGAAAUAAAAGAUCAGGCUGAAUUCAAAUUAAAGGCGAGGCAGAAUAGCUCUGUCUUACAGGCCCGACGGAAGAAGGUUAAAUCCUGAAGGGCCAUAGUCUCAUGGGACAGAGCAUUCCACCAGGUCGGAGCCAUCACUGAAAAGCCCCUGGCCCUGAUGGAGGAUAGUCUGACUUCCUUAGGGCACGGGACCUCUAAACUUUGGUUGUUCAUGGACCUUAAAGUCCUCUGCGGGGCAUACCAGGAGAGGCGGUCCCGUAGAUACGAGGGCCCUAAGCCACAAAGCCAGGGAACAGGUCAGAUUUUAGUUUUUGUUUGGAGGCGGAAACGGCAGCAGGGGUGGGGGAGGUAAAAUCCACCUCUCUCCCCGUUGCCAGCCAGCCUCAGUUUUUUUGUCAUGGGAAAUCAAUUUAUCACUGCCAACCUUUCCAACUCCCACACCUUCAGGGAAGCAGACAGAGAGGCUGGGGGGUCGGGGAGGGGGACCUGGCUGCCGGGUUUGGCGGCGCUUCGGGGAGUUGACAACACUGCCAGGCCUGAUGCAGCCAAGUGGGAGAGAUGGUUCAUUACAUGAGACUGGCAGUUGUGUCUUUUGCCUCUGGCUGCAUUUGUUCCAGCAUUGCAGCCUCCUGCCUUGCUUCCCUCAACCUCUUCAGUCCAGGCAUUUAGCAUUUCUGCUUGGGUUGCUUCUGGAUUAAAGCUUAACAUGUCCUUUGCCAACCUGGUGCCCUUCAGAUAUUUUAGACCACAGCUGCUUUCACCUCCAGACAGCGUGGUCAUGUUUUGGACUACAGUGGUACCUCGGGUUAAGUACUUAAUUCAUUCCAGAGGUCCGUACUUAACCUGAAACUGUUCUUAACCUGAAGCACCACUUUAGCUAAUGGGGCCUCCUGCUGCCGCCACGCCGCCGGAGCACGAUUUCUGUUCUCAUCCUGAAGCAAAGUUCUUAACCUGAAGCACUAUUUCUGGGUUAGCGGACUCUGUAACCUGAAGCAUAUGUAACCUGAAGCGUAUGUAACCUGAGGUACCACUGUACAGCUCUCAUCAGCUUCAGCCAACAUGGCUGCCAUUUUGAACUCCAAACAUGUGGGCGGAAGCUGAUGACAAUUGUCGUCCCCAUCAUCUGGAAGGUACCAGGUUGUCAAUGGCUGAUGUAGCAACAAAACCUACUCUGAAGUCACAUUUAGAUUUUUCCCAAUCUGUUGGAUUUUGGCUGCAGUAGAAAAAUGAGGGGAGAAAGGUGUGGAAAAAGAAGCACACUUAUUGGAGGUGGAGGAGGGGUGGGAAGCAAACAUUCCUUGACAUCUGCUUCCUACUUUUGCUUUUUAAAAAUCUGCCUUGCCUCGUUUUGCGUCAGGAGAGUCUGCUUUGGGGAAUUAACCAAAUUGGACAUAAAUAAUUGAAGCAGCUUGAAUCGUAUUUCUUCGCUAAUCAAAGAGAGUGGUCCAGGAGAGCUGAAGAGGCAAAAUUAUUAUUAUUAAGCAUUGAUUUGAUUUAUGAUGUCCAUAUCUUCUGCCAAUCCCCAGUGGUAGGGCUCAAGGCGGCAUACAUAAGGUUUCCAGGGGACCUCCAAUCAAGGAACUGAUGGGGAAUAGGAAUGUGGGGGGAACUGCGAUCCAGUUUGCAUUGUGCCAUGAAAGUUCCUAAGUCUCACUCCCCACCUCCUAAAAAGGCAGUAACUGAAACUCAGCCAUACUUCGAAAUUCAUGCUUCUCCAGCCAACAAUGUUUACAGAAACAUGAAUAUUAGAAGAUGUGCAUAGAAAUGCAUCAUAUGAGUGGGGGUGGGGAACAAUUACCAUCUCCCUAACCUGGCAGUCAAGGGAAAUGAAUCACAUGGACAACUACCGUAUUUUUCGCCCUACAGGGCGCACCGGCCCAUAGGGUGCACCUAGUUUUUUGGGGGGGAAAUAAAGGGGGGGGGAAUUAUCCCCCCCCCCUGCAGCCACGGGGCUGGGGCAGGGGAAGCCCGAGCUUCCCCAGCCCCCAGAACAGGCUGCUAUCCGCAAGCCUUUGGAGCCCGGCGGGAACUCCCGCCUCACUCAGAAGGCUUGCGGAUAGCUUCCUGAAGCUUGGAGAGCGAGAGGGGUCGGUGCGCACUGACCCCUCUCGCUCUCCAGGCUUCAGCGAAAGCCUGCAUUCGCCCCAUAGGACGCACACACAUUUCCCCUUCAUUUUUGAAGGGGAAAAAGUUCGUCCUAUAGGGUGAAAAAUACGGUAGUUCACUCAUAACAUGUUUAUUGCAGGACACAUCAUAUCUGAUAUGUAUCUGCUAGUCUUGUUUUUAUUUUUUUGUUAAAUCGCUUUUCUUGCUGUUAACCUAAACUCAAAAAUCAUUUUUGGGCAAGGGACACAUUCUCUUCAGGGGAGAUUGCUUGUAAAGAUGUAUAUGUUAGGAGAAUUACAUACAAAAAAUGCGUAUAUCAGGAUAAAUCUGUGCUAAAACCUAACAAAUUUUCAUCAGGAUAUCAAUAGGGAAGUGGCAAUGGCGGAGAACUGAAUUUAAGAUUUAAGAAAUGGGGAAAUGAUGGAAAAAGGAAUUGAUUACAUCCUCUUCUCUGAGUGCCAGAGGCCCUCCAGGGUCUUGGGCAAAGACAGGUCUUCCCUGUUACUUUCUGCCUGAUCCUUUUCACAGGAGAUGCCAGGGAUUGAACCUGGCUCUUUCUGCAUGUCAUGCAGGGACUAUACCACUCAUCAUAAUAUGAGAAGAGCCUGCUGAGUCAGGCCAAUGGCCCACCUAGUUCAGUAUCCUGUUCUCACAAUGGCCAAACAGAUCCCUAUCUGGGAAGCCCAAAACCAGGAACACAAGAACACCUUCCCUUCCUUUGGCUUCCAGCAACUGGUAUUCAAAAGUAUUACGGUCUGUGACUAGGGCUGGAUUAAGACCUUUAGAGACCCUAAACACUUAAAAGAUUUGGGGGGGGGGGGGUGUAGCAGAAGAUAAACAAUAAUAAACCAUAAAAUUCAAUUGUAUUUUUUGAAAUGAAGCAAAAUCUACAGUAAGAUGGAAAAUAAUAUUUAUUUUUGUAUACUUCCACUUCAUUUAUAUUUGAAAAAAUUGUAUCCUACUUUUUCUAACUGCAAAGUAUUUGAUAAGAUCCUCAAAACUAAUCUUAUGUAACACAUCUGCUUCUGUACAUUGUAGAGAUAAGGCAUCCAGCCUGCCUUGUUGCAUAGUUGCUCUCUUGGGAUUUCUAAUAUACUUCAUCUGAGAAAAGGAACGCUCAGCUGAGCAGUUCGUGGCCAUUAAUGUUAAAAAUCCAGCAACGGAAAAUUUCUCUCGUGCCCCCCUUUCCCUUAUUGCCCUUUAAGCAUGUGCAUAUUUUGCUUAAUGUUUAAUCCAGCCCUGCCUGUGACUGUGGAGGCAGAGCAUCAUUGCUAGUAGCUAUCAAUACCCUUGUCCUCCGUGAAUUGGUCUAAUUCUCUUUUAAAGCCGUCCAAGCUGGCGGCUGUCACUACGAGUGUGAAUUUCACAAGUUGUGUGGCAAAGUACUUUCUUCUGUCUGUCCUGAACCCUCCCACAUUGGCUUCACUGGAUGUCCCCAACUUCUAGUAUUAUGAGACAGGGAGAAACUCUUUUCUCUAUCCCCUUUCUCCAUGUCAUGCAUAAUUCUAUACAUGCUCAGGUAUGCUCUCACCCCUGUAAGCUAAAAGUGGCUCUCAGAAUGCCUGUAUCCUCCAAUGCAAUGGACGGUCCUCACAAGCCACAAAUUUCUUAGAUAUUUGUUAUUUCACUGGCCCCCAGUCUCUCCUUGAACAACUGCUCUUGCAUAACUAAUCGGGACUGCGUUCUGCCAGCCUGGAUUAUGGCACACCGUGUAGAGCAAAAAGCUCUUAAUCCCCGUGAAGACGGUGUCUGCCUUGUAGCCAAAGCAGCUGCCCCCUUUCCUCUUCCAAGAGUGACGCUCUGGGAGCUGUUGCAUGCUUGUUGGAACAACAGGGCACAGGAAGAGCUUUGCUGAUCUUAUUUCCACACCCCAAAGAGACUGCUUGCACUCUAAGGGCUUCGAGAAGGUGCUCAGUCCCCUAAUCAUCACCAUCUAUAAACAUGGAAUUAAAGCAAAUCUAACUAUCUUUCCCUCUCUCUCUAUACAGUGGUACCUCAGGUUAAGUACUUAAUUCGUUCCAGAGGUCCAUUCUUAACCUGAAACUGUUCUUAACCUGAAGCACCACUUUAGCUAAUGGGGCCUCCUGCUGCUGCCGUGCUGCCGGAGCACGAUUUCUGUUCUCAUCCUGAAGCAAAGUUCUUAACCCGAAGCACUAUUUUUGGGUUAGCGGAGUCUGUAACCUGAAGCGUAUGUAACCCGAGGUACCACUGUAUAUAUAUAUAUACUUACACAUACACAUACAUAUACACACACAUACACAUACACAUACAUAGAUGGAAUAGUUUUCAGAUGGUAAAGGCAGUGUGAACAGGACUUUCUGUUUGCCAGGGUUUUCUAGAGUUUGGCUCUGUUUUUGCUCUGCCCUUGAGUUAUCAUUCCUUCUAAUAGCAAACUCAGGUGCUUGAGUGGUGACAGGAUUUGGAGACAAACUUGGGCCUUUGAAAAACAACAGGGAGGCAUUAGCAUGCUAGUGUAUAGCCAGAAUUAUCUAGAAUAGUCAUUACCUAACUUCUCCCCCCUCCCCAACAGACCACUUGAAAAUUGCUGAGGUUCUAGGCAGGCUGCUUCGUGCUUUUUCUGCCUGUUGCGGCGGUUGUAAAUGCACUGUGUUAGAUGCUGUGUGAUUUUUAAUUGUACUUUUAUUGCUUCUUUUUCUCAUAUGCUGUACUUUACCGCAUUCCAAUUUGAUUUCCAUAGGACUCUUUCCACUCCUUUCGAGUCACCUCAUCACUCCUUCUUUCACACUGCUAAUCCUCUCCAUUCCUUUCAUGCGCUUCCUCCCCUCCCCUCCAUGUCUGGUCCAUCUGGACUGGACCAGAUUGCUGGGUUCUAAGAAUGGCAGAGCAGCCACUGAAGCGGCUAUUCACAGCCACUGCUGCAGCCAUUCUUCACAGACAUGUUGUGGACUACCUAAAUUAGGUUUGUGGACAUCUGGUGGCCCAAAGGCCACAGUUUGGGAAUCCCUGAUCUAGUAGUGCAAGACAUUUGAAAAACAGGAAGACUCAAAGGGGGCAAACAGCCCAUGAAAUCACCCAGUGAUUGUUGACUGUGCAUGCUUAGCGACUGCUAGGAGCUAACUUGAGGGAGAGGCCAGUGGGAAUAGUGGUUGUUGUUGUUUUUAAUUUAAUUACAAAUUACAGUGGUACCUCUGGUUAUGUACUUAAUUCGUUCUGGAGGUCCGUUGUUAACCUGAAACUGUUCUUAACCUGAGACACCACUUUAGCUAAUGGGGCCUCCCACUGCUGCCGCACCGCCGCACGAUUUCUGUUCUCAUCCUGAAGCAAAGUUCUUAACCCAAGGUACUAUUUCUGGGUUAGCGGAGUGUGUAACUUGAAGCGUCUGUAAUCUGAAGCGUAUGUAACCUGAGGUACUACUGUACAUUUCUAUCCUACCUUCCCUGCAAGGAGCUGAAGGCGGCGUACAUGGUUCUCCCUCCAUUUUAUUUAUGCAAUAACCCUGUGAGGUAGGUAAGGCUGAGAGAUGGUGACUGGCCCAAGGUCAUCCAGUUAAGCUUCAUGGCUGAAUGGGGAUUUGAACCCUGGCCUCCUAGGUUCUAGUCUGACUCUAAGCACUAAAUCACCGUGCCUAUGCUUGUUCUUGUGGGUUGAAGACCACUAAGGGUAGGACAGAAAUUUGAUUCAGUUCACAAUUGAAGGUGAACUUACCUAAUUUACACUUUUCAAAACAAUAUGAGAACCAAAAGGCAGCCAUCCUUUGAGGGUCACACUUGUCCGAAUUCUGCAGUGUAGUUAUCCAGCCAUGUAAUGAGUACAAAACUGUAUAUACUGGGGUGAAGCAUGCAUAGAAAUGCACAUAUGUAGUGGAAAUAACUUACAAAAAUGCAUUGUGUUAGGGAACACUGCUUUGCAAAAGAGAUUUGCACUAAAAUGCUGCUGAAUUUUCACAAGGACUUGAAGAACUGCACUCAAGACUGGAAAAAUGUGAAACUGAAAUGGACAGAUUUGUUCACUCAUAUUUGUGGCUGAGCAGGGAUUUGAACCCUGGUUUCCCAGGUCUUAGUCUGGCAUUCUAACCACUUCACCCCCUGGCCUAUUCCACUCCUUGUUACUCUAGCAACAUCAUCCCUUGGUACAGAUGAUCAUUACCUCCCCUGGAUUAGCCUCUAUAUCCCUGACAGAGGGGCAGAAAUUGACCUAUAAGCCUCACUGUUUUCCCCACCUACACUGAGUAGGCAGGUUAAAAUUUGAAGGCAGCAGCUGGGAUGCAUCUUUAACCACCUCCACCAUCCUGCCUGUUAACUGCUCUCGUUUUUUCCUCUUGCUCUUUGAGAGCAAACAAACAUGCACACUUGAGCAGAUACGGGUUAAUCCUUAAGAAUGGGGGUGGUAGGAGUGGAAGGGUUUUUUUUUUUGCAGAAGACAAUGGCCUAAUUAAAUCCAUCUCUCUCUUCCCUUUGAGCGGCCUGUGCACAUGGCAGUGAUCCCAAGUAAAGGGAGUUUCAGAUGGGCUCACCCCUGGAUCAAAGUCUGACGUGGAGGGCCUUGAAAAAUUGAGCUCAUGUAACACCUACAAAGUUCAAACAGAGCUGUGUUGCUUCUCUUAACUACCUUUGAUUGUAGCUGAAAUACAAAAAUAUUAAAAAGAAGGACUCCAUUGGGGAGUUGUGGUUCAAAUCCUUCAGACAGUACCAGAACAACUAUCCCGGGAGUAAACUAUGCUGGGCUAAAUGAUGGACUAACAGAUCAACAUGGUAGAAAACAGUUUUCUAUGUUCACUUCCCAGUCCGAAGGUGAUGGUGAGGAGGUUCAUAAAAGGCCCACAAAACCCUGGAAAGUCAGCUAAGAGUUGACCUGUGUGGACAGGCAUCCUGAUUCCUCCGCCUAGUGAAAUGAAACUGGGAUCUCAAAUCAGGGGAUGACAGAAUGUGGCCCUUCAAGCCUCUCUUUGUGGCCCUCAAUACUUUAUUCAGGUCCUCAUUAACUCUGCUUCAUGCCCUUCCUUGAGUGUUACUGCCUGACUGGAAUGUGUCCUUCAGCUGUGAUUAUAACUUUUGCCUGCCUAGAUGGAAGAUGGUGUGUGUGUGUGUGUGUGUGUGUGUGUGUGUGUGUGUGUGUGUAAGAGAGAGAGAGAGAGAUAGAGAGAGAGAGAGAGAGAGAGAGAGAGAGAGGGAGGGAGGGAGGGUAUAGACCUCAGAGUGUUGUGGGAUUAAAAUGUAGCCUACUAUACAAAAAUAAGAGUUGCAUCCAUUGCUCUGCCUACUUUUUGCCUCUGGCCUUGCCCACCACUGGCAUGUGGUCCCCAGAAGUCUGCCCAUGAUGGGAUGUGACUAUUGGGCUGAAAGGGGUUCCCGCCACUCCUGUAGUAAGCGAUAGUGGCUUACUUAAUGAGCAUCUCCUCUGAAUAUUCAGGAACAGGAGGGAGGGAGGGAGAGAGGGAAGGAAGGCUGGCCAGCGCAUGGAGAAUUAAUCAAGUCAACUAUGGCAACUAUGACUCUAAAGGAAAUAACGCUGCGAUAAAAUUUUGCCGCGCUGGAGCAGUGCGCAGUUUAAUCACUAGAGAUGAAGGGAAGCUGCUGACGUUUUUUGGGAGCCGUUUUCUAUUCCCCGGCUCGUGUCUUCUCAGAUAAAAAGUAAUAAGCUAAUUAAAACGUGCCCAAGCGUGGCUGUGAGCAAUAAAAUGGAAGUGUGGGAAAUAAAGAGACAAACAGACAAACAAACAGGCCAGCUCUUCCACCUCGGCCUCAGAUCCCACUCCACCUACCUCAGGCAGCCAGGACUCAGGUGGGUCAAGUGGAGCUUCUUGAUAAACCUGGCAUGAUUGUGGCCAGCAGUAACACGCAGAAGCCACAUCUGCACCAGAUGUUUAAAACACUAUAAUGCCAUUUUAAAACAGUCAUGGCUUCCCCCAAAGAAUCCUGGGAACUGUAGUUUAUGAAAGGUGCUGAGAGUUGUUAGGAGGUCUCUGUUCCCUUCACAGAACUACAAUUCCCAGAGUUCCCUGGGAGGAGGGAUGGAUUAUGAAACCAUUUUGGGAAUUGUAUCUAUGGGAGGGGAAUAGCUAAUGCUUCCAAAUACCAGUUGCUAGAAACUGCAGGAGAGGAGACUGUUCUUGUAAGAGCAGGAUGUCUGGCCUAGAAAGGCCAUUGGCCUGGCUCAGUGGGCUCUGCUAAUGAAGGAGGCUCUUUUAAGUUGGAGGGGCCUUUUUAAAAACAACACUAGAAUUCUUAAAGAUUUCUCCAGAGUAGGGUUGCCGAAUUCCAAUUCCCUGAAUCUAGGAAAUGUGUUUUGUAUAUUUAGAUAAAUUGUUUGGCCAUUGUGCAACUUUCACUCUGGUUUUGUGGUGGGAAACGCUCUUCUUAAACAGUUUUCUAUGAACAGCCAAAAACUGCACACAAGUGCCUAAGUCUUUGUGCACCUGAGCACCUAGGUUUGACCUGAUUAGGGAAUCUGGGGAAGUUCCUGAGCUAGACUUGAUCAAGGUCAAUUGCCAUUACUAGAUUGCCCUUUCCUGUGGCCUGAGGUGUGUUUUCUGUGAGUUGUUACUUGGUUGGAAAUCAAAAUCAGCUGUCAGCAGAAAAUGACUGGACAGGAUGCAUGGUGGUGAUUGCAUUAAAUUUUUGUGUGUGUGGACCCAUGCUGACGUUUGUGCGCAUAUGUGCCCAUGCACACACAUGUGCAGCACAUUGCUUCCCUUCACCCCUAACCUGUUCAUCCAGAUAAUGAAUUCUACAGAAUGUUGGAAGAGUUCUUCUGAGGGCAGAACCAGUUCUACUGUGAGUUUAAAUAUAGAGUACCAUUAAACAUCCUUAAUUCUUUUUUAAGUAAGAGACUUAUGGUCAGUUUACUAACACAAGUCACCUCAGAAGCCAGCACAUGAAAUGCUGUUCAUUGCUAAGGGAAUGAAUGGUUUCUACAGCAUGCAGAGUCUCAUGAAUCCUGAUGCUUGGAGUAAGAUACGUGUUGCAAAUACACAAGCGUCUGUAAUUUCCUAUGAAAACAGACAAAUUCUGAACGCAUGCCAUAUUGUCAGGGCAUCUGGUAGAUCCUUGGUCUAUCAAACUCAGCAUUGUCUAUACUGACUACCAACAGCUCUCCAGAGUUUCAGGCAGGGUUCUUUCCCAGCCUUACCUGGAGAUACCAGGGAUUGAACUGGGACUUUCUAUGUGCAAAGCACAUGCCCUACCACUGAGGUAUAGUCCUCUUCCACUGCUUGGCCACUGGUAGAGAGGAGGUGCUAGAUGGACCCUUGUUUAAUCCAGCAGGGUUGAUAAUGUGCUGCUUUGCUGACUGUAUGGACCAGCAAAUCUGUGUGUUCAGUCUUUCUCCUCUAUAGCGUUCUUCUCUAAAGAAUGAUCCCAGUUGAAACAGGGCUUUAUGGCAAGGUCAGAGGUCAGGAUGGAUUGCUCCAUGUGGAGUUGGAACAAGUUUGGAAUGUUGAUUCAACAACAGUUAAACCCAGAUAUUGAACCUGGGACCUUCUACAUACAAAGCAGAUGUUCUACCACUGAACUAUGGCCCUCUCCCUUAAGAUUUUGGGAUAACUAGCCUCAUAUAAGCAACAUGCUUAAGUUUAUUUAAUACAAUAAGGGGUUAAUACCAUAGAGUAAGAUGUCCUGCCAAACUUAGCUAUGUCCACUUCCUCUUACCUUGGGAGGUACUAGGUAAUCAAGCCUUUGUUCUUCCCCAGUCUACCCAAAAAGCUCAUCUUAUGAAGAGGUUUGAGUUGGUUGCUCCAGCAAAACCCCAUAGAUCUCACAAGCCACUCUUGAUUUCCUAUUCCAAUAUUUAGGACCUUUCACCACUUUGUAACUAAGCCAAGUUUUACUGCCUGGGCAGCUUUCUGAAGCACGUUAAUCUGACCUUUGAAGUGUUUGUAAGUAAACCAUUUUUUAAUUGACCAAAUGUGUGGUCUUUUCCUAUUCUGGGGGAUGAGAGAAACUUGGGAAAGAAACUUUUUAAGGGGACAUUUUGGAACUCACUUGGAAGGGCUAACUGGCAGUAGCUCUCCAAGGUUUCAGGUAGGAGUAUUUCCAAGCCCUACCUGGAGGUGCUGGGGAUUGAACCUGGGAGCUUGCACGUGCUAGACAGAGGUUUUCCUACUGAGUUACUGCCUUUCCCUUAAGGCAUAGGAAUAUAAGAAGCUGCCUUGCAUGGAAUCACAUCAUUGGUCCAACUUGCUCAGUAAGGCACACACUGGCAGCAGCUCUCCAUUAUUUAAGCCAUGGAGAAGCCAGGGAUUGGACCAGGGAUCUUCUGCAUGCAGAACAGCUGUUCUAGCCCUCGAGUUGCAGCUCUUCCCCUAAAUCAGCUUCCUUCCCUUCUGCCCUCUGGUACAAGGGAAGUUCCAAAAGGGGAAGCCCAAGAAUAGGGGCUAUCCCUUAAACCACACGCGUGGGCUGCCUCACCCCAAGCAGCAACCCUCCCACCUCUGCUUUGCAUGCAUCACAAAGGGAAACAUCUGUUGGGUUUCAAGUGGUUCCAGGAAACAUAGUCUGAGUAGGUGGCAGCUAGGUUUCAUGAUGCAGCGAGACCAGGGCACCCCUUGCUGCAUUGGAAACAAAAGCACAAAACCACAAUUGCUGUAAACACGGGGAAAGGGAACACUCAACACUUUCUCCAAGCAGCCCUUAAGAUUUUGUUUGCAUAAGAACAGUCUGCUGCAUCAGACCAAUAGCUCGCCUAGUCCAGCAUCCUGCUCUCACAGUGGCCAACCAGAUGCCAAUGGGAAGCCCACAAGCAGGACCUAAGCACAAGAGCCCUCUUUCGCCUCCUAUGACUUCUAGCAACUGGCAUUCAGAAGCAUGACUGCCUCCAACUGUAGAGGUAGAGCACAGGGAUCAUGGCUGCAAUUCAAGUUUCGCAGUCCUUGGCCUGAUGCCCACACACCAACAGGCUAAUGUGCUAAACAGCUGUUACAUUACCAUAUUUCAUGUCCAUGCUUCAAGUCUCUCCAGCAAUGCUCUACGCAGACAUCCUCCACUCUGCUUUUCACCUUGGAUUUCCCACCACUUGUAUGUGUGGGAUGCCCCAGUUUCCUUUAUCAGAGAGUUGAGCCCUGCUUUCUUCUAAUGGGAACCUCCUGCCAUGUCGCCCCCCCUCCUUUAAAAUAAGCUCCAGUUUGUAAAUUAGUUCCUCCAGGAAUGUUUGUACUGUGGGAUGGGUUUUAAUAGGUAGGAGAGGAUAUAUUAAUUGCAAUUUAUCUUUCCAGGCCGCCACAUGUGUUGGUUGAAGUUUUAAAGUCCCAUCCUUAGCAGCAAAAUUGAAGCAUGUAGGAAUAGGCUGUGAAGCCUCUUAAUGAAGCCCAAUUAUGAAGUAAGAUGGCUUCCCCCUUUCUUCCUCUAUUUAACAAAGAAAUCAGACAACAUAUUGAAAAGCAAGCUUAAAAUAUAACUUAAUUAGAUCAAUAAAGAUCAGGCUUAAAAAAUAAUAAUAUAUAACUUAAUUACUUAUUAGUCUUGCAUUGGUUUUCAGCUACAGCAGCAGUAAAAGCUUUGCAGGUAAAAUACUUAUAUUUACAAUAAAAACAGUCUCAGGCUUGUGCCUGGGACUGGAGCAAGCACAGAGUAUAUCUGUCUUUAUGGCUGAUCAAGGAGAGAAAGAGGGACAGGAAGUACUCUAUCUUCCUUCCUCUCCAGAGGAGGAGGGGAAAUGACAUCACACACAGCUCUCUCUAACAAUUGUAUUUCUAUGGCCUGAGUGUCUGCCUAUCAGGAAUACAUCUCUAUGGACUUGGCCCCUUCUCAUGCUAACUAGCAAGGAAAUGCAUUUGUUAGGAUUGGCUGUUAAUCGCCCACAUGUACAGUAACUGAAAGCAUGUUCUUCUCUGGCUGGCCCCUCCCACUUUUUAGGCUACCAUCAUGCCAUAAAUAACAUAUCAUGUAUGAUGGACUGCUAACUGAGCUUAUCAAAGCAAGUAACAUUUCUGGACUUAUUUGCAAGGCUCACUGCACAUAGGAAGCUAGUAGGUGAGGAAGAAACAGCAGCUAUAUACACUUAUUCUCCCUGGCAUGGUAGAUUUCUAAAUGGACUGUGCAGGAAACAUUCCUGCAUAGCCCUGUGAGCCUUGGGAUGAGCUAGUUGAAUCAGUGUAACAACUAAAACAGUUAAAACAACUAUUAGACCCAUUUAAAGUUGGAAGCUCAAGUCAGGAGAUCAGGAGAAUGGCUUGGGCAAACUGGUGUGUCUUCAAGAGCUGCUGGAAGGCCAGUGUCAAUGGGGGCCUCUUGUAUUUCAGAAGAGAGAACACUCUACAGCACUGGUGCACAAAACUCUGGGUUACGUUUGCUCUAUCUUAAUGUCCUCACCUGGCAAUAUUAAGGCACAGAACAUAUGGUGGCUUUAAAGGAUGAAUGCAUACAGAUUCCCCAAAGAGCUUGGCUUAAUAGGCAUCAGCCGUAGGCCACAAGAUCCCUGGUAUUAGCACAACGCACGUGCCCCCUAGCCCCCGAUCCUCCUCUUGCCAAGUUGCUUCAAUCCUGGGGUUUAACAGAAAGUCUUCCUUUUCAGUUGAGUCUUCGUAGGCGAGAGAAAGAGAGAGAGAGAAACUGGUAUGAAAGGGAGAGGAGGUAGCCUGUCAAGUUUAUGCAGGCCCCUGUUCUCUCUCCAACUUCCUUCAUAAAGGAAGAGACACUUUUAGCUAGGGUUGCUAGUGCACCUGUUUUGAUUCUGGGGUUCAGAGUAGAGCAUUUGCAACAAUAAACCGUUAAAUGUGUGAAUGCUCACUUCUCUUUGUGUGGUGUGUGUUUGUGAGCUGUGUGCUGCCACUCGUUUCUUUUCCUGCUGCUGAUGCUACACCAUUAUUAUUUUUCUUUGCUAGAGUUUCUUUCUCCAUCCUUGGGUGAGGCCUCCGGUCACAGAUCACAUGGUAAAUGUGGCAGUGUUGCACAGCUAUGUACCACAUUGGAUUUGGUGUUGUCCAGAGCCAAUUUAGAAUGAAGGCAAUGCUCCUGGACUGGCCACAAGGACAGCCCUAGGCCAGUGGUUUUCAAAGGGUGUGGCGAUCCACACUAGUGUAGCAAGAGAGGAUGGCAAGUGUAGCAGGAAGAUUCAGGGAGAAGUAAAGAAGCAUUUAAAUGGUUCAGUAUAGUAUAGCAUAGCAUAGAUUACAUGCACACCCACCCAGAAAAAGUAUCCAUGCCUUACGUCAGGCAUUCCCAAACUCGGCCCUCCAGAUGUUUUGGGACUACAACUCCCAUCAUCCCUCGCUAACAGGACCAGUGUUCAGGGAUGAUGGGAAUUGUAGUCCCAAAAACAUCUGGAGGGCUGAGUUUGGGGAUGCCUGCCUUACGUCAAGAGCAUUGGCUGUUCUACAGUUUUCCACAUGUUGUGAAUAGGGAUUUUCAGCUCUGAUAAAUAUGAAAGAUCAGAAAAGAGAAAGGUUUCUUUGCCUUGAUGAGGAGAUGAGAGUUUGUUUGUCCCAAAUUAGACCUAAUAUAAAUGCGAUGACCCGGCAAAAGCAAAUUGACACCUUUCAUGGAGUUUGUAUGCAUACUUAAGGUACAUAGUAAGAGGCUCGUUUAUCAUUAUAAUUUGGGAAUGAUUAAUAUCCUAAUGUAGCUCUAUUGUUUUAUACUUUCCUGAUGUCCCUUGAUCAUAUUAUAAGGUAGUUGUGCUCUAUGUUAUAAAUCAAGCGCUGCUAGGAGUUGUUUCUCUCCCCCCCCCAUGUAAAUAAUAAUAAAACCACACCAAUAAAAUAAUAAAACCACACCAAUAAAAAAUUUGGUGCGGCACAAGCAAAUUUUUAUUAUGAAAGUGUGGCCCAGAGACAAAGUUUGAGAACCAUUGUCCUAGACAAUCAAGCAUCAGUUAAUGAAUGUGAUGGUGUCGCUAAAGGUGAAUGAAGCCUGAUCAUUGUAAUGUUUGCUGAACAGGUGAACCCUUUAUUGUUCCUUUAUCACUGAAAGAGGCAGGGGGAGGCCUUUCAGUACAGGACAAAAUGUCCAGGAAAAUCAAUCCCUCUUUUAGCUGAGCUGUGUACCGUUUAAGUGUUCUCGUGGCACUGGUGAGGGAUGCAGCCAUGAAAGUAUGGUUAUGUAACAUGGUUCUACACAUAGCAAAUGCCAUUUCCUAUCCUCCCUACCCCCCUUCUCUCUCAUGCAACACAUGUGAAUCUGUGUGAUGCAGGAAGCUCCACCAAACCCAUCUCCAAAGCAUAUGGGAAAGAAAAAGAAUCAGAGGGCUACAUUGAGCGCAUAAGCGCUAACAUUGUUUAUGAAGCAAGAUUAAGGCCAAAUCUAAAAAUAAAAACCAUCUAAUCAUCAGCCCCAGGUUCUACCCCUUCUAUUGUCGUAACCCACACACACACACACACACACACACACUUUGGGGCUAGGGAGAUAAAAAGCCACUUUUAACUUCCUCUGUUUUGCAUUUCUGGUUUUCAGCUCAGCAAGAAGGAAGUCUCAGCCAGGGGUUUGCCUCUGGUCUUCUGCUUCACAUUUAUUGUAAUCGUUUUCCUUUCUACUCGUUCCACCCACACAUGCAAACUAAAAAAGGCUGUGGUAUCCCACAGCAAGGAGCCUUCAGACUCUUGACACCCAAGAGAUAAGAGAUGAACCAUUUUCUGUUCCGUUAUCAUAUCUUUGAACUUUUUAAAUGCUACACAAGCUUGAUGGAAGGACAGGGUGUGGUGGUUAGUGUGUACAUGUGUGAAUUUUUUUUUAAAAAAAGGUGGUGAAGGGGUGAAGAAGAGAGAUGUAUUUAUGGAUGUGCCUGCCAUGUAGUUCUUCUGAUUCACUAAGCCUGUGAAGGGAAAACAAACUGCUGCUGUAGGAAGAGCUGCUAAGCCUACUAUGAAGAAUUUAAGAAGGUAAACAGCAUUUCCAUGCGCUGCUCUGGUUCGCCAGAAGCAGCUUAGUCAUGCUGGCCACAUGACCCGGAAGCUGUACGCCGGCUCCCUCGGCCAGUAAAGUGAGAUGAGUGCCGCAACCCCAGAGUCGAUCACGACUGGACCUAAUGGUCAGGGGUCCCUUUACCUUUACCUAUUUCUUGGUCAGAUUAGGUAACAUGAACAGUGUAGGAACAUAGGAACCCCUCUGUACUACAGUGACAACCAUUUUAGACAUGUUCAAUUGCUGUGCGAUUGCUGAAGUGUGGGUCCUUUAGGACCCAGAAGCAGAACAGGGCCAGGGAGCACUUAUACACACUCUGCCAACAUGCACAGGGGCAAGGAACAGAACAGAAAUGUAUACAUUUAAACAGUAUCAUACCACUUUAAAUAGUCAUGGUUUCCCCCAGAGAAUCCUGGGAACUGUAGUUCAUGAAAGGUGCUGCUAGUUGUUUGGAGGUCUCUGUUCUCCUCACAGAGCUAAAAUUCCCAGAGUUUCUGGGGAAGAGGGGUUUAUUGUUAGACCACUUUGGGAAUUGUGGUUCUGUGAGGGAAAUAAGGGUCUCCUAACAGCUUUCAGCAACUUCUACAAUUUACAGUUCAAACUACAAUAAAUUGGAUCAUAGUAAAGGUAAACGUAAAGGGACCCCUGACCAUUAGGUUCAGUUGUGACCGACUCUGAGGUUGCAGUGCUCAUCUCGCUUUGUUGGCCGAGGGAGCCGGCGUACAGCUUCCAGGUCAUGUGGCCAGCAUGACUAAGCCUCUUCUGGCGAACCAAAGCAGCACACGGAAACGCCAUUUACUGUAUUUUUCGCUCUAUAGGACGCACUUUUUCCCCUACAAAAAUGAAGGGGAAAUGUGUGUGCGUCCUAUGGAGCAAAUGCAGGCUGCAGGAAGCUACCCGCAAGCCUUCGGAGCGCGCCGGGGUCAAGUCUCCCCACCCCAGCCCGGCAAGCUCCAGGAGCGAAGGCAAGGUUGCGUGCAACCUUGCCCCCGCUCACGAACCCGUUCUGGUGGCUGGGGUCGGGGGGAGCUCUGGCCCCCAGCCCGGCAAGCUCCAGGAGCGAAGGCGAGGUUGCGUGCAACCUCGCCGCCGCUCCCAAACUCCCAGACCCGUUCUGGGGGCUAAAAACGAAGCCAAGACAGCGAGUGGGAUCCAUCCCGCUCACUGUCUUGGCUUCUUUGCUCUUUGGGGCUGGGGGGAGGAAUAAUUUUUCCCCCUUUAUUUCCCCCCCCUAAAAUCUAGGUGCGCCCUAUGGUCCGGUGCGCCCUAUAGAGUGAAAAAUACGGUACCUUCCCGCCGGAGUGGUACCUAUUUAUCUACUUGCACUUUGACGUGCUUUCGAACUGCUAGGUUGGCAGGAGCUGGGAUCGAACAGUAGGUUUGAUUAUUUGUUCAUCAAGCUUAGUAUUGUCUAGUCUCUCCUAGGUUCUGUAAUGGACAGCUGUUCUUUUUUACCAUUUACCACUGUCUUAAACUGGAGGUGCUGGUCUGAACCUGGGAAUUUUGUAUGUGUGUAUUCUGAAGCAUAUGGGGAGCCAUGGUCCCUCCCUGCUGGCAAGUAUUAGAAACCUGUGCUGCUCCAAAUCAUUGCCCCCAUCAUUGGGGAAACGUCAUAAGCUCAGGGGCAGAGCACCUGCUUCACAUUCAGAAGCUCCCAUGUUCUGCCAGCCAGUGUGAGAGGUACCACUGGCCUGAUUUCGUUCAAGUCAGUAUCCUAUUUUCUCCCAUGUUCUAAUCUAGCUCCAGGCUAUUGGUUUCCCUAUCUGAAACCCUGGAGAGCCUCGGCCAGCUGGAUAGACCCGCACCUUGUUAUGUCCCUGUGCUUGAAACAGCUUGGGCAUGCUUUUUUUUCUUUUUCUUUUUUUGAGCAGCGCCUCUCUUUCUCCUCCUCUGAUCCUUUUCGUAGGAAGGGAAGGAGCCAGAGCAGCUCUCCUCCCCGCAUUUCCCUCCCCUCCCUUCCCGGCUGUGCGUGCGCCGGGCCAGUAAACAACGCCGGCUCCUGCCUCCGCGCUUCGCCUCCCUCGCUCUCGGCGGCGGCGGCUGCUGCUGCUGAUUCCGGGAAGCCUGGAUUCCUCCCCGUCCCCUCCCCAGAGCGCCGCCGGUCAGAUGAAAGGCGAGCGGCAUCGAUCUGCCAGCGGGGGAGUCUCGCUGCGCUGCGCCGUCUGCAGCUGUCGGAGGAGGAGGAGACGGAGGAGAGGCGGCGGCGGCGGCUCCACGUGGGAGGCCCGCGACUGCCGGCUGCGAGGGGCAGCCAGGCCGGAGCGGAGCCAGGCGGCCAGAGGAGACCUGACCCCGGCGCGUAAAGGCGCAGCGUCGUCGCCCCCUUCGCCAUCGAGGCCUCUUGGGAAGAGGAAGAGGAACGCAGCAUUCAUCCAUCUUUCCAUCCAUGCGCCGCGCUGCCGCCCCUCUCCUUCCUCGUUGCGCUCCCGCUCCCAAACUCAGCUAUUUGAUGGUGGUGCUAAGGGAUGGGGGCAGUCUUUGUUUUGUAAAAACGAAAUUAAGCUUGGGGUGACUGGCUUGGUAAGCCUGGGGGUCUACACACAGGAGCAGAGUGCAUAAGGAGGAAAGAGACUUGUGGCACCUGAAAGGUGACCAGACUUACUGUAGCAGAAGCCUUUAUUGACUACUUUACUCUUGUUUCUUCUUGUUCUUUGUCCUGAAAGCCAGAAUUAUGGUGACAAAAGUCUUUAUGGAUUUCUUAUCCUUCAUAAUAAUAGUAAUAACCAGUGCUUUCUUUUCUUGAAAAACAGGUGCGGUACUCACCAUGAAGUUGUUACACUUUUUAACAACAACAACAACAAAGAGGUGCUGAUACAGUGGUACCUCGGGUUACAUACGCUUCAGGUUACACACUACACUAAGCCAGAAAUAGUGCUUCAGGUUAAGAACUUUGCUUCAGGAUAAGAACAGAAAUCGUGCUCCAGCGGCGCGGCAGCCGCAGGAGGCCCCAUUAGCUAAAGUGGUGCUUCAGGUUAAGAACAGUUUCAGGUUAAGAACGGACCUCAGGAACGAAUUAAGUACUUAACCUGAGGUACCACUGUACAGAGUACCUUUGAAUACCCCCCAGGGGGAAGCCCUGCUAAUAACUUUCGUUUUUAUCUUGCCCUUCCUCCACGUUUCUGAAAGAAGCUUACAUGGUCCCACCCACCUGUUAUAUCUCCGCAAUAACCCUGUGAGGUAGAUUAGGCUAAAACAGGGUUUCCCAAACUUGGACUACAGUUCUGUUUUUGGACUACCAGUUCCCACCAUCCCUCACCGCUUAUCCUGCUAGCUAGUGGUUAUGGCAGUUGUAGUCCAAGAACAGCUGGAGAGCCAAGUUUGAGAAACGGUGGGCUAAAAGAUUGUGACUGGCCCAAUUUGAACCUCUGUAUUGCAGGUCCACAAAAGCUUCUGCCACAUCCCUGGGAUUGUGCCUGACUGAACACAUUGCAUUUGGUAUGCAAACAGUCCCAGGUUCAAUCCCUGGCAUCUCCAGGCACAGUUAGGAAUGUCCCCUCUCUGGAAUAUUGGAGAGCUAGAAGAACCAGUGGUCUGACUUCUAUGUUUCUGUGGGCAGUAUCUCAGUGGUAGUGCAUCUCCAAGUAGGACUGUGAGAGACUUCCUGCCUGAAACCCUAGAGGGCCACUGCCAGUCAGUGCAAACAACACUGAGUUAGAUGGACCAAUGGUAUGACUCUGUAAGGCAGCUUUCUAUGUCCCUAUGGGUAAGACCUUAUCUCUGCCUGAUCUCCUGGGGAGCCAUUGCCAGGAAGAGCAGAUGGUACUGGGUCAGUUGGCUUGUUGGAUAGCUCAAUCGGUAAAGCAUGAGCUCCAUGUUGGACAAAAGAUUCUUGCAUUGCAGAGGGUUGGAAUAGAUGACCCUUGUGAUCCCUUCCAGCUUUACAGUUCUAUGAAAUACCAAUCCUGGUAUAAAACAGGUUCCUUUUUCAAACAUCAGAGGAUGUGCUGAUCACAAAUUUCAGGGGUGUGGCUGACAGUAAGCCCUGCAUGGAAUAAAAACCUUUUAAAAUAAAAAUAAGAAGAGCAAUUGUAUAAAAUAUUUUUGUGGGUUUAUUGGUGAUUUCACCCCAACCACCUUUGAUGAUGUUAGAUUUCCUUUGAUGGCUCUGAAGGUGAUAAUGCUGCUUGCUAGGGACUCCCAAAAGCUAAUAUCCUUUGAUCAUUCGUAGCCGAUUUUUCGGAUGUGCUGGAGAUCACAGCUUCUAAUUAAAUCAAUGACCAUCGCUGCAGGCCCAUGGAGUUUUGACUGUCUCAUCUAGUCAGCAGAGAAGGAAAUGGGUCUUUUACCACCACUGCGCAAACUAACAACAGGCUUCUAUGCUCACCAGGGCUGGGAAGUCUGAAGCCUCCCCAUUGUUAGACUCCUAACUCCCACCAGUCCCAGCCUACAGGCCCAAUGGUCAGAGAUGAUGGGAGCUGUGGUCCAGUGAGAGCAUCCCCAUCUCUAGACCAAAGGCUCUUCAGAGCUAGAAGCAUCAUCCAGAAAGGAGUUUACCUGAUGUCUCUCUGUGUGAUUGACUGCUCUUUCUUUUAUUAAGACUUGUGGGUUGUUAAAGGAAUUUUUUGUGUGGUGCCUAAAACUAGAUAAAGAUGGCACCAGGUGAGUCUCCCUGGGAAGAGCAUUUCAUAAGCAGAGUGCCACCACUAAAAAGGCCUGUUCUCAUGAUACCACAUUCUUCCUCUUGGGCUUCCAAUACAUGAGGUACAAGGGCAGCUGACUUAGCCUGCCUCACGGGCUGGCCGUCCUUGAUACUGAGUCAGACCAUCAGGCCAUCUAGCUCAAUGUCUACACUGACUGGCAGCAGGUCUGCAGUGUUUCAGGCAGAGGAACUUUCCUAGCCCUGCCUGGAUAUGUACAGGAUUAAACCUGGGACAUUCUGGAUACAAGGCAGAUGCUCUGCCCCUGAGCUACAACCCUCCCUUUAAGACACAGGAACAUAGGAAAUAGUUUUAUAUUGAGUCACAAAAUUGGUCCAUCUAGUUCAGUAUUGUCUGCACUGACUGGCAGCUGCUCUGCAGGGUUUAAAGCUAGGAAUCUUCCCCAGUCUUAUCUGGAGAUGCCAGAGAUUGAACCAGGGACAUUUUGUAGGCAAAGUAGGUUCUCUACCAUUGAGCUAUGGACCUUCCCAAAAGUUCUAUGGGCAAUUUACAAGUUUACAUACUAAAAUAAUAAAAUACAAAAAAACCCAACAACAACAACACCCGUGAAAAUAAAAUAGAAUAAAACUAGCAGCACAAGGUGUUCUUUCUUCGGGUGAGUGCUCCAGAAAUAUGGAGCCACUUCUGAAAAGCUAUAACAAGGGAUGCCUUGUUCUGUUCAAUGUGAACAAUGUUGAAUAAAUAAUAUUAAUGCUAAUGUUUAUCUAUACCCAUUUUGUUUGCAUACUCUGUAUAUCCUGGGCUUGAUAUUUUUGGAAUUGUUCUUUUUCUUUUUGCAGUGAUGACAUUCCAUCAGUGAGUGAUCGGUGUCGUUACAGGAAGAAAGGUAAUUAAAACGAGAUCUUUGAUCCUCUAUUUUUUGUGCAUUUUUUGCAGCUCUUUGACAUAAACACAUUUAUUUAUCGGUUCUGAAAAUUUGCUGCUCAUGUUUAAGCAACAAAGAACAACCGCAGCAGUCUGCCAGCUGCGGUCCUGAACCCACUUACUCAGAAGCAAGCCGCAAUGAGUCCAGUUGAUCUGACUCCUUAGUAAGUCUGCAUACACACCAACCCAUUUGUAGCACAAACAUGUAAUAAUAAUAAUAAUAAUAAUAAUAAUAAUAAUAAUAAUAAUAAAUUUUAUUUAUAUCCCGCCCUCCCCAGCCGAAGCCGGGCUCAGGGCGGCUAACAACAAUAAAACAGUACAAAAGUACAGCACAAACAACACUCUAAAAUCAUUCAUUAUAAAAUUAAUUAAUUCAAGCCGCUGGCAACCAUUGGGCCAGAGCUCCGCGAAGAUUGCCGAGAGAGGGAGUCAGGCUGUGUACUUUUCCUCAGCCCAGAAUCAUUCAUCCUCAGCUACUACAAGUGCCACAUAAUACCCAUUGUGCAUUUGUGAGAACGCAAUCAUUUAGUGUGGCAGUAUCUACCCUUUGGAACUCCCUGCCUAUUGAUAUCAUGCAGGCACACACACUGUAUUAUUUUUUGCGCCUGUGAAAAACAUUCUUGUUUAAACACGCCUGCCCAGAUACUUCAAAAGCUGAGAUAAUUUAAAUCUGAUUUAACUUUUGCAUGUUUUAAAGUAUAGAUGUCAUUUCCCCCUUGAUUUCCUUGUUGUUUUUUAGUAAACCGCUUUGAGUUUUGUGUGUGUGUUUUUCAAUCAAGCCAUGCAUAAAUUUUAUGAAAUAAUUAAAUAAAUAUAACAUGCUGCUUCCAGUUUAGAUGAGUUCUAGAUCCUCUUGCCCACAGGGGUGGGUCUGGUUACUUGGUAGGUUAGCCAAACCUCCCUGCACAUUACCCAAGUGAAUGAAGAAGGAAGUGGUGAUAAUGAUAUGGCUUUGGCCCACCCUCAACUUCAUUGGGCAGGCGUAGUCCCCCCCCCUCGCCAAAAUAAUAAUAAUAAUAAUGCCAGAACCACCUACAUCUGUUUCCAAAUGGAUACACUGCAGAGUAAUGUGGGAUCUGCAACGAGCUUUUAUUUUGGGAAUGAAACCAGUGUCUCAAGAAGGGCUUUUCAGGGGCAAAAUAUAUGCAAUAGAUCUAGGUGGCAUGUAGCCUAUGCAGGGAAAAAAAGCAGUCUUCAUUGAUUCCGGAAUCUAUUGUGUGUACGCAGCCUAGGUAUUUGAUUGUGUUAUGAUUGUCACUGGAUGAGAACAUUUUAAAAGAAAUAGAAGUCUCAUUUUAUUUAUGAAGCAGCUUUGGUGGCUGAUUCUCCAUCCCAGCCUUUGCCAGCUUGGUGGCCUCCAGGUGUUUUGGAUUGCAACUUCCAUCAGCCGCAGUCACCACUUGGCUUCUCUAGCCAAAUUUAACGACGCUCCUCCGAGUUAACCAAGUGAGAGGUGAAAACGUAGGCGAGCUAAACGGCAUAACAAAGCACUUACUAAUUUCAGGAUGGAAAUUGCUCUGAGCUGGGAGGCUGGAGGGUGGGAGCCGAAACCAGCAUUUGUACUGGUUCCUUUUCAUGCAGGAGUCCUCCUUCUCAACUCUCUCGCUUCCUAUAAUAGGCUUCGUUUUAUCGGAAGGCCUGCCUGACUUUUUUUGUCCUUUUCCCGGGCCAUAAUUUCUUACCCUGCAGCCAGCUUGCGGGAGGAUACUUGGGAAGGCUCCUGAAUUAAAUCUGCAUUUGUCCUCUGUGGCCGGGAUCCAAGAACGCCGCCAUAUGCACAGAGCCUGGCCUUCCUUUGAAGUCUCCCCUGCAGCCGCUAGCUGUUUUUUAAGUUUUAACUUUAAAAAUUUAAACUGAAAAGUGGGCUGUCCCUUCAGCAUGUGGUGGAAACUUCAAAGGAGCCCCUAGCUGAGAUAUUUUCCUCUGUUGUUUUCGUUUGCAAGUCUUGGGAACGACCUAAAAAAAAAGAAAGAAAAAGGGCAGCACAUGCACACCCUUUUGUUCAUUCCCAUACUAACUGCAGCAGUGAUGUCUUUUUCACUUGCCUGUCUGGGCAGCCCCUUUAUGGGGAUUAAGUUCCUGCUGAUAGGUGCUGUCGCAUAGCACCUUGCCCUGAUUCUCCCAAUCAGCUGAAUUUAUUUGAGUGUGUUCUGGUAAAAAAUAAUAAUAAUACAACACCAUGAAUUUCAAAACCAUGUGCUGCAUCACUUUUGGAUUUGGAUCGGGCAACCACAUCUAUUGUUGGGAUGCAACAGAGUUACCUGUCCUCAGAGGAGGCUGCCCGUUGCUUCUUUGAAUGAGUCUCAGAUCUCACCUUUCCAAAUCAAAUUGUAUACUCAGGAUGGGGACUCACCCAGGAGCUCCAGGCUGAUAGGCUCUUCUGAGGGUGGGUUGUUCUUACUCUUUCACCUCCAACCUAAACUUCUUUUGUUUAAGGACAUGCCAGUGGUCAGAAGUUUGGAGAAACAGUUUUAAAGAACAGCUUUUAGAUGCUGGCAGAAACAAAUAAGGUAUAUAACGGCCUCUGUUCCUCAGAUGAGAGGUGAGAGAGGAUUAUUACAUAGUCUGGUGGGUGUGGGGCAUGAGCCCAUUAGUGCUUCCGAAAUGGGAAGAGCAUCUUACUUGAGUCUCCUUGGUGGCGAUCCUUUGCAUGUGAGUUGUAAUAUUGUUGAGUGUGAGUGGGUUUGUUUUUGAGUGGUUGGUAAAUAGAAAAAAAUUGCUUGAGGUAGCAAAUGUAUGCAGUGGUGUGAAAUGAGUGGCAAGCAAGACUGUGAAUAAUGUGUGCUACCGCUCUCUGAUUUUAUUUAUAUAGGUAUUGAUUAUGGAUAUGGAUAUUGUUUGUACAUUCUGUUAUGUAAAUAAUUUUACAUGGUUUUUAUUGUAACAUAGAUAGACAGAUGGACACUUGCAUACCGCUUUGAGGUCUUCUGAUAGAAAACAGGCUAUAAUUUAUUGCAUUUACAUCUCUUCUUUCCUCAAAGGAGCUCAAGGAGAUGUACAUGAUUUCCCCCUCUUUCCAUUUUGUCCUCACAUCAAGCCUGUGAGGGAAGUUUGGCAGGGAGACAGUACCUCGCCCAAGGUUACACCCAGCGGGCUUCCUGGCCUAGUGGUGAUUUGAACCCUUGUUUCCCACAUUCUAGUCUGACACUAAGCCACACUGGAAAUAAUAAAUGAAUUAUAUUAGAGGGUGUUUGGCCUGCUCCUCCUUCCCAGUGUGAAAAACAAAAACAAAUUCUGUUUGCUUCCCCCGCUUUGUUUGCACAGCAGGCCCAAGAGCCAGCGAGGCGGAGUGAGAGGCUGGCCUGCGUUGUCUUUCCUCCUCACCUUUUGGCAUGCCCUGAAUGCCCUCUGCCCAUAUCACAGAUGCCCCCAGACAUCUGAGACUGGCUCUGGAGGCCUCUCUCCCUCAUGCCCCAGUGCAAGGUCUGAGCACCUCACUGGCUCCCAGAGAGCAGACCCUAGCAGAUAACCUUGCACCUGAAGAUCGCAAAACCAGCCAUCCGUCUGCUUGAGUGUGAUGCUCCCUGAUGGCUGAUGCAUGCAGGCUGCAUUUUUACACCCUCCUCCUCCCUUCUCCUCCCUCUUCCCCAACUCGAUGAAGUGCAGACUUUGGGUGUUUUGCUGCCAAAAGGGGGGGGGGGGCGAGAGAAGGGAAAGGAAUGAAAUAUUUACAACUCUUCUCUCCCUCGCUUGUUGCCCUGAAGCAUUUUGGAAGGGGAAAGAAAGAGCAACAUGGAAAUGGCUCCUAUGGUAUAAAUAUGCUGGUUUGUUUACUCCACCAGCCACGGCUGCUGCCGCUGCAGCCACGACUCAACCUUGGUUUGUUUGGAUUUUUUGCAAAUCAGUUUGCCAAGAGAUGGCUACCAUGGAUUUCCUCAUGGGAGGCUAUAUGCAAGUUGAUGGAGGGGGUGUGAUCACCUUUGUGAGGGAAGCAGGUCCAAUUGUGUGCCAGUGGCAGUUGUGCAGUUAAAGCCAGAUACAACGAUACGUGUGUGUAGGAAUGAGAGACAUAUGGGACUAUGUUUUCUGUGGACAGGACCAUACAGCUGACUGUUUUCUCCGUUACCUGUUUAUGGAUCUUGUCUGGCUUCACCUGCCCACCCCCCACCCCCCCGCCGUGAUGGUUAGGGAUAUAAGGAAGCAUCAUUUUCCAUCAUACCCUCUAGUCAUGACAUUCAGCACCGUUUCUGUUCUACUGCAGUUUGUCUUCCACCAAAAAAACCCCACAUUAUUUGUCUCUGUGUCCGCCGUGACAGAAUUUUACAUUAUUACAUAAAUUGUGUUGUUAAGUUGCUUCACCCCAUUCAUAGCCAUACAAAGAAAACAUAAUGCCAAAGGGAGGAAAACGUAAUCAAUUACAUAUCCUUUGAGGAAUGAAAGCAACAACAGUAGCAAAUGCUGAUCGCAUUCACCAGAUUUGUUUCCAUUUUGGAUGUGGGACGAAUGAGCGAAUAUUGGCGAUUUCCACUACUGUUUCUCUCUCUGUCAGAAUUCUGCAACACCUCUGGUAAUGGUGAAAGAUCUUUGGGUGGGUCAGUGUAAUAUCUGUGAAGCUUCCAUUCACACAUGCAAGUUACAGUUCGUUGCUGCAAUUGUCAAGAGGAAAACAUGUAUGUGUGAAAUUGCCCAGUGGUCUUGAAGUUAAUAUUUGGAGAUUUUAUUUUAUUUUAUUUUUUUAAAGCCAUUUCGCGUUCCUGGGGAGAUGUCGUUGCGGGCUAGGAGCAAGCCCUCCCCACGCUCGCAGGGCAGAAUCACCCCUGCGCCAUUGAAUGGUCCUCAGCCACGUCACCCUUAGGCCAUCCAAUUCGGACGGUCCGGGGGCGUGGCACGGGUUAUUUAAACUGUCCACAGCUGAGGACUCACCCCUGUUUUUCUCCCUGCUCGGCCAGUUCUCCCUCCCUCCCUCCCUUAGGUUAGGCUCUUUUAUUUCUUGACCUUGCUAUGGACCUUGGUUGGUCAUCUUGGUUGUCCAAGGUGCCUAGUAGGAAUUUUUCCACUUGGCAAAUUGGCACCGGCCAUUUGGUUUUUUCGCCUACCUCGUAGCAAAUCGUCACAACUUUGUAAGGUUUGGCGGUUAGGCAUUGGAGUAUUAGGUUGAAGGGGAGGGGAGGUAGUGGCCAUCACCUACCCCUCCUAAUUCAAGGGUACUCCGUUAAAGGAAUCGGGGGGGGGGCGUGGUCUCCAUCCGAAGCCCCAGAUGGGGGGCUAGGGCCAUGGCAUGACCCCUAGCGGUGACCCUGGCGGAGUCCCUACUGGUGGUUAACCCUUCCAAGACUCCUGCAGACAGGCAGGAGUCAGAUAUAGUCAUGUGGUUUCCAGUGCCUAAGCCAAUACCACUCACAUUCUAUAACCAAUAAAAUUGUGGCCUUUUUCACCCAUUAACAAAAAAUACUGUUUCAUUUGUCUUUAUUCCACUCCCUGGAAGGGUUUGAGAGCUUGCCACACAAAGCAGGGUUUUUCACCAAACCUGGUAGAGAGUGACUUGCUGGUUUCUAUUGCUUCCUGUGGCUCAGUGACUUCCUUGCAUUGUGGGGCCCUUCCAGACAUCCACUUUAUGGUGCACUCGUUAUGAUUUAUGCUAAAGAUGGUAUUAUUAUUUAUUAAAUUUAUAUACCACCCUUCGUCAAGAGAUCACAGAAUGGUUUACAUGCAGUCCUGUUUUCAGUACUGUUUCAUGCCUGCAAAAGUUUUGGGGCAUCCAUACUGCUUUGUUUCUAAUUAGUGCACGUCCUGUAACUUCCUGCUGAAAUUUUGGUAACUUUUCAUACCGCAAACAUCCCGAGGGAGAGAGGGCUGUCCCACUUCUGUUCUGUGAUAGUGCAAGAGUGCCCUUCCAGAUGAGAAUAAUGUGAUAACAUUUGGAAAGCAUUGUAGAAUGACUAAGAAAGUUGAACGAUCUGUGGAUUGUCCAGUAAUAAUCCAUCACUAAUGCACCAUAAUUGCACCAAUGACAAAACAAACUGGAGGGGAGCUUGAAGGCUUUGCUAAUAGGUCAAGGUUGGGAAAUAGACGCACUGUAGUCUGGACUACUGCAUGCUUCUUCCAUAGGAGGUCCAGCAAAUGGUUCUCAUUUGUGCAGUGGAACUACAGUUCCCAUGAUUCUUUGGGUGAAGCUUGACUGUUUCAAGUGGUCUGAUACUGCUUUAAGUGUAUAGUGCAGAUGCUAGUCCUAUUUAGAGUAAACCCACUGAAACUAAAGGACCACAAAUGGUUGUGUUAAUUCAUUUCAAUGGGUCUACGCUGGGUAGAAGUAGCACUGGAUACAGAGCAGAUAGACCCCACUGCCUCGUCCCUGCACUGCUGUGUUUUGUUCUGAACAAAGGCUGGAGAUACAUUAAUUAAAACUGCUAAAGGCAAUGAUUACAGAAGGAGGAGGGACAGAUUUGAGGAAAUAAGGAAUUCCAAACCAGCAACUCCAAAGCUCACGGAAGUACAAUAUUUAUGUCCUGAGCUGUGAGCCUAGCCAAGUUUUCUCCCAAGGAGCAUCGGUAACUGAAUCUGGGCUGCGUGGGACCCGGAGACACAUUGUUCUGAUUGAAUAAUUAAUGCAGAGUUAAUUGAGGCUUUUACGAGUGGAGGGGCGGGUGGCAGAACUCAGCCUGCAUGGAUGUGCAGCAUCCCAGGGUAAGCUUGCUUUUCAGUUCUCCAGAGAAAUCCUCUGCUGCUUUCCACUCCCCUUUCUGAUUACUGUAUUUUUCGUCCCAUAGGACGCUCCGUCCCAUAGGACGCACCUAGUUUUUUGGGGGGGAAAUAAAGGGGAAUUUUUUUCCCUUUAUUUCCCCCCCAAAACCAGGUCGGGGAACAGCGGGGUGGCAGCGCUGCGCCUCCCUGCUGUCCCCUGAGCUUGUGGGGCUGGCCGAUGUCUGCCCGGCGCGCGGGGCGCUCUGCUUCAGGGCGCUUUGCGCGCCGGGCGGCAGGCUGCUAUCCGCAGCGUGGGGAGCCCUGAGGGAACUCCCGCGGGAUCCCCAGGCUUGCUGAUAGCUUCCUGAAGCCUGGAGAGCGAGAGGGGUCUGUGCGCACCGACCCCUCUCGCUCUCCAGGCUUCAGCAAAAGCCUGUAUUCGCCCCAUAGGACGCACACAGAUUUCCCCUUCAUUUUUGGAGGGGAAAAAGUGCGUCCUAUAGGGCGAAAAAUACGGUACUAUUAGUAUUAUUUCAGAUUUCUGCCCCAUCUUUCCUCUCAAAUGACCCCAGGUCAGCAAAACAACAAAGUGGCAAAACAAUAACAUAAGAACAUGAAAACGAGCCUGCUGAAUCAGGGCAUAGCCCAUCUUGUCCGGCAUCCUGUUCUCACAGAGGACCAACAGAUGCCUCUGGGAAACCAUCAAACAGGAUCUGAGCACAAGAGCCCUCUCCUCUCCUGUAGUUUCCAGCAAGUGGCAUUCAGAAGCUUUACUGCCUGAGUGUGGAGGCAGAGCAUAACCAUCAUGGCUAGUAGCUAUCAAUAGCAUUAUCCCCCAUGCAUAUGUCCAGUCCGUUUUUAAAGCCAUCCACAUAGGUGGCCAUCAUUGCUUCCUGUGGCAGUGAGUUCCAUAGUUUAACUGUGCACUAUUUGAAGAAGUACUUCCUUUUAUCUGCCCCGAAUCUUCCAACAUUCAGUUUCAUUGGAUGCAUAAGAGUUCUAGUGUUAUGAGAGAGGGAGAAAAUAUUUUCUUUAUCCACUUUCUCCAUGCCUUUUCUCUAUAGACUCAGAAGUCCUAAAUGCUGUAAACUUUCUUCAUAGCGAAACAAUACAGUAAAAAACAAUAUAAAGCCAUAUUUAAAACUCUUAAAAACAGUUUAGAACAUUUAAAAACCUAGGGUUGUAUCCAAUGCCAGCCCUACCCAUUGAAACUCAUAUGCACGGCUAACUAGGUUCAUUAAUUUUAGUGGGUCUAUAAGUAGAACUUGGUUGGAUACAAACCUCUAGCAACCGGCCGAAUUCAGCAUAAUGUCAAAAACCCAUAAAAAAACCUCAAAAUAUUUUGAAACAGUCACAUAACAUUACCCUGACAGCUUAUAAUUUCAGAGUUGCUGGGAAUAGCACAUUUUAGCCGUUGCAUGCCUAGGUGAAAAUGAAUGUUAUUACCAUAUUUUUCCUUCUAUAAGAUGCCCCCGUGUAUAAUAUGCCCCCUAUUUUGGGGGACUCCGAUUUAAGAAAAUGGGGGAGAUGUAUCUGUGUAUAAGACGCCCCCCAAAUUUUGACAUUUUAAAGGAAAAAACCUAGUCUUAUACAUGGAAAAGCACGGUAAAUUCCUCUGAUUAUUAUAAGGGGGAUACACAUAACUUGUUCGGAAGAUAAGGAGCCACCAGUAAGAAGGCCCUGUCAUGCAUCAGCACCAAAGGGGUAUUGCUACUAACAAGCAGCAACAAAGUUAAUGCUAUUGCGUUGACAUAAGUAUAGUGUCUCGAUCAAGGGAAGUCAUAGCCCAUCUGCCUCAGUCAAAUAUCUAAAGGGCUGUCACAUGGAAAGAUGGAGCAAACUUGUUUUCUCCUGCUCUGGAGGCUAGGAUCUGAACCAAUGGCGUCAAGUUACAAGAAAGGAGAUUCCGACUAAACAUCAAGAAAUGCUUUCUGACAGUAGGAGCCUGUUCGACAAUGGAAUGGUCUCCCACAAGAGGUGGUAGACUCUGCUGCCCUGGAAGUUUUUAAGCAGAGGUUGGAUGGCCAUUUGUCAUGUACUAUCUUUUAAAGAUUAUUGCAUUGCAGUGGGUUGGACUAAUUAACCCUCAGUAUCCCUUCUAACUCUACAAUUCUAUGAUUCUAUUAUCCCAUGGGCUGUAACUAGUCAGUGCUCCAGAGACCUCCAAUGAAUCUGAACUAAUUUGUGGCACAAUGUUUGACAAUGGAUCUGAGUGAUUUUGCUGCUAAGAGUUGAGCAUAGAUGUGCCGGGAGGGUAUUUUGCCAGGGAGCAGAUAUGUAUAUCUAUCUGCCUUCCCACCGUCAGCUUUUCCUUCAUUCUUGGUUGUUGUUUGAGAUAGAUUUUCCAUAUUUACUAGGUCAGUGGUGGGCAGGGCCAAAGGCAAAAGUGGCCAAGGAGAUUCAUUUAAAUAUUACCUUUGUUCAGGAGACUAGUUUCUGCACAGAAAAAGAUGUGCUUGUGUGUGUGUGUGUAAACUAGCCAAGGUAAAAUACAAAUUAAUUGCUCUGCCCAGUUUUGUAUCUGGCCUCUCCCACCACCAGCAUGUGGCCCCUGGAAGGUUUCCCAGAAGCAAAUGUGGCCCUUGGGCUCAUAAAGCCCCCCACCCAGCACUAGAACCUUAAAGUGUCUCCCUUUCUGCUUCCCCUAACAAAUCCACGUUAUGGCAUCCACAUAUAAACCCCUUCCUGGAGAUGAUUCCCUCCCUGCUUCCCAAAUCCUUGUCACUUGAGGGGGGGGGGGCUUCUGUUGCUCCUCUUCUUUUCCUUGCAUCAUUAAUGUCUUAGUGGUCAUGUUGAUUAAUCAUCGACUGCUGCUUGGGGGGGGGAAUAAAAAUAGUCAAGCUUGAUAAACAGAGCAGAGACAUUGGGGGGGGGGAGGUGAGAUGUGCUUACACAUAUGGUGGAGGGGGGGCCAUCCUUCCUUCCCUCCACCACAAAUUUAUCCUGGAGCGCAUGAUUAGGGAGGUCACUUCAUUGCUGGUGCUUCAGAGAGCCACUCAAGGAGUGUUGACCCCCACAAUCAGGGCUGGCCUCUCUCUUCCCUCCCCCGCCACCCCCACCCCACUUUCCCCGCUGUUGCUGCUGCCGCCGCCACCACUUUCAGUUUCCUAAUUAAGGGCUUUUGUGCAUGGUGGCCUCUUUUUCUCCCCCCCCCCGGGCUUUCAGCUGCCAGUCAUUUUCCACUGUGAAGCAUCACCGGGUUCGCCGGGUGGGGGCAGCUAAUGUAUUCAUUUAGACAGGAGGCUCUGGGGUUUUUUUGUUUUUUAGCAUCUCUGGAUGUAAUGGGGAUUAUGGAGAAGAGGGGGGCCCUUUCCCCUAGCUUUCUUUUCAGGACCCUCUUGGCUGACAAGCAGACCUUCCUCCCCCCGCCCAACCCCCAAUUGUUUUCCCUGGCCUUUCAAGAAAGUGGGGAGGAAUAUUUUUCAAGCAAGGACUUUCCUGGCUGGAUCUCAGCCAAGGUCUGGUUGAUGGUCCUGUGUUUUGGCCUGAAUAGCAGGCAACAGAUGCCUCUGAAAGGAGCCAGCAGGACCUCUGACCAACCAAACAGAAUGCAGCCCACCACCGCUGGGACUCAGUAAACCUCCCCGAUUUUGCAGUCUUAACCACACAGGCAACAGAACCAGCAGUAGGGUUGUCAGACACAAUGCAGCUACAGUUCAUAGGCUGGUGGGCUGUGUUCAGCAAGUAGUGCUGGCCUGUUAGGGACACAGGGAGUUGCUUUCUCUUGAGUCAGAAUCAAUGGUCCAUCUAACUGUGUUAUCUACUCUAACCAGCAGGGGCUGUCCAGGGUUUUCGGGCAGGGGGCAUUCUCGGAAAUGCCUGGGAUUGAAUGUGGUGCCUUCUGAAUGCAAAGCAGAUGCUCUGCCACUGAGCUGUGGCCCUUCCCAUAAAGCAUAGGAAGCUGCCUUAUACAGAGUCAGACCAGUGGUCUAUCUAGCUCAGUACUGCUUACACUGACCGGCAGGAUUUUAGACCAAUAUCUCUUCAGUCCUACCUGGAUAUGCCAGGACUUGAACCAAGGACCUUCUGCAUGCAAAGCUAAAACCUGACCACUGAGCAAUGACCUUUCCGCUGCCCUUGAAACUUGAUACUGGCUUCCUCUGGACAACCCCUUCAUCACUAAGGUAAAGGUAAGGUCCAGUCGUUGCCGACUCUGGGAUUGCGGCGCUCAUCUCGCUUUAUUGGCCGAGUUAGCUGGCGUACAGCUUCCGUGUCAUGUGGCCAGCAUGACUAAGCUGCUUCUGGCGAACCAGAGCAGCACACAGAAACGCCGUUUACCUUCCCGCCGGAACGGUACCUAUUUAUCUACUUGCACUUUGACGUGCUUUCGAACUGCUAGGUUGGCAGGAGCAGGGACCGAGCAACGGGAGCUCACCCCAUCACGGGGAUUCGAACCGCCGACCUUCUGAUCAGCAAGUCCUAGGCUCUGUGGUUUAACCCACAGCGCCACCCGCGUCCCUCUUCAUCACUAAUGACUCUUCAUCACUAAUGACUGCUUAUUUAUUUAGAGAAUUUUUCAUCCUGCUGUUGAGCCAAAUAAGGCUCUCAGAGUGGCUUACACAUCAUUUAAAUAAAAAAGGGGGCAAUCCCUGCUCUCAGGCUUACAGUCUAAAAAGACGCAACUCAAAGGAACAUGGAUUGAGAGGGAGGAGAAAUAAACACACUUAAGGUUCAAGUUCUUGGUAAAUGGCAAUGAACAGUGGUUGAAGAAACAGGUGUUAUCUCCCAUUCAGUCUGCGUGAUCCUUAUACAGCAACAAGCAGGGGAAUCAAGAAAUCUAGGUCACCCUUUGGAUGGGAGUCCAAAACAUCUGGAGGUCACCUAUCUGGAAAUGGCUAGUCUAGGCAACCAGGUUCAAGCCAUUCUAUUGCCCUGGACAUAGUCACUUGCCAAUAACAAUGGAGGAAAGCUAUAAAGGCAAAGGUGAUGUACACUGGCCAUAUUUGGAUGUGACGCUAAGCCAUCGUUUAGUCCUAUAGUGGCUGAACGGUAGAGAUGUGGGAUGAAUUCAAUUCAGUUCACAUUACGUUUUAUUUGUAUCCCACCAUUCUAUAUUGCUGUGCAUGCCAUCGAAAUGACAAAACGAGAAAGAUGCAAAUGCGGCAUCGUGGAAAACAUGACUACUAAAAUAAAGAAACCAGUCUAAGUCAUACUCUGUAAUCCGUUUGAAAAAUAAAUAUCACACGAUAAAAUCAACUCUCAAAAUCAGCAAAUAAUAAAUAAACAGUAAAUCAUUCACAAUAUACAACAAAUCAUUACUAGGCUAUAAUCAAUUGAAAUAAGAACAAAGUCACAAUACAUAAAACACCACAGACUGUAAAAAAAGAAGAAGAAGAUAAACUGAGCUGCGAAGUCACAUAACUUAUAAAAUUAUAAAAUGCACAAAAUAGUGGGUCUCCCUGCAUUUAAAUAAUGCCCCUCUAUUCACACUUUCUGAAACUAUAUGAGAAACAACAGCCAUCCUUGGAAAUUCUGUUUUCCACAUUGUGCAACACAAUUCCCUAGCCAAGUAAUAUGUGUACAAAACUGUAUAUUCUAGGGUGAAGCAUGCAUAUGAAUGCACAUAUUAGUGACAAUAACUUACAGAAAUGAAGACUUGAGGGCCAGGCUAGAUGUAGUGCUAUUUCACGCAAUUAGCAAUGACAUUAAUGGCUUUUAAAAUUGUAAAUGGCUAGUGCAUAGAAUCCUGAUCUGCAUCAGGACCAUAGCUGUCAACGUUUCCCUUUUUUAAAGGGAAAUUCCCUUAUUCUGAAUAGGAUUCCUCGCAAGAAAAGGGAAAAGUUGGCAGCUAUGAUCAGGACCCCUACACUGCAGGAGCAGGGUGGGGACUUGCAGGUUUGUUGAGCAAGAGCUCCAAAUCAACUGUAAUUGUGCAACCUGAAUUUGCUGGUAUAUGACUGCAUCCCACCCAAAAAUAACAACAGUCUGGAAGUGCCCAACAUUAUCUGAGUCAAGACCUGUUUAUCUGAAACUGCCAUUAAAGGUCAUACACCAGGCAACCUGCAUAUCAGACAACAUAACUGCUGCGGGGGUGGUUCACACCUUCAGUGGUGAGUCAUCCAAGUGGGGGCUUAGCCCAGUGGUGGAGCACCUGCUUUGCAUGCAAAAGGUCCCAGGUUUAACCCCCAGCAUCUCCUGGAAGGACUGGGGGAGACCCCUGCCUAAAACCCUAGAGAGCCACCCCCAGUCCGUGGAGACAGCAUUGAGCUAGAUGGACCAGUCGUCUGACUCAGUAUAAGGCAGUUUAGUAGGAAAGGUCAAAGCUCAGUGGUAGAGCCUCUUCUUUGCUUGCUCAUUUAGCUCAGAGCUAUCUAUACCAACUGGCAGAGGACAUUCCCAGCUGUAACUGGAGAUGCUAGGGAUUGAACCUGGGGCCUUCAGCAUACAAAACAGGUGAUCUUCCCCUAAGCUGCAGCCCUUACCUGAAUAGGAAUAUAGGAAAGUGCCUUACACUCAUCCAGGGUUUCAGAUACGAGUUCUCUUCCAACUUUACCUGGAGACACCACAGAUUGGACCUGGGACCUUCUGUGUACAAAGCCACUUGAGCUUAUAGCCUUUCCCUGCUGGGAGUGACGCGCAGAGCCGGCCAUGUGGCUUUUGUCUUACUCCCUUUAUUUCUCAUUCCCAGUGAGAAAACCAUCUGCUCUCCACCAGCCAAAGGAACAGGAGCCACCAACUGCUAUUCAAACAAAAACACCAGCAAAGGGAAUAUCAGCCUGUCUGGAUAGAAAUGCCUGUAGUCCAUUGACAGGGUACCUCCCUCCGCUCUCCCAUGUGCUGCUUUGGGAACAGUAA